GUUGGAGCAUUCCCAGCCUUGCCUCGGGUGUAGGGAUUGCAAGGAAAAAGCAAAACUACACGGAUAACAACCUGUGUAGUUUUGUUUUUUUGGGGGGAAUACUUUCGAGGCUCAACCAUUCUCACACUGGACUUUUUGAAAUAAUUUCUGGAUAAGGAGUUUGUUUGGGAAGAUAACACCCCCUUGGGCUCCGUCCCCACAGUUUAAGGCACUCUUGUGGACACAAGGUGCCUAACAUCAUGACAACACAGGCGCCGACAUUUACACAACCGCUUCAGAGCGUUGUGGCACUUGAGGGUAGUGCUGCAACGUUCGAAGCUCAAGUUAGUGGUUCUCCAGUUCCUGAGGUGAGCUGGUUCCGUGAUGGCCAGGUUCUUACUGCUGCCGCUCUGCCCGGCGCUCAGAUCUCGUUCAGCGAUGGCCGCGCUGUUCUGAGGAUCCCCGCCGUGACCGCCGCGCACAGCGGGAGAUUUUCUGUGAGAGCCACCAACGGCGCCGGACAAGCCACCAGCACCGCCGAGCUGCUGGUUACAGCGGAAACGGCGCCACCUACCUUCAUUCAGAGACUACAGAGCCUGACGGUGAGACAGGGGAGCCGAGUGAGACUGGACGUUCGUGUAACAGGAAUCCCUACACCUGUGGUGAAGUUCUACAGAGAGGGAGCUGAGAUCCAGAGCUCCGCCGACUUCCAGAUCCUUCAGGAGGGAGAUCUUUACAGCCUGCUGAUCGCCGAGGCUUUCCCUGAAGACUCUGGAACUUACUCUGUUAAUGCUACUAACAGCAGCGGACGCGCCACCUCUACUGCUGAACUGCUGGUUCAAGGUGAGGAGGAAGCUGUACCUGCUAAGAAAACAAAGACUGUUAUUUCCACCACUCAGAUUUCACAGGCUCGCCAAACCAGAGUGGAAAAGAGAAUGGAGGCUCGCUUUGAGUCCACAGCGAUGGAGAUGCACGUAGAGGGAGGUAUCGUGACCCAACAGCUCGCCCACAAAACUCCUCCCCGCGUCCCCCCGAAACCCACCUCCAAAUCCCCCCCAUCACUGAUGCCCAAACCUUCAGCUACCCGACACCAGUCCCCCUCACCUGUGAGACACGUGAAGGCACCCACACCUACACCUGUCAGAGCCGUAUCCCCGUCCACAAGACUGUCCGUAUCACCUAUCAGACCGGUGAAGUCCCCAGUACUGACCCGUAAACAGGUCACCCCCGGUUCUGAGGUUCUGCCCCCCUGGAAACAGGCAGGUUAUGUAUCCGAGUCCAGCUACGUCGCCAGCAUGAGCUCUGGAGUCCACGUCCAGACGUCCACACAGAUACACACCGAGCAGCGCUGGGAGGGAUCCAUCGCCAUGCAGCAGCAGGUCAGCGGUGCUGCUGUUAAAGAGGAACAGCAGAGUCUGGAUGGUGGUAGGUCUGCUGCUGUCGCCACCGUGGUGGCAGCAGUGGAUCAGGCUCGAACCCGAGAGCCUCUCCCAGGCUCAGCAGAGUCUCUGGGUGUAGAGAUCAGCACUGCUGCUGUCCUCCUCUCACCUCCCGCCCUGCAGGAUGGUGAGGAGAAAAGGGCCGGGGCGGUUGCUACGGUUCUGGCCGCGGUGGAUCAGGCUCGCGUACGGAAACCUGCGCAUGUUGAAAGUGUUGUGACUGAAGAAGAAACUGAAUUUAAGCUACAGCAGGAAACUUUAGCCGCUAAGCAGCAGGUGAUUAGUAAAACGGAGGUGUUACAGAUUCCCGGGGUGGUGCCGAGUGCUCCUCCUGAUCAAACUGUCCAUAUUACCCAGAUGGAAACUGGACUCGCCCCGUCCCCAGUUCCACAAUUUUCAGUUUCCAAAAUCUCUGUUCCUAAGCCUGAACAUAGCUAUGAGGUUUCUAUCGCAGGCUCUGCUAUCGCCACUCUACAGAAAGAGUUCUCUUCUACUGCUGCUGCUCAAAAGAUCAUCAAACCCGUCAAGCCUCCAGCUUUUAGGGUUGUGGAGACGAGAGCGACUCCAGAGCCGACUCCGCCCCCGUUUAGAGAAACCGCCGAGAAAUAUCACGUACAGUUCGACUCAGAGUUACAGAGACAGAUAGGGGCUUCGUAUGCUGGGGAGUGGGAGACCCAGGUUUUUGAGACGGCAGCGAUCCCUUCAGCUGCCAGAGAGCCGGUUACGCCUCCAACCAUCGUUGCAGGAUUGAAGAAUGUCACUGUAACUGAAGGAGAGUCCGUGACUUUGGAGUGCCAGAUCUCAGGCCAGCCCACACCCGGUAUCAUGUGGUUUAGAGAAGAUUACAGGAUUGAAAGUUCCAUUGAUUUUCAGAUUACCUAUGAAAGUAGCUUCGCCCGAUUGGUGAUUCGCGAGGCCUUCGCCGAGGACAGCGGCAGAUUCACCUGCACUGCUACCAGUGAAGCUGGAACCGUCAGCACUUCCUGCUUCCUGCUUGUUAAAGUGUCUGAGGAGAUUGAGAGCAGAGAAGAAAUUACAGUGGAGAAAACGGCUGUUAUUGAGUCUAAAGAAUCUCCAGUACCAGAAGCUGCAGAAGCUGCAGAGACUGGAGCCCCUGUUCCUCCUUUCUUCAUAAGGAAGCCAGAAACUCAGAAGCUGGUAGAAGGAGGCUGCAUCAUCUUCACCUGCCAGAUUGGAGGAAGCCCCAAACCUCACAUCUACUGGAAGAAGAACGGUGUCCCACUCACUACUGGAUACAGAUAUAGAGUAGCGUAUAAUAAGGAGACGGGAGACUGUAAACUGGAGAUCUCCAUGACGUUUGCUGAUGAUGCCGGAGAAUACACCAUCUCCGCCAGGAAUCAGCACGGAGAACUGUCUGCCUCCACAAACCUGCUGGAGGAAGAGGAAUAUGAAGCCUACAUGAAAACACAAGUGACCUAUAAAACAGAAGUGACCGCUGCGGUGGUGCCGGAGCCCCGAGAGGCCGAUGUGCCGCCGGUGGUUGUGAGUGAAUAUGAUGUACAGAGGAGGAUCGCCCAGCAAGCACAGCUGAGACAGACCUUCCUGUCUGAGAAGGAAUUCCAGAUCUCUGCUAUCGAGCAGAGAAUAAUUCAAGAGAUUGAGAUAAAGAUCCUGAAGAUUACGUACAGAGAGCUGGUGAUUGAAGAUGGAGAGGAGAUGGUGACUGUAGCCGAACAUGAAGCUGUGGGAUCUACAAUCAGCACCUCCGUCAAAAGCUACAGAAUCAUGGAGGGGAUGGGCGUUACUUUCCACUGCAAGAUGGAAGGAAAUCCCAUACCAAAGAUUGCCUGGUUUAAAGACGGUAAGCGCAUCAGACACGGAGGCCGGUAUCAGAUGGAGGUUCUUAAGGACGGUAGAGCCAGUCUGCGUCUGCCCGUGGUCCUGCCUGAAGAUGAAGGAGUUUAUUCAGCUUUAUCCAGUAACAUGAAGGGAAACGCGGUCAGCUCUGGAAAACUCUACGUAGAGUCUGCAGCUACUGCUCAACCCUACUAUCCACAGGCCGAGGCCGUGAGAAGAGUACAGUCUGAAUCUCCGAUGUCUGCUCGCUCCACCAGCCUCUCUCCUGGACGUUCUCCCGCCCGUUCAGUCAGCCGUUCCCCCGGACGCUCUCCCGCCCGCCGGCUGGAGGAGACAGACGAGACCCAGCUGGAGAGGCUUUAUAAACCUGUGUUUGUUAUGAAGCCGUCGUCCUUUAAGUGCUCUGAAGGACAAACCGCCAGAUUUGAUCUGAAGGUCGUCGGCAGACCCAUGCCCGACACUUUCUGGUUCCACAACGGUCAACAAGUGGUUAAUGACUACACCCACAAGAUAGUGGUGAAGGAGGACGGAACCCAGUCUCUGAUUGUGGUUCCUGCUAUGGCUACUGACUCUGGAGAAUGGACAGUUGUAGCUCAGAACAGAGCUGGAAAAACUACCGUAUCUAUGACUCUCACUGUAGAAGCUAAAGAAAACCUGAUUAGACCACAGUUCACCGAAAAGCUGAAGAACGUCAGCGUUAAAGAAGGAACGCUGGUUGAGUUGGCCGUCAAAGCCAUUGGAAACCCCAUCCCUGAUAUUGUCUGGCUGAAGAACAGCGACAUCAUCUCUCCUCACAAGUACCCCCACAUUAAGAUUGAGGGAACUAAAGGAGAGGCAAAUUUCAAGAUCCCUCAAACGAGUGGAGCCGAUAGUGCGUGGUACACCGCCACGGCUAUUAACAAAGCUGGACGAGACACCACCCGCUGUAGAGUCAACGUGGAGGUGGGUUUCACCCAACCCGAACCAGAGAGAAGACUCAUUAUUCCUAAAGGAACUUACAAAGCUAAGGAGAUCGCCGCUCCAGAGUUGGAGCCACUGCACCUCCGUUACGGACAGGAUCAGUGGGAGGAAGGAGAUCUUUACGAUAAAGAGAAGCAGCAGAAACCUCACUUUAAAAAGAAGCUGACUUCAGUCAGACUGAAGCGUUUCGGCGCUGUUCACUUUGAAUGUAGACUGACCCCUAUUGGUGACCCAACGAUGAUCGUUGAGUGGUUGCACGAUGGGAAACCUCUGGAAGCGGCGAACAGACUUCGUAUGGUCAAUGAGUUUGGAUACUGCGGUCUUGAUUACGAAGUCGCUUAUGCCAGAGACAGUGGUGUCAUCACCUGCAGAGCCACCAAUAAGUUUGGUGUUGACCAGACCUCCGCUACUCUGAUUGUGAAGGAUGAGAAGAGUCUCGUCGAGGAAAGUCAAUUACCCGAAGGUAGAAGAGGUCAGAGAAUCGAUGAAAUUGAGCGAAUCGCCCAUGAGGGAGGUCCUUCAGGAGUUACAGGAGAUGAAGUGACUGAGAAGACUAAACCGGAGAUCGUCUUGCUUCCAGAACCCAUCAGAGUUCUAGAAGGAGAAACGGCGAAAUACCGUUGCAGAGUAACCGGUUACCCAACACCCAAGGUUAACUGGUACCUCAACGGACAACUUAUUCGCAAAAGCAAAAGAUUUAGACUUCUUUACGACGGAAUUCACUACGUCGAGAUCGUCGAUUGCAAAUCCUACGAUUCAGGAGACGUGAGAGUCUUGGCCGAGAACCCCGAGGGUACCGCCGAGUACACAGUGAAGCUGGAGAUCAAACAGAGGGAGGACUUCAGGACAGUCCUGCGACGUGCCCCCGAAAUAAAGGCUCCUGAAGGUCCAGGUCCCGAGCACGGAAGAGUAACCUUCGACGUUGUUAAAGUGGACAAGGCCGCCGAAUCGACCCAAGCCAAGGAGGUGGUGAAACUGAAGCGAGCCGAAAGAGUCGUCCACGAGAAGUCGACGGAAGAGACGGAGGAAUUGCGAAGCAAGUUCAAGCGCAGAACGGAAGAGGGCUACUACGAGGCCAUCUCUUCCGUAGAGUUCAAAUCCCGUAGGAAGGACGAGUCUUAUGAAGACAUGUUGAGGAAGAGGAAGGAGGAGCUUCUUCACUGGACCAAAGAGUUAACUGAGGCCGAAAAGAAGAAGCUGGAGGAAGAAGGCAAACUUACCAUUCCCACCAUCAGACCUGAGAAAGUCACCCUCUCACCCAGCAUGGAGGCGCCAAGGAUCUUGGAGCGAAUUCAAAGCCAGACCGUAGCCCUGGGCGAUGAGGUGCACUUCCGCUGCAGAGUCGUCGGAAAACCAGAUCCAGAGUGCCAGUGGUUCAAGAACGGCAUCUUACUGGAAAAAUCGGAUCGAGUUUACUGGUAUUGGCCUGAAGACCACGUCUGUGAACUGGUUGUUAGAGACGUCUCCGCCGAAGACUCCGCUAGCAUCAUGGUAAAAGCCAUUAACAUUGCGGGAGAGACCUCGAGCCACGCCUUCUUGUUGGUGCAAAGCAAGCAAGUUGUAAGCUUUACACAGGAAGUAGAGGACGCCUAUGCCAAAGAGAAGGACACCAUGGUGACCUUUGAAUGUGAGACGAAUGAGCCGUUUGUCAAAGUGAAAUGGCUGAAGAACAACGCCGAGAUUUUCUCUGGAGACAAGUACAGGAUGCACUCCGACAGAAAAGUGCACUUCCUGUCCGUGCUGAUCAUAGGCAUGAGUGACGAGGCUGAGUACACCUGUGCUGUCGUUGAGGACGACCACAUCAGAACGUCUGCUAGACUUCAUGUUGAAGGUGCACCACUGGAGAUGGUGAAGAACCUGGAAAAUAUCGAAGUACCCGAGACGUACGCUGGAGAGUUUGAGUGUGAACUCUCCCGAGAGGAUGCUGAGGGAACCUGGUACUUUGAGAAUAAAGAGAUCACUCCCAGCCUCAAAUACGUCGUAUCUUCACGCCGCGGUCGCCAUAGCCUGUCUGUAAAGGACGUGAAGAAAGAGGACCAAGGAAAAUACACUUUCCAAGUGGGCAAUAUGAAGACAAGCGCCACCCUGAAGAUGAAAUUGCGUCCAGUUACUCUGAUGCAAGGCCUCUCUGAUCUGAGCAUCUGUGAGGGAGAUAUCGCCCAGCUGGAGGUUCGAUUCUCUCAGGAGAACGUCGAGGGAACCUGGAUGAAGAACGGUCAGCCCAUCUCGGCUACCGAUAGAAUUCACAUCGUAAUCGAUAAACUCGUACACAAGCUGCUGAUCGAAAACGUGGUGAAGGACGACGCAGCGGCGUACUCCUUUGUUGUUCCCGUUCAGGACAUUUCUACCACUGGAAAACUGUCUGUACAGACGAUCAGCAUCGUGUCUCCUCUGAAGGACGUCAGCACAGUGGAGGGCACUAAGGCUGUUCUCGAGGCGAAGAUCUCGGCUGUGGACGUCCGAUCGGUGAAAUGGUAUCAGAACGAUAAGCUGCUGAGCGCGAGUGAGCGGGUUCAGAUGGUGGCUAAAGGAUCGAAGCAGCGUUUGGUGCUGAAGAGGACCUUCGCUUCUGAUGAAGGACAGUAUAAACUGGCUGUUGGAAAAGUGGACACAUCUUGCAAACUUUCUGUUGAGAAGGUCAGCAUCGUGAAGCACAUGGAGGAUCAGGUUUGUACCGAGACCCAGAACGUCACCUUCGAGGUGGAGUUAUCUCACGCCGGGAUCGACGCCUACUGGACCUUUAAAAACCAGCCUCUUAAAGCUGGUCCUCAGUAUAAGAUCGAGUCCAAGGGCAAGAUCUACACUCUCACCGUCGUCAACGUCAUGAAGGACGAGGAGGGGCCUUACGCUUUCGCAGCCGGAGAGAAAACCUCAAGCGCUAAACUUACUGUAUCAGGUGGUGCCAUAAACAGACCCCUGCAGGAUUUAACCGUUGCAGAGUCCCAGACUGCCGUCCUUGAGUGUGAGGUGGCGAACCCCACUGCUGAGGGGAAGUGGCUUAAAGACGGUCAACCCGUGGACUUCAACGAGAACGUCAGGAGUGAACAGGACGGGGCCGUGAGACGCCUCGUCAUCGUGAUCACCAGACCACAGGACAUUGGAGAGUACACCUACCAGGUGGCAAACUCCAAAACAUCAGCCAACCUGAAAGUUGAAGCUGUAAAAGUGAAGAAAACACUGAAGAACCAGACCGUCACCGAGACCCAGGAGGCCGUGUUCAGUCUAGAACUCACCCAUUUGGAUGUGAAAGGAUCCCAGUGGAUUAAGAACGGAGUGGAGAUUGUCCCGAGUGAUAAAUAUGAGAUCACAGUAGAGGGCUCUGUUCACUCUUUAAAGAUCAAAAACUGCAACACUCAGGAUGAGUCUGUUUAUGGAUUUAAGCUGGGAAAACUCUCCGCUAAUGCCAGACUCAACGUCGAGACUAUUAAAAUCGUGAAGAAGCCUAAGGACGUGACCUCGUUGUUGGGAGACACCGCCUCCUUCGAGCUGAGUCUCUCCCACGAUGAUAUCCCAGUUAAAUGGAUGUUCAAAGGCCAAGAGCUGAAGCCGAGCGCCAACGUGCAGAUAUUCUCCGAGAGGAAAGCUCACAAGCUGGUGAUCUCUAACGUUGAAGAGAGCAUGGCAGGAGAAUACACCGCUACUGUAGGACAUCUGCAGUGCAGCGCAUUCUUACACGUGGAAUCUCUGAGGGUCACCAAACCCAUGAAGAACGUUGAGGUUCCAGAGACUCAGGUGGCCACGUUCGAGUGUGAAGUCUCUCACUUUAACGUCCCGUCCACCUGGCUGAAGAACGGAGUCGAGAUCGAGAUGAGCGAGAAGUUCAGGAUCGUGGUUCAGGGUAAACUCCACCAGCUGAAGAUCAUGAACACCAGCCGAGAUGAUGCUGCAGAAUACACCUUUAUCUGUGGAAAUGACAGAGUUUCCGCUACGCUGACCGUUAGCCCUAUUCUGAUCACAUCGAUGCUAAAAGACCUCAACGCUCAGGAGAAGGACACCAUCACCUUCGAGGUGACCGUAAACUACGAGGGAAUCACCUACAAGUGGCUGAAGAACGGCGUGGAGAUCAGAUCUACAGACCGAUGCCAGACCCGCUCUCGACAGCUCUCUCACUCUCUCACCAUCCGAAACGUUCACUUCGGGGACAGUGCCGAGUACAAGUUCGUAGCUGGAUCUGCUCAGACUUCAGCUAAUCUCUUUGUGGAGGCUCGCGUCAUUGAAUUCACAAAACACAUCAAGGACAUUAAAGUUACUGAGAAGAAGAAGGCCAUCUUUGAGUGUGAGCUCUCUGAGCCUAAUGUUCAGGUGACCUGGAUGAAAGAUGGGCAGGAACUGGAAAGAUCUGAAAGGUUUAAAGUUUCCACAGAUAAGUACAUCCAGCGCUUGAUGAUUCAGACGGUUCGCAUGUCCGACGCCGGCGAGUACUCGGUAGUCGCCGGAUCGAGUGUUUCUAAAGCUCAUCUGACGGUGGAGGGGAAGGACGUCCGCAUUACCGAACCUGUGGAGAAAGAAAUCACGGUGCUUGAGAAACAGAGGGCGACUCUGGAGUUUGAGGUGAACGAGGACGAUAUUGAGGGCCGCUGGUUGAGGAACGGAGUUGAAAUUCAGUUUACUGUAGACCAGCGCUUUAAUUACGUCAUCAUCAGGAAGAUUCAUCGCCUCACCAUCACUGAAACCUACAGGAGCGAUGCUGGAGAGUAUACGUUCAUCGCCGGGAAGAACAGGAGCAUUUUAACUCUACACGUCAACAUCCCCGAGCCUCCUCAGAUCAUCAGACACAUGGAGUCGUUAUCAGUAGAAGCUGGUAAGCCCGCUCGCUUCUCGGUGGAGGUGAGCGGUAUCCCCCAGCCCCAGGUCUCCUGGUUUAAGAACUCUCAGGCUCUCUCUGCUGGGUUUAAGUGUAAGUUCCUGAGAGAGGGGAACGAGUUCACUCUGCUGCUGAUCGAGGUUUUCCCAGAAGAUGCAGCUCAGUACACCUGUGAGGCCAAAAACGACUACGGUCAGGCCAGCAGCUCCGCCACGCUCAACGUAGAAGUACCAGAGGUUGUUUCCCCCGACACUGGAGCACCUUUAUCCCCACCUGUGGUCAUAUCCCCGAUCCAAAACACCUCCGUUAAAGAAGGAGGAUCCUGCAGGUUCCAGUGCCGCGUGUCCGGAGAGGACCUGACCAUCAGCUGGUACUGCAAAGAAAAAGAGAUAAAACAGUCCAGUUUCUGCAAAAUGUCCCAGUUUGACGAUAUCUGCCAGCUGGAGCUUUCCAGAGUUUAUUCUGAGGACAUGGGCGAGUACACAUGCGCCGCUCGCAACUCUGCAGGAACGGUUUCCUGUUCUGCAGUUCUUUCACUGGAGGGGAAAACUCAAAUUACGGAUGUAACGUCUCAAGAAUCUCAGCGGCAUGCCUCGUCCAGUCUCUCCACGAGCAUUAAAAGCGUAAAGAAGGAGCUGAUUGGUCAAAAACCCACUUUUAUCCAGCCCAUAGUGAGCAGCACUGUGCCUCACGGGGAAGUGGCCAGGUUUCACGCUUGUGUUUCUGGCACGCCCAAACCAGAGAUCAGCUGGUUUCACGAGCAGGAACCCGUAAAACCAAACAAAAACGUGGUCUUUCAUUACGAUGAAAUGACGAACGUUGCUACGCUAAUAAUAGUUGACGCUUUCUCUGAGCACGCCGGACGGUACACUUGCAAAGCAACCAAUGCUGCUGGAGAGGCAGUUUGCACAGCAACCCUCGCAGUAACCAGAGAAGUUGUACAAAAGGAGAUUGAAACUAAACUUGAGGAAGAAGUCAAAGAAUUUUCUAGCUUGACCCUGAAGACCCAGGAGCAAGAAGAAGAAACCUACAGCACUUCCCUACAGUUACCAGGGAAAUCUAAAACACUUGAACUCAAACCAGAGGAAAAGAAAUUUACUAGUUCUUUAGAAAAGAAAAAGGAAAGGCCUAUUUUCGUCACGCAGCUUACACCUGCUGCAGUAACGAUUGGAAAUUCAGCCAGGUUUACCGUUACGAUAUCUGGUUUUCCAAAGCCUAACGUAAAGUGGUUCCACAAUGGCAAAGUCAUUAAAACGUCAUCUAUAUAUAAGAUUGUGGAGGAAAGAGAUGAGUACAGUCUGAUUAUAACUGAGGUAAAGAAGGAAUACGAAGGAGAGUACUCUUGCACCGCCAGCAACAAAUUCGGCCAGACAACUUGCACAACGACACUGAAGGUACAGGUCAGCGACGUGCCACCUGCCGAGAAAUGGGUCGAGGAAAUGUUUAAAAUACCUGGAGAACCACCACAUUUCACAACACAGAUCAUACCUGUACAGUGUGCCGAAGGCUGUGAAGCUAAAUUCCAAUACAAAGUCAUAGGGACUCCCCAUCCACAGGUCCAGUGGUUUAAGGGUAAUCAAGAAAUUAAACCAAGCCUUAACUGUUGUGUUGUAACUGACCCCGAUGGCACCGGCUUUCUUAUCAUGAUUGACGCCCAGCAGAGAGAUAGUGGUCUUUACACUUGCAGGGCUUCCAAUCCUUUUGGCGAGGCAACCUGUAGCGCAGAGUUGAUCGUAAUUCGCAAAAGUUUCUCGGUUUCUCACCAAAAGCAGUUGGUUCAGGAACAAAAAGGGUACAAGGUGUCCAGCGCUGAGGAGGUGACCGAAUCUCGCUUGUACAGCGUAAGCCUUCCAGGGAAGGCUGGAGUUAGUCUACAGGAAGGACACCAAAUGAUUUAUACGAUUGGCACCGAAGAGCGACAGACGGUAGCAAGUGAGCACGUAGAAAGUCUACGCGACUUAGACGUUUCGUCCGCAGUUGUAAACCGAGAAAAGGUAACCCACCAAGCUGCAGUCCUGCAGUCUCACGAGACACACGAGAGGGUAACGGUUGGUCCGGUCCAACCACAACAAGCUGUGGCGACACCGUUGAAACAGGUCCACAUGGCAGCAAUGACCUCUGCCGUCCAAGAGAGCCAGGGCUUUACAGAGCAGCACUCCGAUCGAAUCAAAAGUCCUGAGGUUACAGAGCUUGAAAUUGUGACAGAGCAGCCUUCAAAGUUCAUGUCCGCCACAACGGAGAGCGUAACUCCUCUAACUAUUGUAAAAGUAGAGCCGCUAGUCAGCGCCAACAACGAGCAAGUUAAACCAACUCCUGAGCCGAAAUACCCAAUCUCAAGUCACCAGGUAGAAACAAGGCUCCCAAUUGUUAAAGAGCAAUCACAAAUUAUCCCACAGACAGAAGCAGAAAAAAGCUACCAGGUUAAGGAAGGUAUUAAAAUACUCUAUACUGCAGUUUCUACAGAAAAACAGCAAAUAACCGAGGGCCAUACCACAGAAUUAUCAAUGUUAGAUUCAGCGGUUCAGACAUCCGUUACAAAGGAAUCCCCCAAACCUGUCACCCUUUCACUCAGCGAGACCAAGAAAACACUUUCAAAAGAGGAAAAAAUCGUUAUAGACAGACCUGAUGAAGAAACGGCUUCUCUUGCAAAAGAUAAUAUAUUAAGGUCUGCUCUCGUUGCUGAGGAAAAGAACGAAUUACAAGCUGAUAAAACAGACGUGAUCCCAGGUUUAGACAGUGCCGUUUCUGUUCAAUCACAGAGGGAAGAGGAACAGGUUCUUCAUUUACAGAUAUUUUCCGAUCAAGCCAUUCUUCCGUCCGAGGAUCAGUUCAGUAUGGAGAAACCAAGCCCAGAGCAGGCGACAGGUAGAAAAUCUCCUACUCUUAUGCACACGGUUUCAACAGAUGAACCACGACCUAUUACGUGGGAGGAGUCAAGUCAGUUCUCCAGCCAAGAGCCUUCAAUUUCCAUAGAACCUCGUAAAGAGAGCCCAACACCCCUGCAUCUACAGGCAGUUCAGCCAGAAAAUAUACUAUCUAAAGAGGGCAUACUGUCAGUAGAACAGCCAGACCAGCAGAUGGCAGUGCAGAAACAGGAAAAAGUUCGUAGACAUGCAGUUAGCACCGAAGAGAAACGAGAACUGACGGCAGACUAUUCCAGUGCUCUCGAUGCGUCGGUAACAGGAGUCCAGUCUGAAAUCAGAAAAGAACCGAAACCUCAAAGCGUUUUGCAAGUCAUCACAGAAUCAGUGCAGUUACCAAAAGAGACUCCCUUUUCCAGUGAUAUCAAGCAACAACGUGCACUAGUGCAGAAGGAGGAUCAUUGGAAUAUUAUGCAUGCCUCUUCAGUGUCCGAUAGUAAGGAUAUAGAGGAUGGACAUGUAGAGAACUUGGGCGCUGUCGAAAAAUAUACAUGCUUGACUGAAGUCGAACCUAAAAUACCAUCAGAAUCGAUUCACGUCGAGGAAAAAGCGGUGUCCACCGAAAGCAGUAUUGCUCUUGAGGCUGCCGAGCAAGACUUUGCGGUUCAGAUUCAAGAAGGACAAUCUGUUAGACAGUCGAUAUUGAUGGAGGAGAAACAUGUACUUAGAGGCGAACUAUCGCAGGAUGUUACACAUUUAGAAACCACCACAGCAGUGGUUACUGAGCAGCAGAUGGGCGCUCUACAAGUGUCAGAGUCCAGAGACAGUCAGGCUCUUCCCAAAGAACUUACAUUCAUAAUUCAAGCACCAAAAUCAUACAGCCUAGACAUAAGGCACCAGUUGAAGAACACGCUUGCGUCUGCUGUUGCUCGAGAUCAACCGUUGAUUUUGGCUGAUGUUGUCCAGAGUUUAGAUGUUGUUGAAGUACAGACGGUAAAAGUGAAGAAAGAACCCAAGUCUAGUACAUUCACGUAUCUCAUCACAACUGCCGGCACACCCAUAGAGAUCACCAUCGCCUUUGAGGGCGAGUACCCUCAGAACGCAGAUCUUAAAAGUGAACUUCAGGCAGCUUUCUAUUCCAUCAUCUAUCGUGAACAGCAGGUUCUUACGUCGGAACAACGUGGAACAAUGCAAAUCGACCGGCCUCAGAGACUGCAGGUUAGCAAGGCUGCUUCUAAAGAAAAGUUCUCAUCAACGGUAGAGACGGUACAGUUAUCGGAAAACACUGAAGUCUUUUUGCCACCUAAAACUCAAUCAGCUGCUCUAAAAACUGAAGCUACAGCUUCUGUUCUGUCUGUUACCUCUGAGAAACAAGUUUUGCAGGAGUCUAAAAGUCAAACGAUGAAGAUAAGCACCGAGUCAAAAAUGGAAUUAAGGCAGUCUAUUCAGUCUGAAAGACAGGAAAUGAGAUCAGUAACUGUAGAAACCCACGUCAGAGAUGCAGGUUCAGAAGAUAUUACAAAAGAUAUGCCUUUUGGUCCGGUUCCAACUGAAGAGUCUAUCGAUGUUCUCAUUCAGAGAGAGGAAUUUCAGGAAUAUCUGAAAGAGGAAACUAUUGAAUUAGAGAAAGAAAAGGUUAGGGAAUACCAGCCAGUGUUUGAAAGCUCUUUGGAGGAUAUUACCAUUGAUGAACACUCUAAAGCAACUUUUUCAGUGACGAUAAGGCAUGUUUCCAAAGUAAACUGGCUUUUUAAUGGAAAACCAAUUAUCCCUGGCAAAGAGUUCAAGUGUUUAAAAGACAAAGACACGUACACAUUAGUAAUCGACAAGCUUAUCAAGACAAAACACGAAGGGGAAUACACAUGUGAGGCUGUGAGCGAAGCUGGAAAGACUUCGACAUCAUCGAGGCUCACAGUGCUCUUAAGAGUACCCCCCGUUUUCAGGCACAAAAUUCACGCUCUGGAGACGAACGUCGGAACUCCUGCCAAGUUUGAAUGUGAGAUUGAAGAUGCACCAAACGUGAACUUCAAAUGGUUCAAGUCUGGCUCUGAGAUCAGACAGAGCGACAAGUACAGGAUUAUCAGCCGCUACACCACAUCAUCUCUGGAGCUCCUGAGCCCAGGAAAGGCUGAUAGUGGAGAAUACACCUGCAAAGCAUCCAACCAGCAUGGAAGCGACAGUUGCUCUGCUAACCUGAAUGUGACAGAGGUUUUCCCUCCAGAGUUUGUAUCAAAGCCUGAUCCCAUGACUUUGUUCGUGGGCAAACAAGCCAAAUUGCAAUAUGUUAUAACUGGUUCCAUGCCGAUGAACGUUGUCUGGCACAAAGACAACAUCGCCAUUUCCCCUGAUCAACACUAUAAAGUUUCAUCUGAAAAGAACAAACAUUAUCUUGAGAUCUCUCAGCUCCAGCAGAGCGAUCAGGGAACGUACCUUUGUAAGGCUUCGAACAGUGUGGGCACGGCUACCUGCUCCAAUGAAAUCAGAGUCAUAGACAAACCCAGCUUUGUAAAAACCUUCGAGUCGACGUCUUUGGCAGUGGGUAACCCACUGAGGCUUGAGUGCCAAGUGAACGAGGAUACAGGAGUGACCGUCACCUGGACGAGGGACGGAAAGAAACUUCACAAUACGAUGGAUAGCAAGAUUUCUUUUGAGGAGAAAGUGGCCUGCCUUGAAAUCCCAAAGGCCAAGAUUAAAGAUACUGGCACUUAUGCCUGUACUGCUGCCAACGAUGCAGGAAGCAGCAUGCACUCUUCUGUCGUAAACGUGCAAGAACCUCCAGCAUUUGUGAAGCGACUUGAGCCCAAGCUCUUGUGGAAACAGGGCAUUUCUGCACGCUUGCUGUGCACCGUUAAAGGGUCGCCUGUACUGCACGUCACUUGGUUUUUAAACGACAAACAGAUUAGCUCCACUGAGAGACACAAAAUUGCAUUCAAAGACGGUCAAGCAUCUCUCGAGAUCUCGUCCGUGGUGGAGUCGGACAGUGGAAAUUACACUUGUGAAGUGAUGAACGAGGCUGGCUGUGAAAGCUGCAGCACACACUUGACGGUUAAAGAACCCCCUUCUUUCAAAAAGGAGCUGGAGUUAGUGGAGGUAGUGAAGGGACGUACAGCCAUGUUCCAGUGCGAAGUUACAGGCACUGCCCCAUUUGAAGUGACUUGGCUCAAGAAUAAGAAGCCAGUUACUGCAGAUAAAAAGCACAAACUUGUUUCGAAGGAUGCCGUUUCGUAUUUGGAAAUACAGUCAUUUGAUAGCGCAGAUAUUGGGGAUUACCAGUGCUGUGUUUCAAAUGACGUUGGUAAAAUAACUACAAAAUCAGUAGCCAAGCUAAAAGAUCCACCAUCUUUUGUUAAGAAGGUUGAAAACACCACUGCAGUUUUGGGCAGUGCUGUGAAACUGCAGGGUUCUCUUAAAGGUUCAGCACCUAUUGUUGUUAAAUGGCUCAAGGAUUCUGAAAUUCUCAGAGAUGAUGAUCCUAACGUUACCACGUCCUUCGAAAAUAACGUCGCCGUUUUGGCGAUCGCAAACGUGGCCAUACCUCACGGUGGGAAGUACACGUGCCAAGCUGAAAAUGAGGCUGGUCAGCAAAAAUGUGACGCCACCUUAUCAGUUCAAGAACCAGCUAAGAUUGUUGAUAAAGCACCAUCCAUCAGUGUUACUGCUGGAGACUCUGCAACUCUGGAAUGCACGGUCUCUGGAAGUCCAGAUCUUAAAGUAAAGUGGCUCAGAGACGGCAAGGAAAUGACAACGAGCCGAAAAUACAAAAUCUCCUUUAAAGAAAAUGUGGCAUGUUUGAAAAUCCUCUCCGCGGAGAGAGGAGAUAGCAGUGAAUACACAGUUGAGGUGUCUAAUAAGGUUGGAAAAGACCGCUGCUCUUGCUCUGUCACAGUUCUUGACAAGAUCAUACCACCAACUUUCACUAAAAGUCUCAAAAAGGUCGAUAGCAAUGUUGGCGCCAGUGUUCAGAUGGAUUGCAAGGUGUCAGGCUCCCAGCCAAUGACAGUCUCUUGGUUCAAAGAAGGAAAGGAGAUCACACCUGGAGAAAAGUACCAGAUUGAAUUUAGAGAAAGCACUGCAACGCUGAAAAUCUCACAUUUAGAGACGAGUGACGCUGGCGUUUUCACCUGCCGUGCAACUAAUGCAGCAGGUCACAGCGAGACUAGUGGAACGGUAUCUGUUAAAGAGCCUCCAGUCUUUACGCUGAAACCUGAAUCUCAAGAGGUGAUACCAGGGUCCACUGUUGUUCUGAAAGCUGCCUUCACUGGAACAGCGCCGUUUGCUAUAAAAUGGUUCAGAGAAGAGAAGGAGAUACUAACCGGAGGCAAUUGCUUCAUCAAGAAAGAGGCUUCAUCCAGUACUCUGGAGUUACACACUGUGAAACCAUCUCAUUCUGCCAAAUAUACCUGCCAAGUGGCGAACGAUGCCGGCAAGGUUUCGUGCACCGCUGUGGUGUUCGUCAAAGAGCCUCCAAAGUUUGUGAUGAAACUGGACUCAGAUAAACUAGCAGUGAAUGGAAGUACUGUGGUUCUGGAGUGUAAAGUAACAGGAAGUCCUGAGAUCACGACUAAGUGGUAUAGAAACGAGACAGAAAUCAGCCAAAGUGCUCACUAUCAGAUCAGCUUCGCUGACUCUGUUGCUACACUGCAGAUGGCGAAUUGCAGUCUUGAAGAUAGUGGAGAUUAUAUUUGCAUUGCAUCCAGCGAUGCCGGCACUGAUCGGUGCAGUUGUUUGGUGACGGUUAAAGAACCUCCUGUUUUUGUGAAAUUGUUUGAGUCCAGAGAAGUGGUGAAAGGUUGUGAUUUGAUGUUGGAGGGAUCGGUCUCAGGCUCGGCUCCGUUCGAGGUCUCCUGUUUUAAAGACUCAAAGCAGAUUAGAAACGACCGCCGGCACAUUAUUGCCAUGAACAAUGGAAAUGUGUCCAUCCAGAUUCUGAAAUUUGAACACGGAGAUGCUGGAAAAUAUCAGUGCACCGUGGUAAAUGAUGUAGGACAGACGUCAUGUGAUUGGGAGAUUAUUUUGAAAGAACCUCCAUCGUUCGUGCAAAAGCUAGAUAAUAUGAGUGCCCUCGUUGGCAGUGAGAUUACUAUGCAGUGUUUGUUGAAAGGCUCACUGCCGAUGACCGUCUCGUGGCUGAAAGAGGAGCAUGAGGUUCGAGACUCUGAACACGUUCAGAUCUCCUUUGAAAACAGAACAGCAGUGCUGCACAUGUCUGGUAUUGAGUUGAAACAUGGAGGAAAGUACACUUGCACGGCUCAGAAUGAAGCUGGAAGUCAGAAGUGUACAGCAGCUUUGGUGGUGAAAGAGCCAGCAAAUAUCACAGAGCCGUCUAAACCUAUUAGCGUCACUGUCGGAGAUCCUGCUACUCUGGAGUGCAGGUUCUCAGGCACCAAACCCUUAAAAGCAAGAUGGCUGAGGGAUGGAAAAGAGCUCACGUCAGGGAGAAAAUACAAAGUGCAAAGCACAGAUAAGAGCUCUACGCUAAAGAUCCUGACCGCCGAGAGAAGCGAUGAAGGGGAAUACGUAUUUGAGGUUUCCAACGAUGUUGGAAGCGGCACCUGUGAUGCUUAUGUGACUGUACUAGAUCAAAUAAUUAAGCCUUCGUUCACACGGAAACUGAAGGAAAUGGAAAGUAUUAAAGGAUCAUUUGCACAGCUAGACUGUCUGGUCUCUGGAUCCCUGCCGAUAUCGAUCACCUGGUUUAAGGAGAAUAAGGAGAUCGAGGCCGAUGAGAAACACAAGUGCAUUUUCUAUGAAAACGCAGCGUCUUUGGAAAUCACUCGCCUCGACAGUUCUGACAGCGGCAGCUACACCUGCAUCGCUACCAACAAAGCAGGAACUGACCAGUGCUCCGGAGUCCUAAAAGUCAAAGAACCCCCCACUAUUAUAGAGAGACCUGAGUCACAGGAUGUGAUUCCUGGAACUCGAGUGAAAUUCAAUGUUCUUAUUUCUGGAACUCCUCCGCUCACCAUCAAAUGGUUUAAAGAUAAGAAAGAAGUUUUAUCAGGAGUGGACUGCUCUGUUCAUAAAGACGAUUCUUCAACUUCUCUCGAGCUCUUUUUCACCAAACCCUCAGACUCGGGAGAUUACAUCUGCGAAAUCUCCAACGAUGUCGGCUCUGAUUCCUGCCAGGCUUCACUGUUUGUUAAAGAACCCCCAAAGUUCACCCGAAAGCCGGACAGGGUUUCGGUGGUGAGGCCCGGGGAGGCUGUGUUUUUCGAGUGCCAGGUUGUAGGAACCCCUGAGAUAGAUAUUUACUGGUUCAGAGACGGAAACGAAAUCAGUCAGAGCUCCAAGCACAAAAUGAGCUUCUCUGAUUCGCUGGCCCGGCUCGAGAUAACCGGCGCCGAAACCAAAGACAGCGGAGUUUAUUACUGCGAGGCCCGAAACGAGGCGGGCAGCGAGAGCUGUAGUAUGGAAAUGAAAGUCAAAGAGCCGCCGGUGAUUGUGAAGCCGUUCAGUCCUGUAGAAGUUGUGAACGGGUUUAAUGCUCUGUUUGAGUGUCAGGUUAAAGGCACGGCUCCGUUUGAGAUCACCUGGCAGAAAGAUUCUAAAGAGAUAAAAGCCAGUACUAAACACCUGAUCUCUCAGAAGAACGGAUCAGUGAUGAUUCUAGACGUGCAGAAGUGCGACGCUCUGGAUGUCGGGGAAUAUAACUGUAUUAUUACUAAUGAAGUUGGAAGUUGUUCGUGUCGGACGACUCUGAGUAUUAAAGAGCCGCCGUCUUUUGUAGAAAAGAUUCAGAACGUGGCGACGGUGCUGGGGAACGUAGCCGAGUUUAAGUGCAUCGUGAGGGGCUCGCCCCCUCUCACCAUACAGUGGCAGAAAGACGAAACCUGGAUCCUGGAAGACCCUAAAAUCGAGAGAAAGUUUGAGGAAAACGUUGCGUCUUUAAGAAUUCCUGUGUGUGAAUCUAACCAUAGUGGGAGAUACACCUGCCAGGCGGUGAACGAGGCGGGGCAGGAGAAGUGUUUCGCCACUCUUCUGGUGCAAGAGCCUCCUCAGAUCGUUGAAAAGCCAGAAAUCAUAAAUGUAACGGCUGGAGAUCCGGUCAGUUUUGAGUGUAAAGUAACAGGAACUCCUGAGCUGAAGGUGAAGUGGAGUAAAGGUGGAAAGGAGGUGAUUCCAUCCAGACAGCACAGUCUGGCCUUCAGUAAUAGCACCAGCAACCUUAAGAUUCAGUCUGUGCAGUUAGAGGAUGGAGGAUCUUACCUGUUCGAGGUGUCCAAUCACAUCAGCGUCUGCAAGUGUGAAGUGACUCUGAAUGUCGUAGAGCAAAUAAUUCCUCCGACCUUCAUCAAACCUCUGAGUGAUAUGGAGGAGAUUCUAGGCUCUCUGGUAAAAAUCGGAUGCAAUAUAUCAGGUUCCCUCCCGAUAUCCGUCGAGUGGUUUAAAGACGGGACUAAACUGUCCGGCAGAACCAAACACAAGCUGGUUCAGGACAACAACAGCGUGUCUCUGGAGAUGGAGCGUCUCGAGAUGGCCGACACCGGGACGUACUCUUGCAAACUCACGAAUAAAGCAGGCAGUUGCGAAUGCAGUGGAACUCUGAGAGUGAAAGAGCCUCCAAGCUUUGUGGUGGUGCCCGAACCCCAGGCCGUUAUACCCAACACCACUGUACGUUUUAAGAGUACUUUUAAAGGAACGCAUCCCUUUACAGUGAAAUGGUUCAGAGAAGACACAGAACUGAUAACUGGACCAUCAUGCUUUAUUGGUGUUGAAGGCCUUUCAUGCUUCUUAGAUCUUUACGCUGUGGGAAUUGCGAACAGUGGAGCGUACUCUUGCCAAGUUAGCAAUGACGCUGGUACGGUGAAAUGUACCACCAGCUUGUUGGUGAAAGAACCUCCUGAAUUCGUUCAGAAACUUCCAGCCACAAAGCACAUAAAGAUGGGUGAGCCACUUCGGCUCGAGAGCAAAGUCACAGGAACCGCCCCUUUAAAAAUCAGCUGGUAUAAAAACGACGCGGUGGUCACGGAGGGUGACGGCGUGAGGAUGGUGUUCGACGGCUCGGUGGCGGUGCUGGAGGUUUCCAGCACUAGUCACGCUGAUGACGGGGUUUAUACCUGUGAAGCCCAGAACGAUGCAGGAACUAAGAGCUGCAGCACCACUCUCUCAGUCAAAGAACCACCAACCUUCCACAAAGUCCCCACUCCUGUUGAGGGACUGAAGGGAAAAGACGUGAGUCUUAACUGUGAGCUGAAGGGAACGGUACCGUUUGAGAUAAGCUGGUUUAAAGCGAACGCUCAGCUGAAGGAGAGUAGAAAAUACAAGUUUGUGUCUGAGGGUCACUCGGCGACUCUCCACAUCCUGGGUCUGGAGGCGGCGGACGCCGGCGAGUACGAGUGCAAAGCCUCAAAUAAUGUGGGAAGUGAUUCCUGCCAGGGAUCUGUCAAACUCAGAGAACCACCAGUCUUUGUCAAGAAACUGACCAAUACCACGGCCGUAGCCGGCGAGGAGGUGACCCUGGUGGCCACAGUGAAAGGCUCUGAGCCAAUCAGUGUGUCCUGGGUUCAGGACAAGGACCACAUUCUCCGAGACGGAGACAAUAGGAAAAUUACGUUUGAGAAUAACCAGGUCACGCUAAAAAUCUUCAAAGCUGAUCCAACGACCGCUGGGAAAUACACCUGCCAGAUCAAAAAUGACGCCGGAGUGGCGGAAUGCAUGGCAAACCUUACCGUCCUAGAACCUGCAGCGAUUACGGAUAAAACUGAAUCGGUCAGUGUUACCGCCGGCGAUGCCGCGGCUUUAGAGUGCACCGUAUCUGGAACCCCAGAGCUCAAACCCAAAUGGUAUAAAGAUGGAGUGGAGCUUUCUUCAGGCAGGAAAUAUAAAAUCAGCUUCUCUAAACGGAUCUCCAGUCUUAAAGUGCUCUCCGCUGAGAGGAGCGAUACCGGAGAAUAUACGUUUGAGGUCAAGAACGAGGUCGGCAGCGAUAGCUGCAAAAUGCACCUGACUGUUUUGGAUAAAAUAAUCCCGCCCACAUUCUCCCGGAAGAUAAAGGACACCCAGAGCAUUGUGGGUAAAUCGAUUGAACUGGACUGUAAGGUGUCGGGUUCUGCUCCUCUCUCCAUCACCUGGUUCCACGAUGAGGAGGAGAUCCAGAGCGGACCCAAUUACGAGAUUAGCUUUACUGAGAACACCUGUACGCUCCGCCUACCUGUCCUCAAACUCACCCACUCAGGAUCCUACAGGUGUAGAGCUGUGAACAGCGCCGGCACGGCCGACACCAGCGCCAGCCUCACCGUUAAAGAACCUCCGUCGUUCGUGACGCCGCCUCAGCCGGCGGAGGCUCUGCCGGGGUCAGAUGUCUCGUUUACGGCCACGGUGAGAGGCAGCGCUCCACUAAAACUGAAAUGGUUCAGAGGAACGAAGGAGAUGGUGUCGGGUAGAGGCUGUGAAAUCACCCUGCGGGGAGACGUCGCCUCUCUGGAGCUCUUUAAAAUCGAUAAAUCUCACGCAGGAGAAUAUACCUGCCAGAUUAUUAACGAUGCAGGGAAGGAGAACUCACCUGUCUCUCUGUUUGUUAAAGAGGCGGCGCGCUUCGUUAAGAAGUUAAAGACCCUCUCGGUGGAGACGGGGAAGUCGAUGAUACUGGAGUGCACGUACGCCGGGAGCCCUGAGAUCCUGGUGAAAUGGUUUAAAGACGAUCAGGAGAUUUUCUCCUCUUAUAAACACAACAUCACCACCACCGAGAGCUCCUGCAUCCUGGAGUGUCUGAACAGCGACAGAGAGGCUGCUGGGAAAUACACCUGCCAGGUGUCCAACGACGCCGGACAAGAUACCUGCAGCGCCACCGUGUCCAUCUUAGAGCCUCCUUGUUUUACUGAGAGUUUGGAAGCGAUGGAGGUGACCGCAGGAGAUGCGGUGUGUCUGAAAUGCCAGGUGACGGGUACGCCCGACAUCAAGGUGUCCUGGUUUAAAGGAGACGGCAAAGUCCGAUCAUCUCCCACCUGUAGAAUUGAGUUCUCCAAAGGCACGGCCUGCAUGAAACUAACCAAAGCCUCUAAAGCCGAUAUCGGCGAGUAUACCUGCAAAGCAGAGAACAGCAUCGGAUCAGCCACCACCAGCUGCUACCUGACCGUGCAAGAGGCAAAAACGCCGCCAUCUUUCCCCAAGAAAAUCACUAGCAUUCAGCAAACCGAAGGACAUUCUGUCCACUUCGAGUGUCGCGUUGCAGGAUCUUCUCCAAUGGAGAUUUCUUGGCUUAAAGAUGGUGAAACUCUGAGGAGUGACUCAGAAUACGAUAUGAGUUUUGACGAUAACUCUGCUGUUUUAACAAUCGCCAAGGGUGAAAUGAGACACUCUGGAGAAUACACUUGUGUCGCAACUAAUAGUGUUGGAACGGCGUCUUGUAGAGCCAAGCUCACGCUUCAAGAGCCGAGAUUUCCUCCAGUGUUUGAUAAAAAGCUCUUACCUGUGGAAGUUUCAGUCGGAGAUACUGUGGAACUGGAGUGUCACAUGACCGGAUCUCAGCCAAUAAAAGUGACUUGGUCAAAAGAUCAUAAAGAUAUCCGUACAGGAGGGAAUUAUAAAAUAUCAUGUGUGGAAAAUGCGGCACAUCUGACCAUUCUGAAAGCAGAUAAGGCCGAGUCCGGCCGAUACUCUUGCCACGCGAGUAACGAUAUGGGGAAGGACUCUUGUUCCACUGAAGUUUCUGUGAAAGAGCGUAAAAUUCCGCCCAGCUUCACCAAAAAACCUGCAGAGUCUCUGGAGGAUCUGGAGGGAAAGCUGCUGAAGCUGGAGGCUCGGCUCGCCGGAUCACAGCCCAUCACCCUCAGCUGGUUUAAAGACGACUCUGAGAUCUUCAGCUCCGACCGAUACGAUAUCAGCUUCAAGAACAAUAUGGCCGUGCUGGUCAUCAAGAAUUCACACCUGUCUGAUACAGGUGUUUACACCUGCAGGGCCAACAACGAGGCCGGCUCCGCCUCUUUACACGUUUCAGUCCACAUUACAGAGCAAAAAUUACCCCCGAGCUUCGACCUUCCUCUUAAACCGGUGACGGUGAACGAGGGCGAGGCUCUCUCUCUUACCUGCCACGCCCGCGGCUCUCCACCAAUCAGAAUCCAGUGGAUGAAGGACAGGAGAGAGCUGAGCUCCUCCUCCAGCACCAGGAUCACGUUUGUAGACGGCACUGCCGCGUUAGAAAUGAGCCGCGUGACCAAAUCUGACGCGGGAGAUUAUCUCUGUAAAGCUACGAAUGAAGCCGGUAGUGAAUUCUGCAAGUCUAGAGUCACGGUGAAAGAGAAAUCAGGAGCUCCUACUCCGGCUCCUGCCGCCCCGGCUGCUCCAGAAUCAGCCAAGAAACUCGACAAUCUGUUCUUCAUCGAGGAACCCAAGAGUGUCCGGAUAACUGAGAAGGGAACAGCGACCUUCAUCGCCAAGGUUGGUGGUGAUCCCAUCCCUAACGUGAAGUGGAUGAAGGGUAAGUGGAGGCAGAUGACCCACGGCGGUCGAAUCACCAUCGAGCAAAAGGACCAAAUCGCCAGAAUGGAGAUUAAAGAAGCGACCAAAUCUGACGCCGGCCAGUACAGAUGUGUAGCGUCUAACAAACACGGAGAAAUCGAGUGCAACACUGACCUGAACGUAGACGAGAAGAAAGAGACGUCUCUGGAAACGGUGAAGCUGAAGAAGACGCCCUCAAAGCAGAAAAGCCCUAAAGAGGAUAAGGACAUUGAUAUUGUUGAGCUGCUCAGAAACGUGGAUCCCAAAGAGUACGAGAAGUACGCUCGCAUGUACGGCAUCACCGACUACAGAGGCCUCCUGCAGGCCAUCGAGCAGCUGAAACGAGAGAAGGAAGAAGAAAGUGGAAGACCGGAAGUGGAACGUGCAGGACGUGAGUCAGAAGAAGAUUUGGCGAAACUUGUGGCUGAUCUGCAGAAGAGGAUGGAACAAACUGAGCCGGUUACACUGAUUAGUGACAUCACAGAUCAGACCACCGUGGCCAAUCAGGAGGCAGUAUUUGAAUGUGAGAUUAAGAUAAAUUACCCGGAGAUCACGCUCUCCUGGUAUAAAGGAACCCAGAAACUGGACACCGGUGAUAAAUACGAGAUUCGGAUCGUGGGGGAUCGGCACAUCCUGAAGAUAAAGAGCUGCAGGUCUCAGGACGAGGGAAGCUACAGGAUCGUCUGCGGGCCGCACAUCUCCAGCGCCAAACUCACCGUGAUGGAAGGGGAAGUGGAGCAGCAGAUGGAGGAUGUUGCUGGUAAGGAAGGCGAGACCUGCACACUCACAUGCCAGUUCUCCGUACCGAACGCUAAAGCUCAGUGGUUUAGAAACGGGAAGCUUUUAGAGCGUCACGGCGGCAGAUACGCGUUCCGCGUGACCAAUUACAUGCAGACGCUCUCGAUCAGAGACGUUAGACCUGAAGACCAGGGAGAGUACACGUGCAAAUACAAACACCUCGAAACCACCGCCAAUCUGUGGGUGGAAGCCGAGCAAAUUCAUUUCACUAAACGCAUUCAGAACAUCGUGGUGCGAGAGCGGCAGUCGGCCACGUUCGAAUGCGAAGUUUCCUUCGACAACGCCGUCGUUACCUGGUACAAGGACACCUGGGAGCUUAAAGAAAGCCCGAAGUACACGUUCAGGAGCGACGGCCGACGCCACUUUAUGAUCAUCCGCAACGUAACGUCUGAAGACGAAGGCGUUUAUUCAGUGAUUGUCAGACUGGAGCCCAGAGGUGAAGCCAAAAGCACCGCAGAGCUUUACCUGUCCGGGAAAGAAGUUGAUGUAGGAAGGGUACCUUAUGAUAUUCCCGAUUCAUCAAUACAAGUCCCUGAAGCUCCAACUGCAUUUACUUUUGAAGCUGAAUCUUCUGCGGAGUACUAUCACUAUGAAGAAAAGGUGGAAGUACAAGCAGAGUAUGAGUUCAGGUCAGAGGAGACAGUAGUAGAGGAGAUCUCUGUUUCUGCAGCCGUGCGGAUCCCGGUGGACGAGACGGUAGAGAGGAAAGCUCUGGGAAUGAGGGAGAAAGCUCCGGCUAAAGUUCCCGAGGCUGAGAAGAUCCCAGAGGAGAAACGCAAACUAGUAGAGGAGAAGGAAUUAACUCCAACCAGAGUACCUGAAGCCAAGCCAAAAGCAGUGGAGGAAAAAAUCACACCGGUAAAGGUGGAGGAACCGAAAGAACGGCCCACGCCUAAAGAACGUAAAGAAGAAGCUGCUCCUCAACCAGCUCCAGUUCCUCCAAAGAAAGCACCUGAACCUGUAGCUCCAGUGGUUCCUGAACCCAAACCCAAAGAACCGACACCUAAACCCCCGACAGCAGCCGAACCCAAACCUGAACCCAAACCUGAGCUUAAACCUGAGCCUAAACCCGAGGCCAAGGUGAAAGCAGCACCUGAACCUGUACCUGUGAAAGUACCUGAGGCGCCUCCAGCUAAAGUUCCUGUCGAAGCCAAGAAAGCAAAACCUGCUGAACCAGAACCUCCGAGACCAGAACCAACCAAACCUGAGCAGAUCGCUCCAGUUCCUAAAGACGUAGCUCCUCAAAAAGUUCAUGUGGAGGAAAAGAAACCAGAGAAACCCAAACCAGCUGUACCAGAACCACCUAAAGCAGUUCCAGCCAAACCUGAACCCAAACCUGCUGUGGUUCCUAAGGAGGUAGAACCUCAGAAAGUUCACGUGGAGGAAAAGAAACCAGAGAAACCAAAACCAGCUGCACCAGAACCUCCUAAAGCAGUUCCAGCCAAACCUGAACCAAAACCUGCUGUGGUUCCUCAAGAAGUAGAACCUAAGAAAGUUCACGUGGAGGAAAAGAAACCAGAGAAACCCAAACCAGCUGUACCAGAACCACCUAAACCAGUUCCAGCCAAACCUGAACCCAAACCUGCUGUGGUUCCUCAAGAAGUAGAACCUAAGAAAGUUCACGUGGAGGAAAAGAAACCAGAAAAACCCAAACCAGCUGUACCAGAACCACCUAAACCAGUUCCAGCCAAACCUGAACCCAAACCUGCUGUGGUUCCUCAAGAAGUAGAACCUCAGAAAGUUCAUGUGGAGGAAAAGAAACCAGAGAAACCCAAACCAGCUGUACCAGAACCACCUAAAGCAGUUCCAGCCAAACCUGAACCCAAACCUGCUGUGGUACCUCAAGAAGUAGAACCUAAGAAAGUACAAGAACCCCCCAAGAAGCCAGAGGAAGUGAAACCUGUUGCUCCCGUGCUUAAACCUGAGAUUAAGCCUGAACCUAAACCUGAGGUUAAGCCUAUGCCAAAACCUGAAGUCAAGCCUGAACCUAAACCUGAGGUUAAACCUGUGCCAAAACCUGAAGUCAAGCCUGAGCCAAAACCUGAGGUUAAGCCUGUGCCAAAACCUGAACCUAAACCUGAGGUUAAGCCUGUGCCAAAACCUGAGGUUAAGCCUGUGCCAAAACCUGAAGUCAAGCCUGAACCUAAACCUGAGGUUAAGCCUGUGCCAAAACCUGAAGUCAAGCCUGAACCUAAACCUGAGGUUAAGCCUGAACCUAAACCUGAGGUUAAGCCUGUGCCAAAACCUGAAGUCAAGCCUGAACCUAAACCUGAAGUCAAGCCUGUGCCAAAACCUGAAGUCAAACUUGAACCUAAACCUGAGGUUAAGCCUGAACCUAAACCUGAGGUCAAACCUGAACCUAAACCUGAGGUUAAGCCUGAACCUAAACCUGAGGUUAAGCCUGAACCUAAACCUGAGGUUAAGCCUGUGCCAAAACCUGAAGUCAAACUUGAACCUAAACCUGAGGUUAAGCCUGAACCUAAACCUGAGGUCAAACCUGAACCUAAACCUGAGGUUAAGCCUGAACCUAAACCUGAGGUCAAACCUGAACCUAAACCUGAGGUCAAACCUGAACCUAAACCUGAGGUUAAGCCUGAACCUAAACCUGAGGUCAAACCUGAACCUAAACCUGAGGUUAAGCCUGUGCCAAAACCUGAGGUUAAGCCUGAACCUAAACCUGAGGUUAAGCCUGAACCUAAACCUGCGGUUAAGCCUGAACCUAAACCUGCGGUUAAGCCUGAGGUUAAACCUAAACCUGAGGUUAAGCCUGAACCUGAGGUUAAGCCUGAACCAAAGGCUGAAAUCAAACCUAAACCUGAAGUGAAGCCUAAACCUGAGGUUAAACCUGAACCUAAACCUAAAGUGAAGGAAGAACCAAGGCCUCCAUCUAAAGUUCUUGUGGUGGAAGAAAUACAAAAACCAGCUCCAUCAGAACCUGAACCCAAACCAGAACCCAAACCAGAACCCAAACCCGUCACUGUGGUUCUUCAGGAGGUAGAACCUCAGAAAGUUCUUGUGGAGCGUCCGAAAGAAGAGCUGCCAAGAAAACCGGAUGCAACCAUUGUCCCUCCAAAAGAGGCCAAAGUGUCUGAACCAGAGAAGAUAGCUCCCAAAGAAAAGGAACCUGUUCCUAUGAAACGGGAGGAAGUUACUCCCAAAGUUGAAAAGAAAGCAACUCCAGAACCUGCAGCUAAGAAAGUCUCUCCAGCUGGAGUUGAGAAAAAAGCUUCACCAGAGCCUGCAGUUGUUGCGCCGCCAGAAAAGAAAGUGACUCCGGUUGAAGAUGGUGAAAAGGGACCUGUUUCUGCACCUGGACCUGUGAGAAAAGGAAAAAUUCUUAAAAAAGAAGAAGAGGUGCUUGAAAUGCCAACUUUAAAGAAAGUUACAAGGGUCGCUAAAGUCACGGAGGAAGAAUCCGAAACAGUGCAACUGAAGAAGGUUCUCAAACCAUCGCCGGAAGAGCCUGAAGAACCCAAAAAGGUCUACGCUGAAGCGACCAGAGAGGUUUUAAUCACUGAGAGUUACGAGGCUGAAAUGCAUUUUGAGAAAUACGAAAGAAUCAAGAGAACGGAAGAGAAAAAACCUGAACCGGAGAAAAAGAAGCCUGUUGAACUUGAACAAAAGAAAGAGGCGAUAAAACCAGAGGAAAAAGUGGAAGAAAAGAAGCCUGAAGUAAAGAAAGUGGCAAAGGUUCCAAAACAGGAAACACCCGAGGAACCUGGCCUUGCUCUGAAGAAAGUAAAGAAAUUACCUACCGAAACGAAAGAACAAGAAUCCGUCAAACUAAAACCUUUUGAAAAACCUGGAAAACCAGCGGUUGAACCUGAACCAGCCGCCAAAAAGGAACCGAAAGAGGGAGAACGCAUCUCUUUUGAAAGAGAGCGAGAGCCUAUAAGUUUCGAGAAAGUUGAAAGACCUCCCAAAGAACCGACGCAAAAAGAACCGGAAGCGCCCAAGAAAGUGGAGGAGCCUUCCAAACUGGAAGAGAAGAAACCGGAGGAGGCUGUCCGUAAACCUGUGGAAAGAGCCAAAAAGGAAAAGGAGAAGCCUGAAGAACCUGAACCGCCAUCUUGGAAAGGCAAGAGAAUCCCAAAACAAGAGGAAGAACCAGAGAAGAUUCAGCUGAAGCCCUUCAAGAAGCCUUCAGCUGAAAAAGAGGCACCGGAACCAAAGGCAAAAGUGCCCACGGAGGUUCCACCACCAACUAAAAAAGUGCCAAAGGAGGAGAUUAUUCCAACCAAAGAACCAAAACCUCCAAUGAAGGAAGCAGCAGCAGCGGAGAAGCCCAAAGAAAAAGAGAAAGAGCCUGAAAAAGAGAAGCCUGUUGAGGUCCCUCAAGAAAAAGACGACAAGAAGGAACUUCCCAAAAAGGUUGAGACUCCCGUAGACAAGGUUAAAACUCCCGUAGAGAAGGAUAAACCACUGAAGAAAGAGGUUGAGGAGGAGAAGAAGAAGCCUCUAAUUGUCAAAAAGGGAAGUUUACCCAAAGAACCUGAAGAGAAAGAAGAAGUCGUGCUAAAACCUCUCAAACCGAAGGCUUUGGAGCCUAAGAAGACGCCGUCGCCCAAGGUUGACCAAGUGAAACCUGUUGAGUUGACGCCGGUAGAGAAGAAGCCCAGCCUGGACAGGACUAAAAAAACACUGCCACCAAAGGUUUCGCCCAAAGAAUCCAUUGAAAGCGUUACGCUCAAGAAGGUGCCGAAGAAGGUUUCUCCUCCGGAAGAACCGAUCAAAGCUGUCAGGGAUCGAGAGGAAAUUCCGAUCAUGAAGGAGCUGUCGCCCGGAGCCGUGCAGGUCCGGAAGAUCCCCACCCAGAUGGAGGAGGAGGUGUACGAAGAGGAGAUGGUGGAGGUUGCAGAGGAAGAGGAGGAGGAGGAGACCUGGGGAUGGGAGCUGGUUCCUGAAGAGAGUUACGGAUCCGAGGAUUACGAAGAAUAUUACGAAGAAGACGCUCUGGAGACGAUGGGAAUGCCGGGCGGGAGACAAGAGGGCACACCGAAAGAGGAGGCUGGCAGAGGAAGAGGCUUAAAACCGAAGAAAACCCCGUCUCCCGGUGAAGCCGGGCGAGGAAGAGGAAGACCCGGAGCCGGAGGAGAUAAGCCCCCCGGCGAGGCUCCGUUCGGUUUCCAGCUGAAGGCGGUUCCUCUGAAGUUCGUGAAGGAGCUGGAGAACAUCGUCCUGCAGGAAGCCGAGUCCAUCGGUUCCUCAGCCGUGUUCGAGUGCCAGAUUUCUCCUUCUACUGCCAUCACCACCUGGAUGAAGGACGGAAGCAACCUGAGGGAGAGUCCAAAACACAAGUUCACCUCCGACGGCAAAGACCGUAAACUGGCCAUCAUCGACGUCCAGCUGUCCGACAGAGGAGAGUACACCUGUGUAGCCAAGCUGGGAAAUAAGGAGAAGACCUCCACCGCCAAACUCAUUGUAGAAGAGUUACCUGUGAGAUUCACUAAGAACCUGGAUGAGGAGAUGUCGGUGAUUAAGGGUCAGCCGCUGUAUCUGACCUGUGAGUUGAGUAAAGAGAGGGAUGUUGUUUGGAAGAAGGAUGGAAAGAUUCUCUCACCCAUUCCCGGAAAAGUCGCCAUCAACGUGAUCGGCAUGCAGCACGCCGUCACCAUCCAGGACUCCAGCGACGCCGACGCUGCGGUGUACACCUGCGAGUGUGAGAACCUGCAGACCCAGACCACCGUCAAAAUCAUCGAGAUCAUCAGGGACUGGUUGGUGAAGCCUCUGAGGGAUCAGCAUGUGAAACCGAAGGCCAUGGCUACCUUCAAGUGUGAGCUCUAUAAAGACACUCCCAACUGGAAGUGGUUUAAAGGAAAUGAUGAAAUUCCGAACGACCCCACAGAUAAAACCGAGGUGAAGAAGGACGGGAAGGAGCUCACUCUGACCAUUAAAAACGCCCAACCCAACGACGUCGGAGAGUACGCCAUGGAAGUGGAGGGCCGGAGAUACACCGCAAAACUCACUCUUGGAGAGCGUGAAGCUGAGAUCCUGAAGCCUCUCGCCAGUGUGGAGGUUGUGGAGAAAGGAGAGGCGAACUUUGAGACUGAAAUCUCUGAGGAUGAUGUACCUGGAGAAUGGAAACUCAGAGGGCAGGUUCUCACAAGAUCACCGACAUGUGAUAUCAGGGCGGAGGGAGGGAAGCGAUUCCUCACUCUGAAAAACGUUCAGCUGGAUCAGGCUGGAGAAGUAUCGUUCCAGGCUCUGAACGCUCUCACCAGCGCAAUGCUAACAGUGAAAGAAAUCGAGAUGGACUUCACAGUCCCUCUAAAAGACGUCACCGUCCCCGAAAAGAAACAGGCGAAGUUUGAGUGCUCCAUCACUAAAGACGUGCCUAAAGUCAUGUGGUAUAGAGGAUCUGAUAUCGUGAUAUCAGACCAGAAAUACGAUAUAAUUGACGACGGAAAGAAACACAUGCUGGUUAUAAACCACUGUGAGUUUGAUGAUGAGGGGGAGUACACUAUUGAGGUGUUGGGUAAAACGUCCACAGCUAAGCUGACGGUGGAGGGUAUGAGGCUGAAGUUUAUCUCGCCCAUCUCGGAUCAGACCGUGAAGGAAGGUAGCACGGCUCGGUUCGAGCUGGAGCUCUCGCACGAGAACGUGCCGGUGGCGUGGUACAAAAACGAGACCAAACUGCACCCGAGCAGAACCGUGCUGACCCAUAUCGAUGGAAAAAGGCACAUUUUAGAGAUUAAGGAAGUGACUCUAGAUGAUACCUGCCAGAUAAAGGCAGAGGCUAAAGGAAUAUCCACUACAGCCAACCUGACGGUGCUAGAGGGCGACGCCUACUUCACGGUGAAGCUGCAGGACUACACGGCGGUGGAGAAGGACGAGGUGACGCUGGACUGUGAGCUCAGUAAGGACGUCCCGGUGAAGUGGUUCCACAACGAGACGGAGAUUAAAGCCUCUAAGAUGGUGUCGAUGAAGGUGGAGGGGAAGAGGAGGAUCCUCAGUAUUAAGAAGGUGGAGGAUAAAGAUAAGGGUCAGUACGUCUGCGACUGCGGAACCGACAAAACCACCGCCAACGUCAACAUCGAAGCGCGGGAUAUUAAGGUGGUGCGGCCGAUGUACGGAGUGGAGGUGUUUGAUGGUGAAACUGCACGGUUUGAGGUGGAGCUGUCGGAGGAUGAUGUUCACGGACAGUGGAAACUAAAAGGAGAAGCUCUCUCUCAGUCCCCUGAUGUUGAGAUCAUUGAGGACGGGGCGAAGCACACGUUAACUCUGUAUAACUGCAGAGUUCCUCAGUCGGGCGAGGUCUCCUUCCAGGGCGCUAACGCUAAGUGUGCGGCUAAUCUAAAGGUCAAAGAGCUUCCUAUCAGCUUCCUGACUCCGCUGAGUGACGUGCACGUGUACGAGAAGGACGAGGCGAGGUUCGAGUGUGAGAUCUCACGAGAGCCGAAGAGCGUCCGCUGGCUGAAGGGAUCUCAGGAGCUGACGAGCGACGAGAAGUUCCAGAUCCUCUCCGAGGGGAAGAGACACACGCUGGUGGUGAAAUCUGCAGCUUUCGACGACGAGGCCAAAUACAUGUUCGAGGCCGAGGACAAGAGAACUGCUGCUAAACUCGUCAUUCAAGGAAUUCGUCUGGAGUUCGUGAGAGCGAUUAAGGACGUGACGGUGAAGGAGCGCGAGACUGCAGAGUUCAGUAUCGAACUUUCUCACGAGAAAAUACAAGUUACCUGGUACAAAAACGACGUCCGGCUGCACCCGAGCAAAGUGGUGCACAUGUCCGAACAGGGCAAGAUCCACACGCUGUCCUUCAAGGAGGUCUCCAUCGACGACACGUCCCUCAUCAAAGUGGAAGCUCUGGGGAAAACCGCCGAGGCCAUGCUCACCGUCCUCGAGGGUGAGGCGUACUUCACCACUAAGCUGCAGGACUACACGGCGGUGGAGAAGGACGAGGUGGUGCUGAUGUGUGAACUGAGUAAAUCCUCCGCUCAGGUGAAAUGGUUUAAAGACGGUAAAGAAAUCACCCCGUCCAAAAACGUCCUGAUCAAAGCCGACGGGAAGAAGAGGAUCCUGACGGUGAAGAGAGCAGAUAAAAGUAAUAUAGGAGAAUACACCUGCGACUGCGGCUCCGACAAAACCACCGCCAAACUCAACAUCGAGGAGCGUGAUAUUAAGGUGGUGCGGCCGCUGUACAGUGUGGAGGUGACGGAGACGGAGACGGCUCGAUUUGAGACGGAGAUCUCAGAGGAGGACGUUCACGGACACUGGAAACUGAAGGGAGACGCUCUGCACCAGUCUCCUGACUGUGAGAUUAAGGAAGAAGGAACCAGGCACAUGCUGAUCCUCUAUAAUGUGAAGAUGGACAUGGCGGGCGGAGUGGACUUCAGCGCCGCUAACGCUAAAUCCAGCGCUCAGCUCAGAGUUAAAGCGCGAGUGAUCGGCCUCCUGCGGCCGCUGAAGGAUGCUACCGUCACGGCCGGCGAGACCGCCACCUUCGACUGCGAGCUGUCGUACGAGGGCAUCGCUGUGGACUGGUUCCUCGGGGGUACAAAGCUGGAACCAAGCGACAGAGUGGUGACCCGGGCGGAGGGCAGGACUCACACUCUGACCCUCAGAGACGUGAAGAUGACCGAGGCCGGAGACGUUAAACUCACUGCUAAAGAUUUCCAAACUCAGGCCAAACUCAUCGUUAAAGAGCCUCCAGUGGAGUUCACUAAGCCUCUGGAGGAUCAGACGGUGGAGGAGGAAGCUACAGCAGUUCUGGAGUGCGAGGUUUCUAAAGAGAGCGCAGAGGUUCGGUGGUUCAGAGACGGACAGGAGAUCCGUAAGACUAAGAAGUACGACAUGGUGUCUGAGGGCUGCAAGAGGAAGCUGAUCAUCAGCGACUGCAGUCUGGACGAUUCCAAGAUGUACACCUGCGACGCCAAAGAGUUCAAAACCUCCGCCUUCCUCAACGUCGAGCCUCCACAUGUGGAGUUCACUAAGCCGCUGCAUGAUGUGGAAGUUAUGGAGAAAGAAACUGCCAAGUUCGAGUGUGAAGUUUCCAGAGAAAGUGCCAAGGUCCGCUGGUUCAAGGAUGGAAACGAAAUCAGAAAAGGCAAAAAAUACGAGAUCAUUUCUAAAGGAGUUCAGCGUAUUCUCAUCAUCAGUAAAUCCGUGUUUGAUGAUGAGGCUGAAUACGAAUGUGACGCAAAAACCUCCAAGACCUCCGGCAUGCUGACCGUCGUCGAGGAGGAGGCCAGAUUCACCAAGAACCUCUCCAACGUGGAGGGAACUGAAACCGACAGCGUUAAGCUGAUCUGCGAGGUCUCCAAACCCAGUGCAGAGGUCACAUGGUACAAAGGAGAGCAGGAACUUCCUGAAGCAGGACGAUACGAACACAUCGCAGACGGCAGGAAGAGAGUCCUGAUCAUCCAGGACCUUCGUAUGGACGAUGCUGGAGAAUACCACUGCAAACUGCCCAAAUCAGAGACCACAGGAACUCUGAGAAUUAACGAACUGGCGGCUGAGUUCAUCUCCAGACCUCAGAACCAGGAGGUGGUUGAGGGGGAGAAGGUGCAGUUCGUUUGCUCCGUAUCUAAAGACACGUAUGAGGUCAGGUGGUUCAGAGGAGAUAAAGAACUCCAGAACGACGACAAAUACGAAAUAAUCUCAGACGGAAAGAGACGAGUUCUCGUGGUGAAGAACUGCGAGCGCAGCGACGAGGGGUCUUUCGUCGCCGUCAUCGGAACCACACGAGCUAGCGCCGAGCUAACCGUGAUCGAGAAACUGAGGAUCAUCACUCCUCUGAAGGACACGAAGGCGAGUGAAGGGCAGGAGAUCGUCCUGAACUGCGAGGUGAACACAGAGGAGGCUAAAGCUAAGUGGCUGAAGAACGACGAGACCAUGUUCGAGAGCAGCAAGUUCAUCAUGGUCCAGAAAUACAACGUCUUCUCCCUGAGGAUCAAAGGCGCCGAGAAAUCAGACGAAGCUAACUACGCUAUCACUCUGACCAAUCAGCGCGGAGAAUACGCCAAGAGCUCUGCUAACAUUACUGUACAAGAGGAGGAUCUGAGGAUCGUGGUUCCUCUGGAGGAUGUAGAAACACAGGAGAAGAAGAGCAUCUCCUUCAGCUGUAAGGUGAACCGGCCGAACGUGACGGUGAAGUGGAUGAAGGCGGGGCAGGAGAUCGUCCUCAGCAAGAGAUUCGCCUACAGAGUGGAUAAAGAUAAACACACCCUGACCAUUAAAGACUGCACCCUCGCCGACGAGGGCGAGUACACCGUCGCCGCCGGCGCCGACAAAUCCACCGCCGAGCUCAUCAUCAGCGAAGCUCCCACAGACUUCACCGCCCAGCUCCAGGACCAGACCAUCACCGAGUUCGAGGACGCAGAGUUCACCUGCCAGCUCUCCAAAGAGAAAGCAGAGAUCAAAUGGUACCGAGACGGACGAGAGAUCCGCGAGGGACCCAGAUAUCAGUUUGUGCGUGAUGGAAAGACGUGCACGUUGAUUAUUAAAGAGUGCAGACCUGAUGAUGAGUGUGAAUACGCCUGCGGAGUCGACGACAAGAAAUCCCGCGCUCGACUCUUCGUUGAAGAGACGCCGGUGGAGAUCGUGCGUCCCCCGGUGGACGUGUUCGAGCCCCCCGGCGCUGACGUGGUUUACGAGGUGGAGCUGAAUAAGGACCGGGUGGAGGUUAAGUGGUUGAGGAAUAAUAUGACCGUAGUUCAGGGAGAUAAAUAUCAGAUGAUGAGCGAAGGGAAGAUCCACCGUCUGCAGGUGUGUGAGAUCAGACCUCGAGAUCAGGGCGAGUACAGAGUCGUCGCCAAGGAUAAAGACGCCCGCGCCAAACUGGAGCUCGCAGCCGUUCCUACGAUUAAGACUCUGGAUCAGGACCUGGUGACGGACGCGGGGAAGCCGCUGGUGAUGGCGGUGCCGUAUAACGCGUAUCCUCACGCCGAGGCCGACUGGCUGUUUGACGGGAUCAGUCUCCCCGCCGAGAACGUCCACACGUCCCCCGACAGAACCGAGUACCGACUCAAAGACCCCAAAAAAUCAGAGGAAGGACGUUAUAAAAUCAUUAUCAAGAACAAACACGGACAGGGAGAGGCCUUCAUCAACCUGAAGGUUAUCGAUGUUCCCGGGCCGAUAAAGAACCUGCAUGUGGUGGACACGGCCGACGGCGAGGUCAGCAUCGCGUGGGACGAGCCCGAGAGCGACGGCGGCAGUAAGAUCCUGGCGUACGUGGUGGAGAGACGAGACGUCAAGCGCAAGACCUGGACUCUGGCCACAGACCGGGCCGACAGCACCGAGUACACCGUCACCGGCCUGCAGAAAGACUCCGAGUACUUCUUCAGAGUCUGCGCUCGCAACAGAGUCGGCAGCGGACCCAACGUCGAGACCGACAAACCCGUACAGGCCAAGAACAAAUUCGAUGUUCCUGACGCCCCUCAGAAUGUCACGGUUGGAAACGUCAGUAAAUUCGCCGCCACCGUCUCCUGGGAGCCUCCUCUCCACGACGGCGGCUCAGAAAUCACCUCCUACAUCAUCGAGCUGAGAGACAGAACCUCGGUGAAGUGGUCUCCGGUUCUGGUGACUAAAGCUCAGGACCGCUCCGCCGUGAUUAACGACGUGAUCGAGAAUAAGGAGUAUAUUUUCCGCGUCAGAGCCGAGAACAAGGCCGGCCCCGGCAAACCGAGCGCUGCCACCGACCCGGUUAAAAUCAUGGAUCCCAUCGAGAGACCCAGCCCACCCCUCAACCUAUCACACUCGGAGCAGACCAAGGAGGCGUGUCUCCUCUCCUGGGAGACGCCCCUCAGGAACGGCGGCAGUGUGAUCACCGGGUACAUCAUCGAGAGGUGUGAGGAGGACACCGACAAGUGGCUGAGAUGCAACGCCAGACUGUGCCAAGACCUUCUGUACAGGAUGUCUGGACUGAAACAUGGAAAGAAAUACAGAUACCGGGUUAUCGCGGAGAACGCCGCUGGUCAGUCCGACCCCUCCAAUGUUAUUGGACCGGUGCUGGCAGACGACCCACACUUCGCUCCGACUCUGGACCUCAGCGCCUUUAAGGACGGGCUGGAGGUCAUCGUCCCCAACUCUCUGAUCAUCCGCGUCCCCCUCACCGGAUACCCCACCCCCACGGCGAGGUGGACGUUUGGAGAGAAGGAGCUCGCGGCCGGAGACAGAGUGUCCACGGUGACCAAGAGCACCUUCACCGAGCUGGUGGUGACGCCCAGCGUCCGUCCAGAUAAAGGAACGUACUCCCUGACGCUGGAGAACGACGUGAGCAGCGUCUCCGGAGAGGUCCUCGUCAACGUCAUCGCAUCUCCAAGUGCUCCCAAAGACUUCAAGGUAGCAGAAGUGACGAGGAAACAUGUGCAUCUGAUGUGGGAAGCUCCGGAUCACGAUGGAGGAAGCCCACUGACCGGAUACCAGAUCGAGAAACGAGACGUCUCCAGAAAGACCUGGGUUAAGGUGAUGUCUGGAGUUCAGGAUCAGGAGUACACUAUAACAGACGUCAUCGAGGGAAAGGAGUACCUGUUCAGAGUUACGGCCUGUAAUAAGUGCGGACCUGGAGAACCGGCGUACAUCGACGAUCCAGUCAACGUAUCCUCUCCAGCCACUGUUCCAGAUCCUCCUGAGAAUCUGAAAUGGAGAGAUAAAUCAGCGAAGGGCAUCUUCCUCUCCUGGGAGCCGCCCAAGUGGGACGGCGGCGCUCCGGUUAAAAGCUACACGGUGGAUAAAUGCCAGCGCGGCACCGACAAGUGGGAGCCGUGUGGAGACCCCAUCACCGACCUCAAGCUGGAGGUUACGGGUCUGACAGAGGGUCAGUGGUACGCGUACCGCGUCCGUGCCCAGAACCGACUCGGCUCCGGUAAACCCUGCAAAGCCACCGACGAGAUCUUGGCUGUUGAUCCUAAAGAGCCUCCAGAGAUUCAGCUGGAUGCUAAGCUGCUGGCCGGUCUCACCGCUAAAGCCGGCACUAAGAUCGAGCUCCCGGCCGACAUCACCGGCAAACCCGAGCCCAAGGUGAAAUGGUCGAAGGCCGACCUGAUCCUGAAAGAGGACGACAGAAUCGCCAUCGACACCAAACCCGGACACUCCUCCGUAUCCAUCGCCAAAACCACCAGAGACGACACCGCCACCUACAUCGUGGAGGCGGUGAACAGCAGCGGCCGCGCCACGGCAACCGUCGACGUCAACAUCCUCGAUAAGCCUGGUCCUCCAGCAGCGUUCGAUAUCUCGGAGAUCACCAGCGAGUCGUGUCUGCUGGCCUGGAAUCCUCCCCGAGACGACGGCGGCUCCAAGGUGACGAACUACAUCGUAGAGAGGAGAGCGACGGACAGCGAGAUCUGGUACAAACUCUCCUCCACCGUGAAGCAGACCACCUACAAAGCCACCAAACUCGUCACCUUCAAAGAGUACAUCUUCAGAGUCUACGCUGAAAACCAGUUCGGCGUCGGCCUGCCGGCGGAGCACGCUCCCAUCGUCGCCAGAUACCCCUUCGAUCCCCCUGGACCCCCGUACAAGCUGCAGGCAGCCGAUAUCGCUAAAGACGCAGUGACUCUGAGCUGGUACGAGCCGGACGAGGACGGCGGAAGCCCCAUCACCGGAUACUGGGUGGAGAGAUUCGAGCCGGAAGCUGAUAAAUGGAUCAGAUGCAAUAAAACACCAGUUAGAGACACGACUAUGAGGGUGAGAGGAUUACCCACCAGAAAGAAGUAUAAGUUCAGAGUUCUGGCCGAGAAUCUCGCCGGACCUGGAAAACCGAGCAAAGAGACCGACCCGAUCCUGAUCAAAGAUCCUAUCGAUCCUCCCUGGCCUCCCGGUAAGCCCACGGUUAAAGACGUGGCGAAGACCUCGGCGUUCCUGCAGUGGACGAAGCCCGAGCACGACGGCGGCGCCAAGAUCGAGUCCUACAUCAUCGAGCUGCUGAAGAGCGGAACUGAGGAGUGGGUCCGGGUCGCGGACGGGAUCCCCGCCCUGGAGUUCUUCCUGAGGGGACUGAUGGAGAAGCAGGAGUACUCCUUCCGGGUCAGAGCCGUGAACGCCGCCGGAGAGAGCGAACCCAGCGAGCCCAGCAACCCAGUGCUCUGCAAAGAGAGACUCAACCCGCCGUCGCCGCCCCGCUGGCUGGAGGUGGUGAAUAUUUCCCGGAACAGCGCCGAGCUGAAGUGGACGGCCCCCGAGAGAGACGGCGGCUCACCCGUCACCAACUACAUCGUGGAGAAGCGGGACGUGAGGCGUAAGGGCUGGCAGGCGGUGGACACCACGGUGAAGGAGCUCACGCACACGGUCACGCCGCUGAACGACGGCUCGCUCUACGUGUUCCGCGUGGCCGCCGAGAACGCCGUCGGCAUCAGCGAGUACUGCGAACUGGUCGACUCGGUUCUCGCCAAAGACACUUUCACUACUCCCGGACCUCCCUAUAAUCUGGCCGUUACCGGCGUAUCGAAGACCCACGUUGAUCUGAAAUGGGAGGCUCCCAAAAACGACGGUGGCAGACCCAUCCUGAGGUAUGUUAUUGAGAAGAAGGAGAAGCUGGGAACCCGCUGGGUGAAAUCUGGGAAGACCUCGGGUCCAGACUGUCAGUACAGAGUGACGGACGUGAUCGAGGGAACCGAGGUUCAGUUCCAGGUUCUCGCUGAGAACGAGGCCGGAGUCGGGCACCCCAGCGAACCCACCGACAUCGUGGUGGUGGAGGACCCCACAGGUCCCCCGUCUCCUCCUCAGGACCUGCACGUGACUGAAGCAGCGCGGGAUCACCUCUCCAUCGCGUGGAAAGCUCCGGAGCGUAGCGGGGGCAGUCCGGUGAUCGGGUAUCAUAUCGAGCUGUGUGAGGCGGGGACGGGGAAGUGGAUGAGGGUGAACUCUCGGCCGGUUAAAGAGCUGAAGUACCGAGCCGGAGACGAGGAGGGAAUCGUCCCGGAGAAGCAGUACAUCUUCAGGAUCCGAGCCGUGAACUCGGUCGGAGAGAGCGACCCCUCCGAGAUCUCCGAGAGCGUCUUCGCUAAAGACUCCGACUGUAACCCCACGCUGGAUUUCCAGACUCAGGACCUGGUGGUGGUGGAGGGCGAGAAGCUGCACCUCCCGAUUCCGUUUAAGGCGGUUCCGUCUCCGAAGAUCACCUGGCAUAAAGACGGGAAGGAGAUGAAGGCGGACGAUCGAACCUCCUUCAGAUCAGAGUACACCUCCUGCCACCUGGAGAUCCCCAGCAGCCUGCACGCCGACGCCGGCCAGUACAAAGUUACGCUGGAGAACAGCCUCGGAGCCACCAGCGGAACCAUCAACGUUAAAGUCAUCGGUCUUCCUGGUCCGUGUAAGGAGAUCGUGGCGAGUGAGAUCACUAAGAGCUCCUGUAAAGUGUCCUGGGAUCCUCCGGAUUACGACGGGGGCAGUCCGGUCCUGCACUACGUCCUGCAGCGCAGAGAGGCGGGACGCAGGACCUACGUUAACGUCAUGUCCGGAGAGAAUAAGGUCAGCUGGCCGGUGAAGGACCUGAUCCAGAACGGAGAGUACUACUUCAGAGUCAGAGCCGUCAACAAGAUCGGCGGCGGAGAGUUCAUCGAGCUGCGCAACCCUGUGAUCGCCGAGGACCAGAAACAUCCACCUGAUCCACCCACUGACGUUGAAACCCACAACCCUACCUCCGAGUCCGUCACCCUCACCUGGAAGCCGCCGAUGUAUGACGGCGGAUCCAAGAUCAUGGGCUACAUCCUGGAGAAGAUGAUGAAAGGAGAGGAGAAAUUCACCAGAUGCAACGACUUCCUGGUCCCGGUCUUAUCCUACACGGUGAAAGGGCUGAAACAGGGCAAGGAGUACCAGUUCAGAGUGCGGGCGGAGAACGCCGCCGGCAUCAGCGAACCCUCACGCAGCACGCCCAUGAUCAAAGCCACCGACGCCGUCGAUCGUCCCAAAGUGUUCCUCAGCGGAAGCCUCCAGUCCGGCCUGAGCGUGAAGAGAGGUGAAGAGAUCCGUCUCACCGCCUACAUCUCCGGAUUCCCCUACCCAGAAAUCACCUGGAUGAGGAACAACUCAACCAUCAGACCAGAAGCUCUGAAGAAGAGACCGGAGAAACCCAUGAAGAAGAAGAAGGAGAAAGAACCAGAGAAGAAGGAGGAGGAGAAAGAAAAGACGGAGGAAAAGAAGGAAGAGGACAAAGAGAAGAAGGAGGAGGAGAAGAAAGAAGAGGAGAAGAAGGAGGAGGAGAAAAAGGAGGAGAAGAAAGAGGAAGAGAAGAAAGAGGAGGAGAAGAAGGAGAAGGAACCGGUGGCAGAAGAACCCGAAGAGCCGGAGGAGGAGUACCAUCCCUCUCUUAACGAGCGUCUCUCCAUCGAUAACGCCAGGAGGGGCGAAUCCUUCAUCAUCGUUAAAGACGUCAUCAGAGGAGAUCACGGCGUCUUCACCAUCAAGGUGGAGAACGAUCACGGUGUUGCUUCUGCCAUCUGCGAGGUCAACGUCCUCGAUACUCCCGGACCCCCAAUCAACUUGAGGUUUGAGGAGGUGAGGAAGGAUUCUCUGCUCUGUAAGUGGGAUCCUCCUGUAGACGACGGUGGAAGUGAAAUUCUGAAUUACGUGUUGGAGAGAAAAGAUAACUCUAAGGCUGAGCUCGGCUGGGUGACGGUGACCUCGACCCUCAGAGGCUGCAAGUAUCCGGUAACGAAACUCAUCGAGAAAAAGGAAUACAUCUUCCGUGUUACCGCCGAGAACCGAUUCGGCGCUGGAAGACCCUGCAUCUCCAAACCCGUCAUCGCCAAGAACCCGUUCGAUCCACCAGAGGCUCCAGAGAAGCCUGAGAUCACAGACGUCACAGCCAACAGCAUGGUGGUCACAUGGAACGAACCCAACGACAACGGCAGCCCCAUCCAGGGGUACUGGGUGGAGAAGCGUGAGAUUAACAGCACACACUGGGCGAGAGUUAACCGCAGCAUCGUCAACGAGCUGGAGAUACAGGUGGAGGGUCUGCUGGAGGGCCUGACCUACAUCUUCAGGGUCUGUGCAGAGAACCUGGCUGGACCUGGAAAGUUCAGCCCACCUUCUGAACCCAAGACGGCCCAGGCUCCAAUCUUGCCGCCAGGUCCUCCUAUUCCGCGUAUCGUGGACACCACAGAUCACUCUAUAGAUGUAGAGUGGGAUCCUCCUGCAGAUAACGGAGGCGCCGAUAUCUUCGGAUAUCAUGUAGAUAAACUCAUCGCCGGCACUAAGGACUGGUCCCGAGCCACAGAGAGACCCUGGAAGACCAACGCCUUCACCGUGUUCGGGGUUAGAGAGGGCGGUAAAUACGUGGUGCGAGUCGUGGCCGUUAACUGCGCUGGUGAAGGAGCUCCUGGAAUCACCGACGCCGUCAUUGUGAGGAAUCCUGCAGAGCCUCCUGUAAUUGAUCUGGGUCUGGCGAUGAAAGCUGGUAUUACUGUGUUAGCCGGGGAGAUGUUGAGGAUUCCGGCUCGAGUGACCGGGAGACCGAAACCGUCUCUCACCUGGACGAAGGACGACGCUGCUCCUAAUAAAGAGCGCGUGGAGAUCGAGGAGGUCGGACAGGACAGCACCAUCAUCAUUAAAGCUGCUAACAGGAGCGACAGCGGCAAAUACCAGAUCACUGCAGCCAACCCCAGCGGCAUCAAAUCCGCCUGGACCAGAGUCGACGUUAUGGAUGUUCCCGGGCCGGUGGUGGACCUGAAGCCUGUUGUGGUGACGAGGAAGCUGAUGAUGCUGAACUGGGGUGAUCCGGAUGACGACGGCGGCAGUGAUGUGACCGGAUUCAUUAUUGAAAGGAGGGAACCUAAGAUGCACACCUGGAGACAGCCCAUCGAGACUCCUUCCUCUAAGUGUGAAAUCGUGGGGAUUAUCGAGGGGCAGGAGUACAUCUUCAGGGUCGUGGCCAAGAACAAGUACGGCUGUGGUCCUCCAGUUGACCUGGGGCCGAUCCGGGCGGUGGAUCCACUCGCUCCACCCACCUCCCCCGAGAAGUUCCACUACUCUGAGAGAACCAAGUCUUCCAUUACCCUCACCUGGAGACCGCCUCGUAACGACGGUGGAAGCCCGAUCAUCGGCUACAUCAUCGAGAAGAAGCGUCAGGACCAUCCCGCCUUCCAGCCCUGCACUGAGGAGAAGGUCACGGCUCUGACUCUGACUGUAGAGAACCUGGACGAGCUGCACAUGUACGAGUUCCGCGCCAAAGCCGUGAACAGCAUCGGAGAGAGCGACCCGUCCAUCCCACUCACUGUAGUGAUCCAGGACGAUGAAGUUCCUCCGUCUCUGCACAUGCUGAAGCACUUUAAGGGAGAUCUGAUCCGAGUGCGUAAGAACGAGCCGAUCGAGAUGCCGGCUGAGAUCACCGGUCUCCCCAUGCCGAAGGUCGAGUGGCUGAAGGACGACGUCGUGAUUCCAAAAUCCACCGAGAGAGUCCUGAUCGAAACCAAAGAGAUGGACCGACUCACCGAACACACCAAACUCAGCAUCCCCGCCAUCGCCAGACUGGAUAAAGGAACCUACACCGUCACCGCCUCCAACCGCCUCGGAACACUCAGCCACUCCAUCACCGUAGAGGUGCUCGAUCGCCCAACGCCACCAAGAAACCUCACCGUAUCCAACAUCCGCGCCGAGUCCUGUCACCUGGCGUGGGACGCCCCGCUGGAUAUCGGGGGCAGUGAGCUCACCAACUACAUCGUGGAGAAGAAAGAUCUGAACGUGGAGGAGGUGGAGAAGGCUGAGUGGGUCGUGGUGAAUAACGCCGUGGUUGAGAGGAAGUUAGGGGUUUGGGAGCUUGAAACAGGAGGGAAGUAUCAGUUCAGAGUAAAAGCUGAGAAUAAGUACGGGAUCAGCGACGGCUGUGAGACUGAAGAAGUUCAUAUUAAGGAUCCGUUCGCUCUGCCUGGUCCUCCGGAGAAGGUCACCAUCGCUGAGCACUCUAAAGUUCACAUGCUGGUGACGUGGGACCCACCCCGGGACUGCGGGGGAUCUAUGAUCACUGGCUAUUGGCUGGAGAAGCGGGAGAAGGGCACCUCCUAUUGGGCUAAAGUGAACAAGGCCAUGGUGACCAAGCGUGGCACUAAAGGCUGGGAGCUGCAGGUCACGCGUCUCAUCGAGGGGCUGGAGUACGAGUUCCGGGCCAUGGCCUGCAACGCCGCCGGCAUCGGCCCACCCAGCGCCGUCUCCGAAUCCGCCUUCGCCGACGACCCAAUCACUCCACCCGGACAGCCAGCUGCUCCUGAAAUCGCUGAUAAAACCAAGCGCAGCGUCACGCUGUCCUGGACCCCCCCGGCUAAAGACGGAGGACGUCCCAUCAAAGGGUACAUCAUCGAGAUCCAGGACGAGGGGACGUCCGAGUGGGCGAGAGUCAACGACCCCGAGAACCUCCACCCCACCACCGAGCUCACCAUCCCCAACCUGCAGGAGCUGAAGAAGUACCGCUUCAGGAUCAUCGCCGUCAACGACAUCGGAGAGUCCGAGCCCAGUCCCAGAACCACCGAGGUCCUGAUGGAGGACAUCCACACUGAACCGAAGCUGUUCCUGGACGUUUCUCCUGAUGAGCUUUACUCCAUCCGCGCUGGAACUCCAAUCAAAAUCCCCGUGUCCAUCAGGGGACGUCCCGUUCCAAAGGUCACGUGGGACUUCGAUGGUAAAGCAAAGACGGAGAAGAAAGACCGUCUCCACACGCUGCCUGUAGAAGCUCAGGUGGAAUCUACAGACACCACCUCCGUCGUGACGGUUCCAGUGAGUUUGAGAACGCACUCGGGCAGAUACACCGUCACCGCCAAGAACAAAACCGGACAGAAGCACAUCAACAUCAGAGUCGUCGUUCUCGACGUUCCUGGUCCUCCGAAGGAGCUGAAGGUGACGGACGUCACCAGGUCCACCAUGAGGCUGAUCUGGAAGCUGCCGGAUACUGACGGAGGAGAGAGAAUUAAGAGCUACUUCAUCGAGAAGAAGGCCGUCUCAGGAAAGGCCUGGACCAAGGUAAACGCUACCUGUGCCAGCAUGGCGUACGUGGUGCCCGACCUCCUGGAGGGUCAGGAGUACCUGUUCCGCGUUCGCGCCGAGAACCGCCUCGGCAUGGGACCCUUCACCGUCACCACCGACCCCGUCCGAGCCAGAGAUCCUAUCUAUCCUCCUGAUCCUCCAACUAAACUCAAGAUUAACCUGGUCACUAAGACCAGCGUGACCCUCACCUGGGUUCCUCCCAAAAACAACGGCGGGUCUCCGGUGACGCACUACAUCAUCGAGAGGCUGAGCUGGGACACCAGCGGUCCUCAGAAGGAGACGUGGAAGCAGUGCAAUAAGAGGGACGUGGAGGAGACAAUCUUCAUCAUAGAGGAUCUGAAGGAAGGAGGAGAGUACGAGUUCCGCGCUAAAGCCGUGAACGAAGCCGGACCGAGCCGACCCUCCGUCACCGUCGGACCAAUCAUCAUCAAAGAUCAGACCUGUGCUCCCACGAUCGAGCUGAGAGAAGCUCUGGAAGGAGCAGAAACGUUUGAUAUAAAUAUCGUGGCGAGGAUCCAGGGCUGCCCGUUCCCGUCUCUGGUUUGGCAGAAAGCUGUGAUUGAUAAGCCGGAGGAGAAGAGCGAUGUGCAUUAUGAUCAGCAUAUCAAUAAAUUAGUAUCUGAUGAUAAAUGCACGCUGCUGAUCCAGCAGGCCAAGAGAGACGACAGCGCUGUUUACACGCUCACCGCCACCAACAGCAUCGGCAAAGCGGCUAAAGACAUCAAACUCACCAUCCUCGGACGACCUGGGCCGCCGGUGGGACCGGUUAAAUUUGAGGAAGUUUUUGCGGAGAGGAUCGGUCUCUCCUGGAAACCUCCCACUGACGACGGCGGAUCAAAGAUCACCAACUUCGUGGUGGAGAAGCGUGAGGACAACAGGAAGACGUGGGUCCACGUCUCCAGCGACCCUAAAGAGUGCGCCUACACGGUUCAGAGACUCACCGAGGGACACGAGUACGAGUUCCGCAUCAUGGCCCAGAACAAAUACGGCGUCGGACCCCCUCUCUACAGCGAACCCGAGAAAGCCCGGAACCUCUUCACUGUUCCAGGCCAGUGUAAUAAACCCACCGUCUCUGAAAUCUCUCUUGAGUCCAUGACGGUUGAGUGGGAGGAGCCAGAAUAUGAUGGUGGAUCUCCAGUAACUGGUUAUUGGCUGGAGCGUAAGGAAACCACGGCCAAGCGCUGGACCAAAGUGAACCGUGACCCAAUCAGAAUCCGUCCCCUUGGCGUCUCUCACGUCGUCACCGGUCUGAUGGAAGGAGCCACCUACCAGUUCCGGGUCACCGCCAUCAACGCCGCCGGCUGUGGGCUCCCCAGCCUGCCGUCCGACCCGGCUGUUUCCAGAGACCCCAUCGCUCCUCCUGGACCUCCAAUUCCUAAAGUGACCGACUGCACCAAAUCCACCGUCGACCUCGAAUGGAUUCCUCCGCUGAACGACGGCGGAUCAAAGAUCACAGGAUACUUCAUUGAGUACAAAGAAGAAGGAAAGGAGGAAUGGGAGAAGGCUAAAGACAAGGAGAUCAGAGGAACCAAGUUUGUGGUUCCCGGACUGAAGGAGCUCGGACUUUACCGGUUCAGAGUGAGGGCGGUGAACGCUGCCGGGGUCGGAGAACCCGGUGAAGUGGCCGACGUGAUCGAGGUCAAGGACAGAACAAUUCCUCCUGAAGUUGACCUGGACGCCUCGGUGAAGGAGAAGAUCGUGGUUCAUGCCGGCGGCGUGAUCCGAAUCAUCGCCUACGUUUCUGGAAAACCUGCACCUCAGAUCACCUGGAACAGAGACGACGGUGAACUGCCCGCGGAGGCUGUAGUGGAGACCACAGGUAUCAGCUCAGCUCUGGUGAUCAAGAGAUGCAGGAGGCAUCACCAGGGCAUCUACACCCUGACCGCCAAGAACGACGGAGGAGAGCGCAAGAAGGCCAUUAUCGUGGAGGUGUUGGACGUCCCCGGCCCCGUGGGUCAGCCCUUCUCCGGUGUUAAUCUCACCACCGACUCCUGUAAGCUGACGUGGUAUUCUCCCGAAGACGACGGCGGCUCAGCCAUCACUAACUACAUCAUAGAGAAGAGAGAGUCGGACCGCCGGGGCUGGACCUCCGUCACCUACACCGUCACCAGACACAACGCCGUGGUGCAGGGGCUGAUCGACGGCAAGGCCUACUUCUUCAGAAUCGCCGCUGAAAAUAUCAUCGGAAGAGGUCCAUUUAUCGAGACCACCGCCCAAGUGCUCAUCAAGGACCCGAUCUCUGUUCCCGAGCGUCCGGAGGAUCUGGAGGUGACGGCAGUAAGUAAGGACUCCAUCAGUGUGGAAUGGAGACCGCCGAAGUACGACGGCGGCGCCGAAGUGACGAGUUACAUCCUGGAAGUUCGUCAGCUCGGAAAAGACAACUUCACUCGUAUCGCGGCGGAGGAGAAGCUGAUGGAGCGUAAAUUUACUCACACAGGACUUAAAGUGGGAUCCACUUACGAAUUCCGCGUCAGCGCCGUCAACCAGAUCGGCCAGGGCAAGCAUUCCUUCAGCACCAAGCCAAUCACCUGCAAGGACGAGCUCGAACCUCCUACGCUGGAUCUGGAGUUCCGGGACACAGUUUUGGUUCGCGUCGGUCAGCCCUGCACCCUGCAGGGACGCUACGGCGGGAAGCCGACGCCCACCAUUAAAUGGCUGAAGAACGAAGAGGAGCUUCAGGCGAGCGAGGAGAUCCUGCUCAGCAGCACCAAGAGGAACCUGAGUUUAUCUAUAGAGAAAGCCAAGCGUGAUCACAGCGGGAAAUACGCCGUGCUGGUGGAGAACUCCAUCGGUACUCGCAAGGGAAUCUGCACCGUUACUGUCGUCGAUCGUCCCCAGCCACCAGAGGGUCCUGUUAUCUUUGAUGAAAUCUACAGGAACUAUAUGGUGAUCUCCUGGAAGCCCCCGCUGGACGACGGCGGUUGCGCCGUUUCUAACUACAUUAUUGAAAAGAGAGAUACUAACAGGGAACUGUGGAUGCCGGUUACUGAAUCCUGCACCAGAACAUCCUGCAAAGUGCCGAAACUGAUCGAGGGCAGAGAGUACAUCAUCAGAAUCUGCGCUCAGAACAUCCACGGCAUCAGCGACCCUCUGCUCUCCGCAGAAACCAAAGCAAGAGACGUCUUCAAGGUACCAGACGCUCCGUCACAGCCGGUAGUAAAGGAGGUCUACAAGGACACCGCCCUGAUCACAUGGGAACCUCCAGCAGACGGUGGGAAACCAAUCACCAACUACAUCGUUGAGAAGAGAGAAACCAUGUCCAACAGAUGGACUCCUACAGGAAAAGAGCGUAUCUACCCUAAAACUGAGUACUGGGUUCCUGAUCUCCUGAAGGGAUGUGAAUACGAGUUCCGCGUCAUGGCGGAGAACGUCGUGGGCGUUGGAGACCCCAGUCCACCCUCUAAACCCGUCUUCGCUAAAGAUCCUAUCGUUAUUCCAGGGCCACCAGAAAAACUAAGGGCGAUUGACAACACAAAGGACUCUGUAACUCUUUCUUGGCAACCGCCGAAGGACUGUGGCCGAGGCAAAAUAUUCGGCUAUCUCCUGGAGUACCAGAAAGCUGGAUCUGAGGAAUGGAUCCAGGUCAACCAGACUCCUGAUUCCUGCCAGGAAACUUCCUUUAAGGUUAUAAAUCUUGAAGACGGAGCUCUGUACCGGUUCAGAGUGAAGGCCGUUAAUGCAGCCGGAGAAUCUGAACCAGCUAAUAUUCCAGAACCUGUUCGAGCACAAGACCGAUUCGAGCCCCCAGAGCUGCUGCUGGACCUGGGCAUGCCUCGCGAGGUUAAAGCCAUGGCAGGAACUCAUAUUAAAAUCGCUGCUGGAAUCAAGGGAAUGCCUUUCCCCAAGAUCACAUGGAAGAAAAACGACGCCGAUGUUCCUCCCAGAGCAGAAAUCGAGACCUCUGCCGUGAGAAGCAAGCUGGAGAUGCGUUACUGCAACCGGGGAGACUGUGGAGACUACACCCUCACCGCUGAGAAUCCAGCCGGAUCCAAGACCGCAACAUGCACUGUGCUCGUUCUAGACAAACCUGGACCCAUCCAGCACCUGAGAAUCUCUGACGUCAGAAGCGACUCGGCUCAGCUCUCCUGGAAAGAUCCAGAAGAUAACGGCGGCGCUCGUAUCACGAACUUCGUGGUGGAGAAGAAAGACACCGCCUCCACUCAGUGGGUUCCUGUCUGUUCUUCAUCUAAGAAGAGAAGUAUGAUGGCCAAGCACCUGAUCGAGGGCACGGCGUACAUGUUCCGCGUCGCCGCUGAGAAUCAGUUCGGCAGGAGUGAAUACGUUGAGACCAGCAAACCCGUAAAGGCCAUGAACCCACUGUUCCCACCUGGUCCACCCAAAGACCUGCACCACGUGGAUGUCGACAAAACAGAAGUGUGGCUCCAGUGGAACUGGCCUGAUCGCACAGGAGGAAGUGACAUCACUGGCUUCUUGGUUGAGUAUCAAGAGGAGGGUGAGAGGGACUGGAUCGUCUUCAAGACUGUGAGCAUUCCUGAAUGCCAUGUUACCGGACUGGAGGAGGGCAAGACCUACCGAUUCCGUGUUAAAACCGAGAACGCCAUUGGUCUUAGCCGACCUGACACCACCGUGCCAGUCCUCUGCCAGGAAAAACUUGUUCCACCAAUCGUUGAAGUCGAUGCCAAACUGAUUGAAGGCAUUAUUGUAAAGGCUGGAAGCAACAUCCGACUGCCCGCCAUCAUGAGGGGCAUUCCCGUGCCCACUGCGAAGUGGGUCAUCGAUGGAGAAGAGAUUAAAUGCGAAGGAAAUACCAAGAUUGACACAGACAACUUCUCGACCGUUCUUAACAUUACAGAAUGCACCAGAAAUCACACCGGAAUCUACAUUCUUACAGUCUCUAAUCCUGCAGGAAGCAAGACAGUUUCUAUGAACGUCACUGUUCUUGACGUCCCGGCUGCACCGAUAGGCCCUGUCAACAUCAUUGAGGUCACGCCAGAUUCCAUGGUCAUCGACUGGCGUCCUCCCAAAGACGAUGGUGGAAGUCCCGUUACCAAUUACAUCGUUGAGAAGAGGGAAUCAAAUAAGGAAACCUGGGGAGGCGUCAGCUCUGGCAGUACCGCCACCAGGCUCAAGAUUUCUCGUCUGCAGAGUGGCGUUGAGUACGUUGUGAGAAUCCGUGCAGAGAACAAGAUGGGAAUUGGCGCUCCUCUUGAAAGUGCGCCAACUGUGGCGAAGCACCAGUUUGAGGCUCCUGGUCAUCCUGGAAAACCCGUGGCAUCUGAUAUCGCUGAGGAUGCUCUGACUCUUGGCUGGACCAUGCCGUUGUACGAUGGCGGUAGUCCCAUCAGUGGUUACAUCAUCGAGCGCAGACAUAAGGGAGGCAAAUGGAUUAGAGUAAACAAGACGCCUUGCAAAGACCUGAGAUUCAGAGUCCUCGGACUCUUUGAGGGCAACGACUACGAGUUUAGAGUAUUUGCCGAGAACAUUGCCGGCUUCAGUGGACCUUCACCCGUCUCAGAUCCAGCUAAACCCUGCAGACCGAUUACAGUCCCUGGACCACCCGUCAAUCCUAAAGUGAAGGACUAUAGCUGCACAUACGCUGAUUUAGUCUGGAUUAAACCAACAAGAGAUGGAGGUAGUCCAGUUUUGGGAUACGUCGUCGAAUGGCAGAAGGCCGGUGGCGAAUGGGAGAAGGUCAACAAAGAUGAUUUGAUCAAACAGUGCGCCUACAGGGUCAAGGGACUGACCGAGGGCACGGAAUACCGGUUCCGCGUUAGAGCCGUCAACAUGAUCGGAGACGGCGAGACGAGAGAAAUCCCAGAGUCUGUUAUCGCUCAAGAUAUUAUCAUUCCCCCAGAGAUCGAGAUGGAUGUCACAUGCCGUACGAACUUGACUGUUCGUGUUGGACACAACAUUAACAUCACGGGAUACGUGAAAGCAAGACCUGAUCCAGAGAUUACUUGGACCAAAGGAGAGGCGUUGUUGGAAAGAGAUAAGCGCACCACUCUGACUAAUAACUUCCCUGUUGUGCACAUGCGUAUCAAGGAAGCAACCAGAUCAGAUCACGGAAAGUAUGUCCUCAAGGCUGUUAAUGACAGCGGUGAAGCCUCAGCUACCAUCACCGUGAAUGUUCUCGACAGACCUGGACAUUGCAAAAACCUCACGCUGACAUACGUCACCAAAAACGCUUGCAUGGUGAACUGGGACGCCCCCGAAGACAACGGUGGCACUGAAAUUACAAACUACAUCGUUGAGUGUCGCGAGCCAAGCAUUAGAACUUGGUCAAUGAUCUCAUCUGACUGCACCAACCGUAAGGUUAAGGCAAAACUGCUGGAGAAUCACGAAUACUUCUUCAGAGUGUCUGCAGAGAACAAGUGCGGUCCUGGACCUGCAACAGAGACCAAGACACCUAUUCUUGCAAUCGAUCCACUUCAAAGACCUGGCGAGCCAGAGAAGUUCCACGUUGCUGAUGUUGGCAAGAACUUCGUUUUCCUGAGAUGGCGAAGACCAGACUACGAUGGCGGCAGUCCUAACCUGGCUUACAUUGUUCAGAAAAAAGGAAAGGAUUCGGAAGAUUGGGAAAGCUUACACGAAAACGUACUUAAGGACACAUUCUUCAUGGUGGACAAAUGUAUUGAGAACCAACUCUAUCAGUUUAGAGUUCAGUCCACAAACGACGGCGGGGAAAGCGACUGGGUGAAGUUGACUGACGUUCUCGUCAAAGAAGAGAUCCAGAAGCCAGUCCUCGACCUUAAAUUUGUUGGUACCACCGUGGUUAAAGCUGGAGAGUCUGUCAGACUCGAGGCAGCACUCAGAGGAAAGCCACAACCUGAGGUGAAAUGGGUGAAGGACAAGGCUACAGGAGACAACCCGAGAAUCAGCGUCGACACUGGAUCUGAUUACUCCAAAUUCCUCUUGACCAAGUCCAAACGUUCAGACACUGGCAAGUACGUCAUCACUGCCACAAACCCUGCUGGAACGUUUACAGCGUACGCAAAUGUGACCGUUCUGGACAUCCCUGGACCGGUCAGAGAUCUUAAGGUUUCUGGCAUGUCCAACGACAAAUGCAGAGUUGUGUGGGAUCCUCCAGAGGACGACGGUGGUUGUGAGGUGGAUAGUUAUAUUGUAGAGAAGUGCGAGACCAGAAGAAUGGUUUGGUCUACAUAUUCUGCUGCAGUGGUGACUAACUACUGCAACAUUACUCGCCUGGUGGAAGGUAACGAGUACAUCUUCAGAGUCAGGGCAGAAAACAAGAUGGGAACUGGUCCCCCAAUGGAGAGCAAAUCUGUUACCGCCAAGACCCAGUUCAGCAGACCUGGACCACCCGACGCACCGGACGUCACCAAAAUCGGCAAAGACGAGAUGACCGUUAUUUGGGCUCCUCCUGAGAACGAUGGUGGAAAGUCCAUUACUGGUUACAUUCUGGAGAGAAAGGAGAAGCGUGCCGUCCGAUGGGUGGCGGUCACGAAGAGUCCAAUCACUGAGAGGCGAAUGAAGGUGACCAACUUGAUCGCUAACCAUGAGUAUCAAUACCGCGUUAAGGCUGAGAACGAAGUUGGGUUGGGAGAACCGAGCAAACCCUCUAAACCCAUUGCUGCUAAAGAUCCAAUUGAGCCACCUGGUCCUCCUGGAAGCCUGAAAGUUGUGGACAGUACAAAAACAUCAAUUACACUCGGCUGGGCAAGGCCAGUUUACGACGGCGGUGCUCCGAUUAUAGGGUAUCUGGUUGAGACAAGAGACAAAAUUGAAAUGGAAGGUGAACAAGUGAGAGAUCCAGAAGAAGGCUGGACAAAAUGUAACACUAGCCAACUUGUUCUCACUGAAUUCUCCAUGAUUAACCUGGACGAGAGGAAGCAAUAUGAAUUCCGCGUUUCUGCACAGAACCAAGUUGGCUGGGGUCGUCCGGCAAACCUUAAAGACGCCGUGUCACCAAGGGAGAUUCAUGAAAUGCCUGAGAUUGAUCUGGAUGCCAGUUUGAGGAAGGGACUCAGCGUAAGAGCUGGAUGUCCCAUAAGAUUGUUUGCGACAAUUAGAGGAAGACCGGCACCGAAAGUGACAUGGAAACGUAUGGGCGUCGACAAUGUCGUCAGGAGAGGUCACGUCGAUCAGGUUGACACCAUGAGCUUCCUCGUGAUUCCUGAGAGCACACGUGAAGACUCAGGAAAAUACUCUCUGACUCUGUCUAACCCCUCCGGAGAAAAAGCCAUAUUUGUUCGUGUUAAAGUCUUGGAUACUCCUGGACCUGUUGGCGGCCUGGAAGCAACAGACGUCACCAAGACAUCUUGCCAGCUUUCUUGGUUGGUUCCUGAAAACGACGGCGGCAGUCCAAUCCUGAACUACGUUGUUGAGAAGCGUGAAGUAGACAGGAAGACAUGGAGCAACUGCACCAGUGACUUAAAGAAGACAAGCUUUAAAAUCACCAACCUCGCACCAGAAGUCGAAUACUACUUCAGGGUCAUGGCGGUUAACAAAUACGGCAUUGGAGUUCCACAAGACUCUCCAAAGUCCUACUUGGCCACAGAUCCUAUGAGUGAACCAGAUCCUCCAAAGAAGAUGGACGUCUUGGAGAUUUCUAAGAACAGCGCAACACUCGGCUGGGUGAAGCCUCUGAGAGACGGUGGAGCGAAGAUUAACGGCUACAUCGUUGAUUACCAGGAGGCCGGACAACCGGAGGACAAAUGGACGACUUACUCGGUGGUGAAGGACUUGAGCAUCGUUGUUGUUGGUCUGAAGGAAAAUACGAAGUAUAAAUUCAGGGUUGCUGCCAGAAACAUUGUGGGAUGCAGUCUGCCGAGAGAAGCUGAAGGAAUCUUCGAAGUGAAGGAACAAUUGAUGGCGCCAAAGAUUGUAAUGCCGGAUGUGGUCACUGCGAGAGCAGGAACUAAGUUUAAAGUUGAGGCUAUUGUGUACGGUAAGCCCAUUCCAGUCACCACAUGGAGGAAAGGAAGUGAUGACCUGGUGACAUCUGACCGUCUGUCCGUGCAAAAGACGUUGACCUCGUCCACGCUCAUGAUUAAGGACGUGACGAGGAAAGACGGUGGUUAUUACAGUCUCGCUGCUGAAAACAACAUUUCUAAGGUCAACCAGAUCCUGAGGGUCAUUAUUUUGGAUAUUCCUGGUCCUCCAGAAGGACCCCUUGAAAUUCUGGAAGUGGACGUUGAUGCCUGCACCCUGCAAUGGAACUCUCCAUCAGAGGACGGUGGAAGCAACAUCACGAAUUACGUCGUGGAGAAAUGUGACGUAACCAGAGGUGACUGGGUCCCGGCGGUUUCUAACUGCACUAAGACCAGUUGCCGCGUUGGAAAGCUCACUCCUGGCAAAGAGUACGGAUUUAGAGUCCGCGCCGAGAACAGAUUCGGUAUUUCAGAGCCCAUCUACUCUGAGAAGAUGAUCGCCAGACAUCCAUUUGAUCCACCCAGUGAACCAAGAAACUGCAUCGUCAACAGAGUCAACAAGGAGUUUGUUGUUUUAUCCUGGGAGAAACCGACGAACGACGGCGGCAGUCCUAUUAUUGGAUACUGCAUCGAGCGCAAGGAGAGGAACAGCCUUCUGUGGGUGAAAGCCAAUGAGACGCUUGUCCGUGCGACAGAAUACACCUGCUCCGGCCUUAUCGAGGGUCUGGAAUAUAUGUUCAGGGUUUCUGCUGUGAACAAAGCAGGACAGGGUAAACCCAGCAAAGCAACAGAGAUCAUUACAGCCAGGACCCCCGUCGAUCCACCUGGUAAACCUGAGGUCCUCGAUGUGACGAGGAAUUCCGUAUCUCUGGUCUGGAACCGCCCGAAACACGAUGGCGGCAGUAAACUGGUGGGUUAUUACGUUGAGGCGUUGAAGCUUCCAGGUGAGAAGUGGGUUCGUAUCAACGCCAGCAGUUCUAAUGUACCGAAAGAGGAAUACAUCGUAACCGGACUGGAAGAAGGAGCUCAAUACAAGUUCAGAAUCAUCGCAAAGACAGCGAUUAACAUCAGCCUGCCUUCAGAAGAGUCCGACGUCAUCCCAGUGAUCGCAGAGCACGUUCCACCAAGAGUUGAGAUCAGUCUUGAAAUGAAGAGCCUGAUCACAGUUAAAGCCGGAGCAAACGUCUGCCUCAACGCCGAGGUUUACGGUAAACCUCUACCGAAGGUGACGUGGAAGAAGGACGGUGCACCGCUGGCGCACGCCGAAGGCAUUAAAAUGUCUCAGAAGAGACACCUCUUCCUCCUGGAGCUGUUCUCUGUAACCAGGAAGGAGUCUGGAGAAUACACCAUUGUUGCUGAGAAUCCAAGUGGCACCAAGUCUGGAAACAUUAAGCUGAAAGUAUUGGACAAACCCGGACCCCCAGCAUCUGUUAAGAUCAGCCACGUCUUCGCCGACCGGGUUAAGCUGAGAUGGGAGCCUCCUCUCUCCGACGGUGGCGCCGAAAUCACCAACUACAUCAUCGACAAGCACGAGACCAGCAGAGCCAACUGGGCUCAGGUCACGUCCAACCUCAGCGGGCAUCUCACGGACUGCUCAGUGGAGAAACUGAUCGAGGGUCACGAGUACGAGUUCCGCAUCAGUGCCGAGAACAAAUACGGCGUCGGAGACCCCAUCGUUACUCACUCUGUGAUGGCCAAGAAUCCCUUCGAUGUUCCUGGACCAUGUGAGCCUCCAGUCAUUACCAACAUCACUAAAGACCACAUGACGGUGAGCUGGAAAGCUCCUGCUGAUGACGGCAAGGCACCGAUCCUCGGGUACAUGGUUGAGAAGCGUGAAACUCAGGAGGUCAGCUGGUCCAAGAUCAACCGAAGACCAGUCAUCGACAGAACCAUUAAAGCUGGAGGUCUAACUGAGGGAUCUGAGUACGAGUUCAGAGUUAUCGCUCUCAACAAGGCGGGUCUCGGUAAACCAAGCGAUGCAUCAAAUGCUGCGUAUGCCCUGGACCCACUGUAUCCUCCAGGUCCGCCAGCUUUCCCCAAAGUUAUCGACUCCACCCACAGCUCCAUCAGUCUGUCCUGGACCAAGCCUGCCUACGAUGGAGGCUGUGAAAUCCUGGGAUACCUGGUUGAGGUGAAGCGAGCCGAUGCAGAGGACUGGAUGAAGUGCAACAUGCCCAAGAAUCUCCAGGCCACCAAGUUCCUGGUGACGGGUCUGAUCGAUAAAACCGAGUAUCAGUUCCGCGUCACCGCCGUCAACAAGAUCGGCUACAGUGAACCAAGCGAAGUUCCUGGAAAGCAUCUGGCACAGGAUAUCCUGAUCGCACCUGAGGCUGAACUGGACGCAGAUCUGAGGAAAGCUCUGGUACUGAGAGCUGGAGUCACCAUGAGACUCUACGUACCAAUCAGAGGACGCCCUGCACCCAAGGUGACCUGGAGCAAGGUCAACGCCAACCUGAAGGAGCGGCAGGGUCUCACCAUCAACACCACUGAGUGGGAUACGUACGUUUACUGCGAGGGCAUCAACAGAUACGAUGCUGGAAAAUACGUGCUGACCCUGGAGAACAGCAGCGGAACCAAGUCCUACACCAUAGUCGUCAAGGUCUUAGAUACCCCCGGACCACCCCUCAAUCUGAUUGUGAAGGAGACGUCUAAGAGCCACGCCUCCAUCACCUGGGACGCUCCUCUGAUUGACGGAGGAAGUCCAGUGAAGAGCUAUGUUGUUGAGAAGCGUCUGGCGGAGAGGAAGGCGUGGACCUGCGUCGCUCCUGAAUGUCCCAAAACGUCUUUCAGAAUCCCCAAUCUGGAGGCGGGUAAAGCGUACUGCUUCAGAGUCUCGGCUGAGAACGUGUACGGCGUCGGAGACGGCUGUGAGACGCCUGGACCCGUGACGGCUUCAGAGCAACCUGGAGCCGUGACCGACUUCAAGCCUGUGCUGAUCACUAAGGACUCCUGCACUCUCGGGUGGAAGAAACCCAUCAGUGAUGGAGGAAGCCACAUCGUCGCCUACGCUCUGGAGAUCAGUGAGGGUGAGGAUAAGUGGAAGCAGCUGAUGAAGUCUAAGCUGAUGCAGUACACCGUGAAGGAUCUACAGGAAGGAAAGGAAUACACCUUCAGAGUUAAAGCCUUCAACGAGUCUUCUGAAGGUCCAACAGCUGAGAUCACUGUGGUGGCUAAAGAUCAAAUCGUUUUGCCAGAUUGUGAUCUUAAAGGCGUGCCGGACUGUUGUUACGUGGCGAAGGAGGGCAGCACCGUUCGCCUCACCAUCCCCGUCUCCGGCAUCCCCGCGCCGGCGGUCACCUGGAAGAAGAGCGGCGUAGCUUUGGGCGACAGCGGAAGAAUCUCUGUUGAAUCCUCGGCGGCGAACACCACCCUGCUGAUACGCGACUGCCAGAGAGGCGACGCUGAUAAAUACUGCAUCAUCCUGAAGAACGCCGCCGGAACCAAGGAAUCCGCCAUCGACAUCAAGGUGGUGGGAAAGCCUGGAAUUUGCGCCGGGCCGUUCAAGUUCGACGAAAUCACGGCCGACGGCAUUACUCUGGAGUGGGGUCCGCCCAAAGACGACGGCGGAUCAGAAGUUUCCAACUACAUCUUAGAGAAGAGACACACCACCAGCAACAAGUGGGUCACGGUCGCGUCAGCCAUCCAGAAGAACACCAUGAGGGUCACGCGACUCCACGACGGAACAGAGUACCUGUUCAGAGUGUGCGCUGAAAACAAGUACGGCAUGGGAGAGUUCCUCAGAUCUGACCCAGUGGUGGCUAAGCAUCCAUUCAAUGCACCGGAGGCUCCGGCUCCUCCAGAGAUCUUGAGUAUUCGUCACGAGUCUGCUAUUCUGUCCUGGGCUGAUCCACGGGAUACUGGAGGUUCUCCUAUUACAGGAUAUCACGUGGAGUUCAAAGACAGGAACAGUUUGUUGUGGAAGAGAGCCAGUAAGACUCCUCUGAGAGUGAAGGAGUGCAGGGUUACUGGAUUGGUUGAAGGUCUGGAGUAUGAAUUCAGAGUUCUGGCCAUAAACAUAGCCGGACUCGGUAAACCAAGCAAAACCACAGAAGCUGUUGUUGCUCUUGAUCCAAUUGAUCCUCCUGGUAAACCCGACGUGAUCAGCGUCACGAGGAACACUGUAACACUCAUCUGGACGGCACCUAAAUAUGAUGGAGGCCACAAGCUGACGGGCUACUUUGUUGAGAAACUGGAACAUCCAGGAAAGGCCUGGACGAAGGCGAAUCACGUCAAUAUCCAGAGAUGUGCGUUCACAGUAACAGAUUUAGUGGAAGGAUGCACUUAUGAGUUCAGAAUUAGAGCCAAGAAUGCAGCCGGUGCCAUCAGCGCUCCAUCAGAGCAAACCGAGAGUCUCGUCUGCAAAGAUGAAUACGAGCCACCAUCCAUCACAAUCGAUCCUGAAAUGAAGGACGGCGUCACGGUCAAGGCCGGGGACACCAUUGUGAUUACCGCCUCAAGCAUUCUCGGCAAGCCCCCACCAACCGCCGUAUGGUCUAAGGCAGGAAGAGAAUUCAAGCCUUCAGACACUGUCCAGAUCACAAACACUCCCACCACGUCAACUCUGUCCAUCAAAUACGCCAGCAGAAAGAACACUGGAGAAUAUACGAUCACCGCAAGUAAUCCUUUCGGAAUUAAGGAAGAAAAAGUGAAAGUGAAGGUCCUCGAUAUACCUGGACCUCCAGGUCCGAUUGAAGCCAGCAGUGUGUCUGCUGAGAAGUGCACACUGACCUGGUUACCACCAGAGGAAGAUGGAGGCUGUGCUAUAAAGUCAUAUACUCUCGAAAAGAGAGAAACCAGCCGCCUCCUUUGGACCAAGCUUGCUGAAAACAUCAUGGAUUGUCGUUACGUAGCCAGCAAGUUAAUCAAAGGCAAUGAGUACAUCUUCCGUGUGUCCGCUGUGAAUCAGUACGGCACUGGAGACGCAAGUCAGUCUGGUCCAGUCAAGAUGGUCGACAGCUUUGGACCACCUGGGCCACCAUCCAAACCUGAAAUUGAUAACAUCAGCAAAAGCGCUGUCACCAUUUCCUGGAAGAGACCAGUUAUAGAUGGAGGAAGUGACAUUAGAGGAUAUAGUGUUGAAAGAAAGGAAAGGAGAGGUAUGAGAUGGGUUAGAGCUUCAAAGAAGUCCAUCUCUGAUCUUCGCUACAAAGUAUCAGGCCUCUCUGAGGGAAUUGAGUACGAGUUCCGCGUAACUGCAGAGAACAAAGCUGGCUUUGGGGAACCUAGUGAGCCAUCACAACCAGUUCUGACCAAGGACAUUGCAUAUCCUCCUGGGCCCCCAUCCAACCCAAGAAUUAGCGACACCACCAAAACAACGGCGACAUUCAACUGGGGUAGACCCUUCUACGAUGGUGGACUCACUAUCACAGGAUACACUGUUGAAUACAAAAAGGACGGAGAUGACGACUGGGUCCUAGCCACAGCUACUCCCCUGAGAAUUAAUGAGCUUGUUAUUCCUAACCUACAAGCAGGAGGCAAAUAUAACUUCAGAGUGAGCGCAAUCAAUUCAGAAGGAUGUGGAGAACCUGCUGAAAUUGAGAAGAUUGUUGAACUUGUUGACCGUGAAGAGCUCCCUGACUUUGAACUUGACGCAGAACUUAGAAGAACACUUGUUGUUCGUUCAGGCGGCUCUAUUCGUCUGUUUGUGCCAAUCAAAGGUCGUCCAACUCCAGAAGUUACCUGGACGAAAGAAGAUGUUCCCCUUAAAGGACGUGCCCACAUUGACACUACAGAGUCAUACACUUUGGUAGUUAUCCCUGAGUGCACAAGAUAUGACGCCGGAAAGUACGUCUUGACGUUGGAGAACGUUGCUGGAAAGAGGACAGGAUUUGUUAAUGUCAGAGUUGUGGACACGCCAGGACCUCCAGUCAACUUCAAGCCAAGAGAAAUCACCAAGAACAGCAUCACUCUUCAGUGGGAGAUUCCUCUUAUCGAUGGUGGAUCUAAGAUCAUUAACUACAUUGUUGAGAAGCGUGAUGCCACCAGAAAGGCCUUCACAACUCUCACAACCAACUGCCAAAAGUGUUCCUACAAAGUCCCAGAUUUAGAAGAGGGAGUUGAAUAUUAUUUCAGAGUUUUAGCUGAAAACGAUCGAGGCAUCGGUGAGGCGGCAGAAACACCUGAGCCCAUCAGAGCUUCUCAAGCUCCAUCUGCACCAGCCAAUCUGAUCGUUACUGAUGUGUCUAAGGACACAGCAACCCUUGCAUGGACCAAGCCAAAACAUGAUGGUGGUAGCAGAAUCACUGGCUAUGUCAUUGAGGCCCAGAAGAAGGAUUCUGACCAGUGGGUCCAUGUGACAACGAUAAAGGCUUUGGACUAUACAGCUCCAGAUCUAACAGAAAACAUGGAGUAUACAUUCCGUGUCUUUGCUGUGAACAGCUCAGGUAGAAGCGAACCUCGUGAAAGCCGGCCAGCUGUAAUUAGAGAACAGACCACGGCGCCAGGAUUUGAUCUUAGAAGCGUCUACCAGCAGGUGGUAGUAGCCAAAGCAGGAGAUAACGUGAAGGUAGAAAUCCCUGUUUUGGGUCGUCCAAGACCAUCUGUUGUCUGGAAGAAAGAAGAUCAGGAAAUUAAACAGACACAGAGGAUCAACAUUGAGGACACAGCGACCUCCACAAUCCUCAACAUACGUGAAAUCAAGAGAAAGGAUGGAGGACAGUAUUCCAUGACAGGAAAGAAUAUCCUGGGAACCGUGACCGAGACCAUUACUGUCCAAGUACAUGAUAUCCCAGGAGCUCCAACAGGACCAAUAAAGAUCGAUGAAGUGUCUUGUGACUACGUACUCAUAUCAUGGGAUGCACCAGAGAACGACGGUGGAGUUCCUAUCAACAAUUAUAUUGUUGAAAUGAAGGAGACUACAGGCACCUCCUGGGUGGAGCUGGCAGCAACCGUGAUCCGUACAACGUUUAAAGCUGCACGUCUCACAACUGGAAAUCAGUAUCAAUUCCGUGUUAAAGCGCAAAACAGAUACGGUGUUGGCCCUUUCAUUACAUCAGAACCUGUACUUGCUGCUUAUCCAUUUGAUGUACCAGGCCAACCUGGAAUCCCACAAGUCACUGCCUUCACCAAAGACUCGAUUACAAUCAGCUGGAACGAGCCUUCUUCAGAUGGUGGAAGCGCAAUUCUAGGAUAUCACAUUGAAAGGAAAGAGAAAAACAGCAUUCUCUGGCAGCGCAUCAGCAAAGCCCUUGUUGUUGGAAACAUCUAUAAAUCAUCAGGUCUUAUGGAUGCUAUUGCCUAUGAAUUCCGUGUUAUUGCUGAAAACAUGGCUGGUCUAAGCAGGCCAAGCAAGCCGUCAGAGAUGGCGUAUGCACUUGAUCCAGUAGAUCCUCCAAGUCAACCAGUGGCAAUUAAUAUAACCAGACAUGAAGUUACUCUUCAGUGGACAAAGCCAGAAGGAGAUGGUGGCUUCCCAAUCACUGGCUACAACGUGGAAAAAAGAGAAUUGCCCAACGGCCGCUGGCUUAAAGCUAAUUUCAGCAAUAUUCUUGAGACCGGUUUCACUGUAAGUGGUCUGACAGAAGAUGCUUCAUACGAAUUCCGUGUCUUCGCAAGAAAUUCCGCUGGAUCUGUCAGCAAGCCAUCCAAACCUUCUGAAGUCAUUAUCUGCAGAGAUGACAUUGAAGAACCAAAACUUGAUGUUGAUGCCAGCUUCAGUAGCGUUGUGGUGGUUAAAGCAGGAGACGUCUUUAAACUAGAUGCAAAUGUUACUGGCAGACCAAUCCCGUCUUUGGUAUGGACGAAAGAUGGAAAGGAGCUUGAAGACAGUGGAAAACUGGAAAUCAAGUCUGCAGACUUCUACACAUGCCUGACCAACAAAGACUCUGCACGGCGAGAUGGAGGCGCAUUCACUCUGACUGCUAGCAACCCUGGAGGAUUUGCUAAGUUCUUGUUUAACGUCAAAGUCCUUGACAGGCCUGGACCUCCAGAGGGACCACUUCGUGUCACAGACAUGACAACAGAGAAGUGUAUUCUGUCAUGGCUGCCACCACUGCAGGAUGGAGGAGCAAAGAUUGAGUACUACACCAUUCAGAGACGUGAAACAAGCAGACUUGCAUGGACGAAUGUCGCCACAGAAUUACAAGUCAACCGCUACAAGGUUACCAAACUGCUGAAAGGAAAUGAAUAUAUCUUCAGAGUCAUGGCAGUGAACAAAUAUGGAGUUGGAGAACCCCUAGAGUCUGAACCUGCUGUUGCUACAAACCCAUACGUACCAUCUGAUCCACCACAAGCUCCUGAAGUAACAACCAUUACAAAGGAUUCUAUGGUGGUGUGCUGGGGACACCCUGAAUACAAUGGAGGAAGUGCAAUAAACACUUACGUCAUUGAGAGAAGGGACAAAACUGGUCUUCGUUGGGUCAAAUGCAACAAAAGAUCGGUCACCGAUCUGCGCUUCAAAGCGUCUGGACUUACACCAGGUCAUGAAUAUGAAUUCAGAAUCCUUGCUGAGAAUGCUGCUGGUUUGAGUGCACCAAGCCCAACAAGUCCAUUUUAUAAGGCAUGUGACACAAUAUUCCAGCCGGGACCUCCAGGAAAUCCAAGAAUUUUGGACACAACCAAGUCAUCUAUUACUGUUGCCUGGAAUAAACCAGUUUAUGAUGGUGGUUCAGACAUCACAGGAUAUGUUGUUGAAACCUGCCUGCCAGAAGAAGAUGAAUGGACAAUUGUCACUCCAAGGGCCGGUCUUACUGGAACUUCAUUUACCAUCACAAAUCUAACUGAAAACCAGGAUUAUAAAAUCAAUAUUUCUGCUCUGAAUUGUGAGGGUGUUGGAGAGCCUGCAUCUGUUCCUGGAUCCCCCAAAGCAGAGGAUAGAUAUCUUCCUCCUGAGAUUGAGCUUGAUUCCGACCUUCGUAAAGUUGUGAACAUUAGAGCCUGCAGCACAUUGAGAUUGUUUGUGCCAAUCAAAGGAAGACCUGCACCAGAAGUUAAAUGGUCUAGAGAACAUGGCCAGCCUCUCGACAGAGCAGCCAUUGAGAUCACACCAUCAUUCACAUGCCUUGUCGUUGAGAAUGUUGACAGGUUCGAUGGUGGAAAAUACAUGUUAACUGUGGAAAACAGCUCAGGAAGCAAAACAGCAUUUGUGAAUGUCAGGGUACUUGACACUCCAGGGGCACCACAGAAUCUCACAAUUAAGGAUAUCACGAAAGAUUCAGUCUCACUCAUUUGGGAUCCACCCAUUAUUGAUGGUGGAUCAAGAGUCAGGCAUUACCUUGUUGAAAAACGUGAAUCGACAAGAAAGGCGUACUCUAUUGUAAACGCAUCCUGCCCCAAAACAAGCUGGAGAAUUGGUGAUCUGCAAGAGGGCAGUUUGUACUUCUUCAGAAUUUUGGCUGAAAAUGAAUAUGGUGUUGGCCUCCCAGUGGAAACUACUGAACCGGUCAAGAUCUCUGAAAAACCUCUUCCUCCUGGUAAAGUGACUCUUAAAGAAGUAACAGGAAGCAGUGUUACUCUGUCUUGGGAGAAGCCAGAUCAUGAUGGUGGAAGCAGAAUAUCAGGAUACAUUGUGGAAAUGCAAGGAAAGGGCAGUGACAAAUGGACCCAGGUCACCACUGUUAAAAUAACAGAGGCUGUGAUUGCCGGUCUGACUCAAGGUGAAGAGUACUCUUUCCGUAUUUCAGCAACAAAUGAAAAAGGAACAAGUGAUCCUCGUCCACUCAGCGUGCCAGUGGUUGCAAAGGACCUUAUUAUUGCCCCCACAUUUAAGAUGUUAUUCACUACCUUCAGUGUACUUGCAGGUGAUGAUCUCAAGAUAGAUGUCCCUUAUGCUGCUCAGCCCAAGGCAGCAGUCACCUGGCUCAAGGAUGGAGUUGCUCUGAAAGAAACAACAAGAGUAAAUACUGAAGUGACUGAUAAGCAUUUGUACCUUCUAAUCAAGGAGGCAACUCGAGAUGAUGUGGGUUCAUACACUAUCAAAAUUGUCAAUUCGGCUGGAGAGGCUACAACUGACAUCACUGUUGUUAUCUUGGACAAACCUGGUCCUCCAACUGGUCCAAUUAAAAUCGAUGAAGUCACUGCUGAGAGUGUGACACUUUCAUGGCAGCCACCAGAGUAUGAAGGUGGCUGUUCAAUCAAUAACUAUAUCGUGGAAAAGAGAGACACGUCUACAACAAACUGGCAGAUUGUGUCAGCAACAGUGGCAAGAACAACAGUUAAGGCUGCAAGACUGAAGACCGGCUGCGAGUAUCAAUUCAGGAUCGCAGCUGAAAACAGAUAUGGAAAGAGCUCGAUCCUGCUGUCUGAGGCUGUGGUUGCACAGUAUCCAUUUGAGGUCCCAAGUGCACCAGGAACCCCCACUGUUCAGUCGGUCACCAAAGAAAGCAUGGUUGUUGUUUGGAACAAGCCUGGCAGUGAUGGUGGAAGCAAGAUUCUGGGCUACCAUCUUGAGAGCAAGGAGAAAAACAGUCUCCUAUGGGUAAAGCAAAAUAAGACAAUUCUUCCAGACACAAGAUUAAAGGUCGGUGGUCUUGAAGAAGGCAUUGAGUACGAGUUCAGAGUUUACGCAGAGAAUAUUGUUGGUCUGAGCAAAGUCAGCAAAGUGUCAGAAAUCCAGGUAGCCAGAGAUCCUUGCGAUCCUCCAGGCAAACCAGAAGCAGUGAUUGUUACCAGAAAUGCUAUAACACUAAGAUGGACAGCACCUCAGUUUGACGGUGGAAGCAGGGUCACUGGAUACGUUGUUGAAAAGAAGGAGUUGCCUAGUGGACGCUGGAUGAAGGCUAGUUUCGCUAAUGUCAUGGAAACUGAAUUUGUCGUCAGUGGACUGGUGGAGGAACAGCGGUAUGAAUUCCGUGUCAUCGCAAGAAACGCUGCAGGCGUGUCCAGUGUUCCAUCUGACAGUACAGGUGCUAUCACAGCAAAGGAUGAAGUGGAGCCACCUAUGAUUGACUUGGAUGCAAAAUACUCUCAGACAAUUGUUGUUAAUGCUGGAGAAUCUUUCAAGAUUGAUGCUGGAAUUCUCGGCAAGCCUAUUCCUUCAGUUCACUGGAUCAAAGCCGGAGAAGAACUUACAAACGCAGCAAGACUUGAGAUCAAAAACACAGACUUCACCACUUCUUUAAGUAUCAAAGAGGCUAUCCGCGUUGAUGGAGGCCAGUAUACACUGCUGUUGAAAAAUGUCGGUGGAGAGAAAUCAGUAAGUGUCAACGUCAAAGUUCUGGACAGGCCUGGGCCACCAGAUGGUCCUAUUUCAAUCUAUGGCGUUACAAGUGAGAAAUGCUCCAUUUCAUGGAAAACGCCUUUGCAGGACGGAGGCGCUGAGGUAUCUCAUUACAUCGUUGAAAGAAGGGAGACCAGCCGAUUAGUCUGGACUGUUGUAGAAUCCAAAGUGCAAACCCUGAACUUGAAGAUUACUAAGCUUCUGCCAGGGAAUGAAUAUAUCUUCAGAGUGAUCCCAGUCAACAAAUAUGGAAUUGGUGAGCCUCUGGAGUCUGAUCCAGUUAUUGCUGCAAAUCCAUUUGUUGCACCUGGACCACCAACUGAUGUAGAAGUAUCCAACAUCACAAAAGAUUCCAUGGUUGUUACAUGGGAAAGACCCUCUAGUGAUGGAGGUAAUCCAAUCUCAGGGUAUGUAAUUGAAAAGCGUGAUAAAGAAGGCGUCAGAUGGACAAGAUGCAACAAGCGUGUUGUCAGUGAACUGCGCUUCAGAGUCACAGGUCUUCUGGAAAACCGCAGUUAUGAAUUCCGUGUGUCUGCUGAAAAUGCAGCAGGAGUUGGCAAACCAAGUGCUGCCACUGUCUACUACAAAGCACUGGAUCCAAUCUUCAGACCAGGUCCACCAAACAACCCCAAGGUUAUUGAUAUUUCUAGAACAUCUGUUGUGCUACAAUGGGGUAAACCUAUUUAUGACGGCGGUUGUGAGAUUCAAGGUUACGUUGUUGAAGCUUGUGAGGGCAUCUCUGAUGAAUGGACAACGUGCACACCACCCAGUGGAAUCACAGAAACAAGAUUUGAAGUUAAAAAACUGUUGGAAAAACAUGAGUACAAAUUCAGAAUUUGCGCCAUAAAUAAGAUUGGAGUUGGUGAAAAUGCUGAUAUCAAGGGAUCCAUACUUAUGGAAGAUAAACUGGAGGCACCAGACAUUGAUCUUGAUGCUGACUUAAGAAAGAUGAUCACUGUCAGGGCCGGAGGAUCUCUCAGAUUGUUCGUUCCAAUCCGAGGCCGACCUGCUCCUGAAGUGAAAUGGGGAAAAGCUGAUGGGGAAAUAAAUGAGACAGCACAGAUCGACAUCACAAGCAGUUACACCUCUCUUGUGAUUGAAAACAUCAAUAGAUUUGACAGUGGAAAAUACACUUUGACUUUGGAAAAUUCAAGCGGCAGCAAAUGUGCGUUCAUCAGUGUCCGAGUACUUGAUACUCCAGAUGCACCCGCAAACUUCCACGUAAAGGAAAUAACAAAGAACUCAGUUACCCUGACAUGGGAGCCACCAUUGCUGGACGGUGGAGCUAAAAUCAAGAAUUACAUUGUUGAGAAGCGGGAGAGCACAAGGAAAGUAUACUCUGCUGUUGCCUCCUGCAACAAAAUGACAUACAGAAUUGACCAACUCGAAGAAGGACGCAACUACUUCUUCAGAGUUGUUGCUGAGAAUGAACAUGGUAUUGGAUUACCUGCUGAAACUCCAGAGCCCCUGAAGAUCUCAGAAAAACCUCAACCUCCAGGAAAAAUCUCUGUAGUAGAUGUUACACGCAAGAGUGUCUCUUUGUCCUGGGAAAAACCAGAACACGAUGGAGGUAGCAGAAUCUCCCACUAUGAAGUUGAGAUGCAAGCCAAGGACAGUGAGAAAUGGUCUCUGUGUGCUAGUGUUAAGGCUCUUGACACCAUCGUCACCAAUUUGGCCCAAGGAGAGGAGUACAAUUUCAGAGUAAUUGCUGUUAAUGACAAAGGAAAGAGUGAUCCCAGACUUCUAGCACAUCCAGUAGUUGCAAAGGACCUUGUAAUUGAUACAUCUGUAAGGACAAAGCUCAGUACCUACAGUGUACAGGUUGGCUAUGACUUGAAAAUUGAAGCCCGUAUCACUGGUCAUCCAAAACCAACUAUCACAUGGACUAAAGAUGGCGUGGCUCUGAAACAGACCACAAGAGUUAAUGUCACAGACACUCCACACCACACAACUCUGUCCAUUAAAGAAGCAACAAGAGACGACGGUGGUAUGUACAACAUCACAGUGGCCAAUGUACUUGGACAAAAAGAGACCACAGUUGAAGUCAUCAUACUUGAAAAACCAGGUCCACCAACGGGUCCAGUUAAGAUUGAUGAAAUAAGUGCAGAAAGUAUGACACUAUCCUGGGAACCUCCAACCUACACUGGAGGUUGUCAGAUAUCUAAUUACAUUGUACAAAAGAGAGACACUACUACAACCAACUGGGUAGUGGUGUCAGCAACAGUAGCAAGAACUACACUUAAGGUUGGAAAUCUAAAAACCGGAUCAGAGUACCAGUUCAGAAUCUUCGCUGAGAACAGAUAUGGCAAAAGCUACGCAAUUGAUUCAGAACCAGUGAUUGCUCAGUACCCAUUCAAAGAGCCAGGUCCCCCUGGAACUCCAUUUGUGUCAGCAUUCACAAAAGAGUCUAUGGUCGUUGAGUGGCACAAACCAGUUUCAGAUGGUGGCAGUGCUAUUCUUGGAUAUCAUCUUGAGAGAAAGGAAAAGAACAGUAUUCUGUGGACGAAGAUAAAUAAAACUCUUAUUCAAGACGCAAGAUUUAAAACAUCACCACUGGAGGAAGGUAUUGAAUAUGAGUUCAGAGUCUAUGCUGAAAACAUUGUCGGAAUUGGACAAAGCAGCAAAGUUUCCGAGGGCUGCGUGGCACGGGACCCAUGCGAUCCACCCGGUACUCCCGUCCCAAUAAUUGUGACGAGACACUCAGUCAAACUCAGGUGGACUCCGCCCGAAUAUGAUGGAGGAAGCCUGGUGACCGGGUACGUUGUAGAGAAGAGAGACCUUCCAGAUGGUCGCUGGAUGAAGGCAAGCUUUGCAAACGUUCUUGACACUGAAUUUACAGUGACCGGUCUGAAAGAGGACUCAAAGUAUGACUUCAGAAUCAUUGCCAGAAAUGGAGCUGGAUCAGUCAGCAAGCCUUCUCAAUGCACUGGAUCAAUUACAGCCAAGGAUGAAGUUCAGCCACCAACUUAUGAGGUUGACUCAAAAUACAGCCAGAUCAUCACUGUAAGUGCAGGAGAAACAUUCACACUGGAAGCAUCUGUCCUUGGAAAGCCUGUUCCAACAAUCCAGUGGUUCAAGGGUGAUGUAGAAGUUGAGAAUUCAGCAAGAGCUGAGAUAAAGAACACCGACUUCACAGCAGUUCUUGUUGUUAAAGAUGCCAUCAGAGUUGAUGGCGGACAGUACACUCUGCACCUUACUAAUGUUGGUGGAACUAAAUCUGUGCCUUUUAAUGUCAGAGUUCUUGAUAGACCUGGACCUCCUGAAGGACCCAUAACAAUAUCUAACGUGACAAGUGAAAAGUGCUCGUUAUCUUGGCUUCCUCCCAGACAUGAUGGUGGUAGCAGUGUUUCUCAUUACAUCAUUCAGAAGAGAGAAACAAGCCGUCUUGCUUGGACUGUAGUGGCAAGCGAUUGUGGAGCAACCAUGUACAAGGUCACUAAGCUUCUUAAAGGAAAUGAAUACAUCUUCCGCAUCAUGGCUGUGAACAAAUACGGUGAUGGUGAAUCUUUGGAAUCUGCUCCAGUAAUCAUGAGAAAUCCAUUUGUUCCUCCUGGACCUCCUCAAGACCUGGAAAUAACCAAUAUCUCAAGGGAUUCAAUGACCGUCUGCUGGACCCGUCCUCAGACUGAUGGUGGAAGUGAAAUUGCCAGUUACAUUGUAGAGAAGAGAGACAGAGCCGGAGUCAGAUGGACCAAAUGCAACAAACGUAGAGUCACAGACCUUCGUUUCAGAGUUACUGGCCUCACAGAGGAUCAUGAAUAUGAAUUCAGAUUAUCUGCAGAAAAUGCUGCUGGAGUUGGACAACCAAGUCCACCAACUGUGUAUUACAAAGCUUGUGACCCCACGUUCAAACCAGGCCCACCAACUAAUGCACACGUUGUGGACACAACAAAGAACUCAGUGACCGUUGAAUGGAGCAGACCAAUUUAUGAUGGUGGCUUGGACAUCCAGGGUUAUGUUGUAGAGAUCUGCAAAGCUGAUGAAGAGGAAUGGAUAACAUGUACUCCACCUACUGGGCUAAAUGCCACUAAAUUCAAAAUAACCAAACUUACAGAGCACCAAGAAUACAAAGUCCAGAUAUGUGCUCUGAACAGACUAGGUGUCGGUGAGCCAAUUGCUCUCACAGGCACAGUGAAACCAGUAGAUAAGAUGGAUCCUCCUGAAAUUGAACUAGAUGCUGAACUGAGAAAGGGCAUUGUGGUCCGUGCUGGAGGAUCUAUGAGAAUCAACAUACCCUUCAAGGGCCGACCCACUCCUGAAAUUAACUGGACUAAGGAUGACGGCGAUCUUCCAUCUAAAGCCCAAAUUGAAAAGGGUCUGAACUACACCCAGCUCUCAAUUGAUAUCUGUGACAGAAACGAUGCUGGAAAAUAUACUUUAAAUCUGGAAAAUAGCAGCGGUAGCAAGUCAGCCUUUGUUUCAGUGAAAGUACUGGAUACUCCAGGUGCUCCACUAAACCUGACUGUCAAAGACAUCACAAGAAAUUAUGUCACUCUUCUUUGGGAGCCUCCGCUAAUUGAUGGUGGUGCAAAGAUAAAGAACUACAUCGUGGACAAACGUGAAUCAACCAGACCAGCCUUCUCUAACAUUACUACGAAAUGCACCAAGACAACCUUGCGCGUUGGCGAUCUCACCGAAGGUGGCAUUUAUUACUUCCGAGUCAUGGCUGAGAAUGAGUUUGGUGUUGGUCUGCCUAUAGAAACAGAAGAAUCUGUAAAAACAGCUGAUCCUCCUCUACCUGUGGGAAAAGUCACUUUGGUUGAUGUUACAAAAUCCACUGCUUCACUGUCUUGGGAGAAACCAGAUCAUGAUGGCGGUAGUAGAAUUCUUGGAUAUUAUAUUGAAAUGCAGCCCAAAGGAUCAGAAGAUUGGGUCAUAGCAGCAACUACCAAAACAUGUGAAGGUACAGUUACAGGACUUGCCAAGAGUCAAGAGUAUCUGUUCAGAGUUUCAGCCUUCAACGAAAAAGGAAGAAGUGAUCCAAGGCCACUGGCUGCUCCAGUCACAGCUAAGGAUAUCACAAUUGAACCAUCCUUCAAAAUAACUUGCAACACAUUCAGUGUCCAAUGUGGUGAAGACCUCAAAGUAGAAAUUCCAGUUAAAGGUCGUCCAGCACCAAAGGUCACAUGGACUAAAGACGGACAAGCACUGAAAGAAACAACUAGAUUAAAUGUGUCAAGCACAGCAACAGCCACCAUACUUAGCAUUAAAGAUGCCAACAGAGAGGACUGCGGCAAAUAUACAAUUACAGCUGCAAACACUGUAGGCACAGUCUCAGAAGAAAUUGGCAUCAUCAUCCUAGACAAACCAGGCCCACCUGUUGGACCAGUUAAAAUCGAGGAAGUAAGCGCCGACUUCGUUGUAAUUUCUUGGGAGCCACCUGUAUACACUGGCGGUUGCCAGAUAAACAACUACAUUGUGGAAAAACGUGACACCACAACCACAGCCUGGCAGAUAGUUUCAGCCACUAUUGCUCGUACAACAAUCAAAAUCUCUAAGCUAAAAACAGGUUCAGAAUAUCAAUUCAGAGUUUCUGCUGAAAACAGAUACGGAAAGAGCACAGCAAUUGACUCAACACCUGUCGUCGUUAGUUAUCCUUUCACAGAACCUUCAGCACCUGGUGCACCAUUUGUAUCCUCAGUGACAAAGGAUCAUAUGGUUAUUGAAUGGAAACCACCCACCAAUAAUGGAGGCAGCCCUAUCCUUGGGUAUCAUCUUGAGCGCAAGGAGAAGAACAGUAUUCUCUGGUCAAAACUGAACAAGCUCCUACUUACCGACACUCGACUCAGAACAAAUGGUCUUGAGGAAGGCAUUGAGUAUGAAUACAGAGUGUUUGCUGAAAAUAUUGCAGGAAUAAGUCCAUCUAGCAAGGUUUCAGAAGCUGUUGUUGCACGUGACCCAUGCGAUGCCCCAGGAACUCCUGAAGCUAUUGUUAUCACAAGGAGCCUUGUAACAAUUCAGUGGACGAAGCCACAAUAUGAUGGAGGCAGUGUCAUCACAGGCUAUCUUGUCGAGAGGAAGAAAUUGCCUGAUGGUCGCUGGAUGAAGGCCAGUUUUACAAACAUAAUCGACACCCAGUUUACAAUCACAGAUUUAACAGAAGGUGACCGAUAUGAAUUCAGAGUAAUUGCAAGAAAUGCAGCUGGUAUCUUGAGUGAACCAUCUGAAAGCACUGGACCAAUUACUGCACAAGAUGAGAUUGAGGCACCUUCAGUCUCCAUGGAAUCAAAAUUCAAGGAUGUUAUCAUUGUGAACGCUGGUGACACCUUUACCAUUGAUGCAGACAUUGCUGGCAAACCACUCCCUGACAUAAUGUGGUUGAAGGACGGAAAGGAAAUUGACAGUGCUACUCCAAGAAUGGAAAUUAAAUCCACCAUUACCCGCACUAUUUUAACCGUCAAAGACUGCAUAAGAGUAGACGGUGGACAUUUUGUCCUAAGUCUCAGCAAUGUUGGUGGAACAAAACAGGUGCCUGUCAAUGUCAAAGUUCUGGACAGACCCGGUCCACCAGAUGGUCCUCUGAAGGUAACUGGUGUCAGAGCAGAGAAAUGCUAUUUACACUGGAGCCAUCCAACACACGAUGGUGGAGCAAGUAUUUCUCAUUAUAUUAUUGAGAAGAGGGAAACCAGCAGGCUGUCCUGGACUAUGGUUGAACCCAAAAUCCAAGCUAUCAGCUACAAAGUCACCAAACUCUUGCCAGGUAAUGAGUACAUCUUCAGAGUCAUGGCAGUGAACAAGUACGGUAUUGGUGAACCACUAGAAUCUGAUCCAGUCCUUGCCAAAAAUCCUUUCAAGACACCUGGUCCACCUUCAACACCAGAAGCAAGUGCAAUCACUAGAGACUCAAUGGUCCUUACAUGGGAACGACCAGAGGAUGAUGGCGGUUCACAAAUUGAGGGCUACGUCUUGGAGAAGCGUGACAAAGAAGGAGUCAGAUGGACAAAAUGUAACAGGAAGAGACUAACAGAUCUGCGCUUUAGAGCUGCUGGAUUAACAGAAGGACACUCAUACGAGUUCAGAGUAUCUGCUGAAAAUGCUGCAGGUGUUGGCACCCCAAGUGAACCAUCUGAAUAUUACAAAGCUUGUGAUGCAAUCUAUCCUCCCGGCCCUCCAAGCAAUCCCAAAGUGACAGACUAUUCAAGCACAGCUGUUACCAUUGCAUGGAGCAGACCCAUUUAUGAUGGUGGUGCAGCAAUCUCCGGAUAUAUUGUUGAGAAGAAGGAAGCCAGUGACGAUGAAUGGAUCGUGUGUACACCACACACUGGUGUACAAGGAACACACUUUACAGUGAAAAAGCUGAAGGAAAAUGCAGAAUACAACUUCCGUGUUUGUGCAUUUAAUAUUGAAGGUGCAGGAGAUCAUGCUGACGUUCCAGGUUCUGUUAUUGCUGCUGAGAAAAUGGAGGCACCUGAGGUGGAGUUAGAUGCUGACCUGAGAAAAAUGGUGAAUGUUCGGGCAAGUGCAACUUUGCGCUUGUUCGUCACCAUCAGAGGAAGACCUGAGCCUGAAGUUAAAUGGACAAAGGCAGAAGGUACCCUUACAGAACGUGCACAAAUUGAAGUCACAAGCUCUUACACCAUGCUGGUCAUUGACAAUGUCGACAGAUUCGAUACUGGCAAAUAUGUUGUGACUCUGGAAAACAACAGUGGCACCAAAUCUGCUUUCGUUAAUGUCAGAGUCUUGGACUCUCCAAGUGCUCCGGUGAACUUUGUGGUUAAAGAUGUCAAGAGAGAUUCAGUACAGCUUCAGUGGGAGCCACCACAUAUUGAUGGAGGAGCCAAGAUCACCCAUUAUAUUGUGGAGAAACGUGAAUCCAAACGAAUGGCAUUUACAACUGUGAGCAACAACUGCGUCAGGAAUUCCUUCAAGGUUGACGAUCUCCAAGAGGGAGGUGUUUAUCACUUCCGUGUCCUUGCUGUGAAUGAACUUGGUGUUGGGUUGCCUGUAUCCACCACAGAGCCAGUCAAAGUUUCUCAAGCACCUUUACCACCUGGCAAGGUCACACUUGUAGAUGUAACUCGCCAUAGCGUAAGUCUCUCAUGGGAAAAACCAGACCAUGAUGGUGGUAGCAAAAUCACAGCCUACGUUAUAGAAAUGUUGACCAAAGGAACCGAUAAAUGGACAGUUUGUGCUACAGUCAAGGCCCUGGAAGCCACAAUUGAAGGUCUGACAACAGGAGAAGAGUACUCAUUUAGAAUUACAGCUGUUAACGACAAAGGAAAGAGUGACCCCAAACCCCUAUUAGCACCUGUUGUAGCUAAGGACAUUACUAUUGAACCAAUUAUUGACUUACUAUUUAGCACUUACAGUGUUAAGGCUGGGGACGACCUUAAAAUCGAUGUUCCAUUUAGAGGCAGACCUCACCCAGAAGUGGUAUGGAAGAAAGAUGCCCAUUCACUGAAGCAAACAACUCGAGUAAACGUUCUGACAUCUAAAACAUCUUCUAAGAUUGUAAUUAAGGAUGCAACAAGAGAAGACUCCGGAAAAUAUGAAAUCACACUAACCAACUCUAUUGGUUCCAAAUCGGCUGAAAUAACCGUUAUUGUUCUUGACAAACCAGGCCCACCGGGUGCCAUCAGAGUAGACGAAGUGAGUGCUGAUUUUGUCUCACUAUCUUGGGAUCCUCCACUUUAUGAUGGCGGUUGUCAGAUCAACAACUAUGUGGUUGAGAAGAGAGAUACAACCACCACAACAUGGCAAAUCGUUUCGGCUACAGUGGCACGGACAUCAAUUAAAGUGUCUCGUUUGACACAGGGAACAGAAUACCAGUUCCGCAUUGCUGCUGAAAACCGUUAUGGCAAGAGCCAUGCUGUUGACUCUGCACCAAUAGUUGCUCAGUACUCCUUCACAGCACCUGGAGCUCCAGCUGAUCUUCAGGUCGCUCAUGCCACAAAAUCAGGCAUGCUGGUUACAUGGAAACGACCAGCCAGUGAUGGCGGAAGUCCUGUCAUCGGCUAUCAUGUGGAAUGCAAAGACCAGAGCAGCAUUCUUUGGACAAAGAUCACUAGAGGUCUUGUUGCUGAAACUCAAUUCAAGGUAACAGGUCUUGAAGAAGGCCUCUUCUAUCAGUACAGAGUAUAUGCAGAGAAUAUUGCAGGCAUUGGACCAUGCACAAAAGCCUGUGAGCCUGUUGCUGCAAGAGACCCAUGUGAUGCUCCAAGUCAGCCAAUUGUGAUGAACAUUACAAGAACUUCGGUUUCUCUCACCUGGACGAAACCUGAAAAUGAUGGCGGAGCCAAAGUGACUGGUUACAUCGUUGAGCGCAAGGAACUUCCAGAUGGUCGCUGGUUGAAGUGCAAUUUCACCAAUCUCCAAGAAACAUACUUCGAUGUGACAGGCCUUAUUGAAGACAUGAGAUACGACUUCCAUGUGAUUGCAAGGAAUGCAGCUGGUUUACUCAGUGAGCCAUCAGAGGGCACAGGUCCUGUUACAGUAAAAGAUGACGUGGAUCCACCCCGUAUCACAAUUGAGGAUAAACUCAGACAGCUGGUUGUAGUAAAAGCAGGAGAAAUCCUGAGAAUCGAUGCUGAAAUUUCUGGCCGUCCACUACCCGUGACUUCAUGGACAAAGGAUGGUAAAGAAAUUGAUGCUAAAGCAAGAGUGGAAAUUUCUUCAACACUAACAACAACCACACUGAUUGUUAAAGAAUGCAUCAGAAGAGACUCCGGCCAGUACGUACUCACAUUACAGAACGUUGCUGGAACCAGAUCUAUAGCUGUGAACUGCAAAGUCCUUGACAGACCUGGACCAUCUUCUGGACCACUGGAUGUUACUGGUUUGACAGCAGAAAAAUGCACACUAACAUGGGGACCACCCCAAGAAAACGGUGGUGCUGAGAUUCAACACUACAUCGUAGAGAAACGUGAGACAAGCCGUCUCGCCUGGACCCUCGUCUAUGCAGAUAUGAAGGCCACAACAUGCAAAGUGACAAAACUGCUUAAGGGCAAUGAGUACAUUUUCCGAGUUCGGGGAGUGAAUAAAUACGGAACAGGUGAAGCUCUGGAAAGUGAUGCUGUUAAGGCCCUGGAUCCAUUCACCGUAGCUGCUGCACCAACAUGUGUUGAAGUCACAAAUGUAACAAGUGAAGCAAUGACAAUCUGCUGGGAAAGACCUGUCUCUGAUGGUGGCAGCAGUAUCAGUGGCUAUGUGAUUGAAAAACGUGAAAAGUCUGGUCUCCGUUGGGUCCGUGUCAACAAAAAGCCUGUGUAUGACCUAAGGGUCAAAGCUUCCAAUCUCCGCGAAGGAUGUGAGUACGAGUACCGCGUCUACGCUGAGAACGCCGCAGGUUUGAGCAAACCAAGCACACCUUGCCCAUUGACAAAGGCAGAGGAUCCAUUAUUCUUGCCAUCUCCACCAGCUAAACCAAAGAUCAUCGAUUCCACCAAAACCACAAUUACACUCACUUGGAACAAGCCACUGUUUGAUGGUGGUUCUCCAGUCACAGGGUACUCAGUUGAGUACAGGAAGACCAACGAUGAGGACUGGGUUGUUGGAGUUGGACACACCAAGAACACUGAGUUCACAGUUGUGGGGCUGACAUCAGGAACAGAAUACGUCUUCGUGGUUAAAUCCAUUAACAAAAUUGGACCAAGCGAGCCAAGUCCAGAAAGUAAUCCACAGAUAGCAAAGGACAGAGAAGAUGAGCCCGUUUUCCUCAUUAGUAAUGAAAUGAGAAAGACCCUGAUUGUCAAAGAUGGCAGCUCGUUCACUUUAAGAGUCCCAUUCAAGGGCAAGCCAGUCCCGAAUGUGAUGUGGAACAAACCUGAUGUUGAUCUUAGAGUUAGAGCAGCAAUUGAUACCACUGACACUUGCACAUCUAUCACAGUUGAGCAAGCGACAAGAAAUGACUCUGGCAAGUACACUGUGACACUUCAAAACGUCGCUGGAACAUCUACGCUAACGCUGAGUGUAAAAGUUUUGGAUUCACCCGGACCACCUGCCAGUAUUGGAGUAAAGGAAGUGACCAAAACCUCUGCAACUGUUACAUGGGACAUGCCAGAAAAUGAAGGCGGUGCUCCCGUCAAGAACUACCUUGUUGAUCUGCGUGAGGCAAGCAAAAAAGGAUGGACCAGAGUGACUGAUAGCUGCCCCCGGCUUACCUACAAAAUAACUGAUCUUCAGGAGGGAGGUGUUUAUUACUUCAGAGUCACUGGUGAAAAUGAAUAUGGAAUUGGAGUACCAUUGGAAACCAAGGAAGGAACUAAGAUUACAGAAAAACCAAGUCCACCUGCAAAACUGUGCGUAACCGAAGUGACAAAAGACAGCGUCUCCCUUGCUUGGAGUAAACCUGAGCAAGAUGGCGGUAGCAGGAUCACCAGUUACGAGGUUGAAGCUUUGGAGAAAGGACAGCAGAAGUGGAUUAAAUGCGGUGUCACUAAAACAACUAGUUUCUUUGUCUACGGUUUGAGAGAGAAUGCCGAAUACUUCUUCAGAGUUCGUGCUGAAAAUCAUGCUGGCCUCAGUGACCCUAAGGACAUGGUUAUGCCAGUCCUUGUUAAGGAUCAGUUGGAGGCACCUGAAAUUAACAUGAAGGACUUCCAACACAAUACCGUCUUUGUAAAAGCAGGUUCCAAUCUUAAGGUUGAGAUUCCUCUUAGUGGUAAACCACUUCCUAAGGUAUCUCUGUCAAAGGAUGACCAGGUUCUGAAAUCGACCAUGAGGUUCAACUCUGAGGUCACUGCUGACUGUCUCCUCAUCACUCUGCGAGAAAGUGUCGCUCAUGAUGCAGGCAGAUACAACAUUACGGCCUCCAAUUCCAGUGGAACCACCAAAUCCUUUAUCAAUAUUGUAGUACUGGACAAACCAAGUCCACCGGUUGGCCCAGUCGAGAUGUGUGACAUCACAGAAGACAGCGUAAGCCUGAAGUGGCUUCCUCCUGUCUAUGACGGUGGUAGUCCAAUCACUAACUAUGUCGUCCUGAAACGUGAAACAACUACUGCAAACUGGGUUGAAGUUUCAUCUGCAGUCGCAAGAUGCACAAUCAAGAUUAUGAAGCUGAACACUGGAGUCGAGUAUCAGUUCAGAAUCAGAGCAGAAAAUCGCUUCGGUAUCAGUGAACAUAUUGAUUCUCCACCCGUCACCGUCAAUCUGCCAUACACAAUCCCUGAAGCGCCUUCAACACCAUGGGUAACUGCUGUCACCAGAGAAAGCAUUACUGUCAGCUGGAAAGAACCGGCUUCUGAUGGAGGAAGCCAUGUAUUUGGAUACCAUCUUCAAAUGAAAGACAAAAACAGCAUCCUCUGGAAGAAGGUCAACAAAACUGUUAUUCGUGCCACCCACUUCAAAGUGACAGACGUCAGCCCUGGCUUGAUCUAUGAGUUCAAGGUUGCAGCAGAAAAUGCAGCCGGCAUUGGUCCAAUCAGCAAGAUUUCCGAUGCUGUUCUGGCAAUCGAUGCAUGUGAACCUCCAACUGAUGUCCGUGUCACAGACAUCACAAAGAAUUCUAUCAGCCUUGCUUGGCAGAAACCUGCAUAUGAUGGUGGAAGCAGGGUGACUGGCUACAUCAUUUUGAAGAAAGAUGGUCCAAAAGGCAAAUAUUCCAAAGCCAAUUUGACAAAGGUUACUGACACCAAGUUCACAGUAACAGGUCUAACUCAAGAUGAAUCUUACAAAUUCAAAAUAUUGGCAAAGAAUGCAGUGGGAUCUGUCAGCAACCCUUCAGCUACGGUUGGACCAGUAACAUGUGUGGAUACUUAUGGUGCCCCUGAGAUUGAAAUUCCUCAGGAGUACCUGGAGACUGUGAAACACAAAGCAGGAGCAACAGUCCAACUUAAACUCGGCAUCAUUGCUAAACCUCAGCCAACAAUUGAAUGGUACAAGGAUGGAAAAGAACUGGAGCCUGGAGCUCAGACCACCAUUUCAAAUACCACAGAUUCUGCCUCCAUCUUAAUCAGGGAUACUACACGUCUGAACACUGGAACAUACGAACUGAAGAUAAAGAAUUCUCUCGGCUCUGCAUACGCAGCCAUCAGACUCCUGAUUCAAGACAAACCUGGACCACCUAAUGGAGAAAUCCAGUUUAAGAAAGUCACAGCAGAUACUAUUACUAUCAUGUGGGAUCCUCCAGCUGAUGAGGGUGGUGCGAUGGUCACCCACUACAUUGUGGAGAAGCGUGAAAGCAGCAGAAUCAUGUGGUCCAUAAUCUCGGAGAAACUGGAGGAAUGCAUCGUCUCAGUUCCAAGGCUGAUCAAGGGCAAUGAGUACAUCUUCCGUGUCCGCGGAGUCAACAAAUACGGAGUUGGAGAUCCUUUAGAAUCUGAGCCUGUCGUUGCACGCAACUCUUUCGUGCCCCCAAGCCAACCUUCUAAACCUCAAGUCACCAUGAUCACCAGAUCAACAAUGACUGUGGUAUGGGAAAGGCCAAGUUUGGAUGGCGGCAGUGAUAUUGAUGGAUAUUAUCUGGAGAAACGGGAAAAGAAGAGUCUUCAGUGGUUCAAGGUCAUCAAGGAUACAAUCCGUGACACUAGACAGAAAGUUAGCAAUCUCACAGAAGGAAACGAGUAUCAGUAUCGUGUCUGUGCAAUUAACAAAGCCGGAGCUGGUCAGUACUCUGACGCAUCCAUCUUCUACAAAGCAUAUGAUCCCAUCGACCCACCAAGCGAGCCAACGAAACUCAGAGUUGUUGAUUCAACCAAGACAUCAAUUACCCUUGGAUGGGUGAAGCCUGUUUACGAUGGUGGCAGUGAAAUCACCAGCUAUGUAGUUGAGCAAAUGAAGUCUGAUGAGAAGGAAUGGGUCACUAUUAGUUCCAAGGGUGAGGUCAGAACCACUGAGUACGUGGUGUCACACCUGAAACCUGGAAUCUACUACUUCUUCCGCGUCUCUGCCGUUAACUGUAGUGGAGUUGGACGUCCAAUUGAAAUUAUUCAACCAGUACAAGCCAAGGACAUUCUAGAGGAAGCUGAUGUUGAUCUUGAUAUUUCAAUGUCAACUCAGUAUACGGCAAAGGCUGGAAGAGAUGUGGAAAUCAUGAUUCCUCUCAAGGGCAGACCUGCACCAAACGUGACGUGGAGACGAGGAGACAGGAAUAUUGCCGGCGAUGCAAAAUACACCAUUAAUAACACAGAAUAUUCAACAACACUCAUUAUUCCAAAGGUCACUCGCGAUGAUUCAGGCAAAUAUCUGUUAGAGAUUGAAAACGGAGUUGGUGAGCCAAAGACGAUUACUGUGUCCCUGAAGGUCUUGGACUCACCUUCGGCUUGUAGCAAGCUGGUCGUGAAAAACGUCACACGUGGUAAACUCACUCUGAGCUGGGAACCUCCCCUUAUCGAUGGUGGCUCUCCCAUUACCAACUAUAUCGUUGAAAAGAAGGAUGCUAAAUUGAAGGCGUACUCCAUCAUAACAACAGAAUGUGCCAACACAUCCUACAAGGUGGACGGACUGUCUGAAGAGAUUGCCUAUUUCUUCCGUGUAUCUGCUGAGAAUGAAAACGGCACUGGAGAUACCUGCGAGACCACAGACCCUGUUAGAGCAACCGAGACUCCAGGACCUGUGAAGAACCUUGCACUGGCAGACUCAACCAAUAAUUCAGUCACUUUGACCUGGACCAAGCCCGACCACGAUGGAGGCAGUCACAUAUCUGAGUACAUAGUUGAAAAGAAAGCCAAAGAUGAAGAGACCUGGAGCCUUGGCGGUACAAGCAGACGCUGCACGUGUGAAGUAACACAUCUUAAAGAACUCUCCGAAGUUAUCUUCAAAGUAUACGCCAAGAAUGAGAAGGGUCGCAGUGAUUUCUCUCAAAUUGGACCGAUUACCGUGAAAGAAUUCCUUAUCCCACCUGAGGCUAACCUCAUAGACUAUCCUAACGGUGAACUGAGCGUCCGUAUCGGACAAAACAUUAAUAUCGAAUUACCAUUCAAGGGCAAACCCAAACCAACAGUUCACUGGUUGAAAGAUGGCGCUCCACUGAAGGAAAGUGAACAGGUUCGUUUCAGACAGACAGACAACAAAACCUGUAUGAUUGUGAGAAAUGCAAGAAAGGAGAAUGCAGGCAAAUACACGCUGGUUCUCGACAAUCGUCUCGUCAAGAACUUCUUUGACAUCGCAGUCACCACUCUUGGGCCACCCACUGCACCAGUGGGUCCUGUUCGAUUUGAUGAAAUCAAAGCCCAAAGCAUCAUCAUCUCCUGGAACCCACCGCUGGAAGAUGGAGGUGGAGAAAUCACCUGCUACAGUGUGGAGAAACGCGAAACUGCUCAAGCAGCUUGGAAGAUUGUUUGUUCAAGUGUGGUCAGGACCAUGUUUAAGAUACCCAACCUGGUUAAGGGCACCGAAUACCAAUUCAGAGUGCGUGCAGAGAACAAAUAUGGCAUGAGCGAGCCCCUCACCUCAGCGGAUGUUAUGGCUCAACACCAGUACAUGCCACCAGGUCCUCCAGGAAAGCCUGUCGUAUUCAACGUCACAAGCGACGGCAUGACCGUGUCAUGGGAGGCCCCAGGAUUUGAUGGCGGCUCUCCGGUGACUGGAUACCACCUUGAGAAGAAAGACAGAAACAGCCUCCUGUGGACCAAAGUGAAUACUAAUGUCAUUUCUGGAAAAGAGUACAGAGUGAUCGGUCUCAUUGAAGGCCUGGAAUAUUCAUUCAGAGUGUAUGCAGAGAACAAUGCUGGACUGAGUCCAGUCAGUGAACAGAGCAAGCACAAACUUGCAAUUUCUCCAGUCGACCCUCCUGGCACACCAAACUGUAUUGAUGUUACCAGAGAUUCCGUCACACUUCAGUGGGAGCCACCCAAACGUGAUGGAGGCAGUAAGAUUGUGGCAUACAGCGUUGAGAGGCGCCAAGGAAGAGCACGCUGGCUGAGAUGCAACUUCAUUGACAUCAGUGAAUGCCAGUUCACAGUGACAGGCCUUGCUUGUGGUGACCGUUUUGAAUUCAGGGUCAUUGCCAGGAACGCUGUUGGAACCGUCAGUCCUCCAUCGCAGUCAUCCGGCUACAUCAUGACCAAGGAUGAAAGUGUCAUUCCCGAGAUUCAGUUCACUGCUGAAAGGUCUCUGACAAUCAAGGCUGGUGAAAACAUCAAACUGAGCUGCACAAUCAGUGGCCGACCUGUACCCCAAGUUGCAUGGUACAAGGAUGGAAAAGAACUCGACAAAAUGCUUGUUGACAUCACAACCAUCAUUGGUUCAAGCUCACUCUUCCUUAGAGAUGCUGAUCGUGACAACCGUGGAAUCUACACUGUUGAAGCCAAGAACAGCUCUGGAACAAGGAAGGAGGAUGUUCUUGUCAGAGUGCAAGAUACACCUGGACCACCUGAGGGCCCACUUCGCUUCACAAACAUCUCCGCUGAGAAGGCUACACUGUGGUGGAGUCCUCCAGAAAAUGACGGCUGUGCCCCCAUCACUCACUAUGUGAUUGAGAAGCGUGAAACCUCCAGAAUUUCCUGGGCACUUGUCACAUCCAAGUGCGAAGCCUGUUCCUUCAAUGCCACCAAUCUGAUUAAGGGCAAUGAGUACCAGUUCCGUGUUUCUGCUGUGAACAAGUUUGGCGUUGGCAAACCACUGGAAUCAGAUGAAAUUGUUGCUAAAAUGCAAUACACUGUACCAGAUGCUCCAGGAACACCUGACUGCACACAUGUAACAGGAGACAGCAUCACUUUGUGCUGGACAAGACCAAGAUUUGAUGGUGGAAAUGAGAUCAAGCACUACAUCCUUGAAAGAAGAGAAAAGAAAAGCUUGCGCUGGAUUAAGGUUUCAGCAAAGAGGCCGAUCACCGAGCUGAGGCACAGAGUUACACACUUGACUGAAGGAUAUGAAUACGAGUUCCGUGUUAUGGCUGAAAACGGUGCUGGCGUUGGACCUCCAAGUGGCACCUCAAGACUGUUCAAGUGCAGAGAACCUACAAGUUCUCCUAGCGCACCAACAUUAGUGAAAGUCAUCGACUCAACAAAGACCUCAAUCACUCUGGAAUGGACCAAACCAGUCUUUGAUGGUGGUAUGCAGAUCAUCGGCUACAUAAUUGAGAUGUGCAAGGCAAGUCUUGAGGAAUGGCACAGAGUCAACACUCAAACCUGCAUUCAAACAAGGUACACGGUCACAGAUCUGGAACCAGGUGAAGAGUACAAGUUCCGUGUUUGCGCCGUUAACGGUGCCGGAAAAGGAGAAACGUCUGAGAUUCCAAACGCAGUGCAGGCACUUGAUAGACUUACAUCGCCAGAGAUCGACAUCGAUGCAGACUUCAAACAGACACAUAUUGUCAAGAACGGAGGAACUGUUACUCUUCACAUUCCUUUCCGUGGAAAACCUGCUCCCCUGGCUACCUGGACAAAGGCAGAUGGAGAACUGGGUGUGAUGGUAGAUAUUAAUACUACAGAAACAUUCAGCACUUUGACCAUUGAAAACUGUACCAGAUAUGAUGCUGGCAAAUACACUCUGUCUCUUGAGAACAACAGUGGACGUAAAGCCAUAACAUUAACAGUGAAAGUGCUAGACACGCCUGGACCACCUGGUCCUAUCUCAUUCAAAGAUGUGACAAGAGGAGCUCUGACUCUUAUGUGGGAUGCUCCAUCAAAUGAUGGUGGCGCUCGCGUUCAUCACUACAUUGUUGAAAAACGCGAAGCGAGUCGCUUGAGUUGGCAAGAGCUCAGUCUCAAGUGCAGCAGACAAAUUCUUAGAGUAACAAACCUUGCUGUCGGCGUAGCAUAUUUCUUCAGAGUCAUCGCUGAAAAUCAGUACGGCCAAGGUGAGCCUUAUGAAAUGUCCGAGCCCAUCAUUGCAACUGAAGAGCCAGCGCCACCCAAGAGACUGGACGUUAUCGACACCACAGCUACAACCGCCAGCUUGGUAUGGAUGAAACCUGAACAUGAUGGCGGAAGCCGCAUCACAGGUUACAUCGUUGAGACGAGAAAGAAAGGCUCUGAUCGCUGGGUUGUUGGUGGGCAGACUAAGUCCUUGAAGAUGGUCCUCGAGGGCUUGGUCGAGAACACAGAGUACGAGUUCCGCGUCAAAGCCCAAAACGACACUGGAGUAAGCUAUCCAAGAGAUGCUCUCACUUCUGUCAUCGUCAAAGAACCUCGCAUUGAACCGACUGCCGACCUUAGUGGUAUCAACAAACAGCUUAUUACCUGUAAGACUGGCAGCUCCUUCGCCAUCGAUAUUCCCAUUAGUGGCAGACCAGCUCCGAAGGUGACAUGGAAGCUUGAGGAAAUGAAACUCAAGGAAACAGACAGAGUCUCCAUCAAGACUUCACAAGAAAGAACCACCCUGACAGUCAAAGACUCCAAGAGAGGCGACAGUGGUAAAUAUUACCUCACUUUGGAGAACGCCGCUGGAGCGAAGACAUUCACUAUUACUGUGAUCGUCUUCGGAAGACCUAACCCUCCAGUCGGCCCAGUCGAAAUUUCAGGAGUUUCAUCAGAGUCUUGCACGUUGACAUGGACCGAGCCCACAGAUGAUGGCGGAACUGAAAUCACCAACUACAUAGUGGAGAAACGUGAAUCUGGACAAACCUCCUGGCAGGUUGUCAACUCGAGCGUGAAACGCACAACCAUCAGAGUUACCCACCUGACCAAAUACAUGGAGUACACCUUCCGUGUCUGUGCAGAGAACAAAUUCGGCGUCAGCAAGCCCAUUGAGUCACAAGCCAUUGUUGCUGAGCAUCCAUUCAUCCCACCAAGUCCACCAACCCGCCCAGACGUAGUAUCAGUGUCUGCCACCGCCAUUGCCAUUAAAUGGGAUGUGCCAUAUCACGAUGGUGGAAGCCAGGUGACUGGAUACUGGAUUGAGAAGAAGGAGCGCAACACCAUCUUGUGGGUUCGGGAAAACAAAAUCCCAUGCCUUGAGUGUCACUACAAGGUCUCCACUCUCAUUGAGGGACUUGAGUAUCAGUUCAGAGUUUACGCAAUGAACAUUGCUGGCCUGAGCAAAGCCAGCGAAGCCUCAAGACCAGUACUGGCUUUGAAUCCAGUUGACCCACCAGGCAAACCGGAAGUUUACGACAUAACAAGAUCCUCAGUUUCCAUCAAGUGGUCUACACCAUUUAAUGAUGGUGGCAGCAAGAUUGUGGGAUACGUAGUUGAACGCAAGGCAUCCGCUGAUGAAGAUGAAACUCGUUGGUUGAAGUGCAACUACACCACGAUUACAGAAAACGUCUUCACUAUUGCUUCACUCGACGAAGGCGGAGUGUACGAAUUCCGUGUCAUUGCUAGAAAUGGUGCAGGAGUCCACAGCGUGCCUUCUGAAUCAACCGGGCCAAUCACGUGCAAAGAUGAAUACACACCACCGAGGGCUGAAUUAGACAGCAAACUCAUCGGUGAGACAGUCACCAUCAGGGCUGGAUCAGACCUUGUCCUUGAUGCUGCAGUAGGAGGUAAACCUGAGCCCAAGGUCUUCUGGUCCAAGGCUGAUAAGGAGCUGGAGCCUGGUGACAAAUACUCGCUGACAUAUACCAGCACAAGAGCUAUGGCCAUCAUCAAGUCCUGUGACAGAAACGACACUGGCAAAUAUAUCUUGACAGUAAAGAAUGCCAGUGGAACCAAGACUGCUGCUGUCCUUGUUAAAGUUCUCGACACACCUGGGCCUCCAGAGGGCACAAUCGCAAUCAGCAGAGUCACAGAGGAAAAAUGCACAGUCUCCUGGAAGUUACCUGUUGAAGAUGGUGGAGAUCGUGUCACUCACUACAUCGUUGACAGGCGUGAGACCAGCAGACUCAACUGGGUCGUGAUGGAAACCGAAUGCAAGACUCUGUCAUGCGUCAGUUCAAAACUAAUCAAGAACAACGAAUACAUCUUCCGCGUGAGGGGAGUCAACAAAUACGGAGCUGGUGUACCACUCGAGUCCGAGCCAGUCAUCGCAAGAAAUGCAUACACUGCCCCAACGCCUCCUGGAGCACCAGACAUCACUGCUGUCGGAAAGCAGCAUGUGAUUAUUGAGUGGCUGAAGCCUGAGAGUGAUGGCGGAAGUGAAAUCAAAAACUACUUGGUGGAUAAACGCGAGAAGAGCAGCGUGAGAUGGACGAGGGUCAACAAAACCUUCACCAUCUACGACACCAGACUGAAGAUCACCGGUCUGCUGGAGGGAAGCGAGUACCAGUUCCGCGUUGCGGCGGUUAAUGCAGCUGGCACUAGCCUGCCGAGCGAUGCAUCUGAAUACGUCCUCUGCAGGGAGCCAACAUAUACUCCAGCUCCUCCAUCAACUCCUCGCAUCAAAGACUCCACCAAACACAGCAUCUCCAUGACCUGGACCAGACCCAUGUACGAUGGCGGUUCAGAUGUCACAGGCUACAUUGUUGAGAUUCUGGAGGAAGGAACAGAACAAUGGUACAGAGCCACCCAGAAGAUCCUGACCAUUACUGAGUACACUGCAGCUGGUCUGACCAGCAACAAGAAGUACAGCUUCAGAGUCGCUGCAGUGAACAAAAUGGGCACUGGAGAGUUCAGCGAAGGAAGUGUGCAGACUGCUCCAUCAGAGAGAGUCGAAAUUCCUGAUAUUGAAUUGCCUGAAGACCUGAGGAAGACCGUUUGCCUGAGAGCCGGCAGCACUUUACAUCUGACUGCAACUAUACUUGGAAGACCACUGCCAGUUAUUACCUGGAGAAAGACCGGCAUCGACCUCCAGUCCCGCGGAUUCAUCGAUACAACAGAGAACACUACAGCUUUGACAGUAGAGAAGGUGCACCGUUACGAUGCUGGAAAAUACACAAUUGAAGCUGAAAAUCCAUCUGGCAAGAAGAUAAUUACCAUUCUUGUCAAGAUCUACGACACUCCUGGACCUUGCGGUGCGGUCUACGUCAAGGAUUACACCAAAGAAUCCGUCGUCAUUACAUGGGAUGUGCCCACUAUUGACGGAGGAGCUCCGAUCAACAACUACGUUAUUGAAAAACGAGAAGCAUCAAUGAAAUCCUACAAGACUGUGACGAAUGAGUGCAAGAAGACACUGUACAGAAUCACUGGAUUAGAGGAGGGAACCAGAUAUUUCUUCAGAGUAUUGCCUGAGAACAUCUACGGCGUUGGAGAGCCUUGUGAAAUCAGCGAAUCUGUACUGGUAUGUGAAGUUCCAUCUGUUCCUCAAGAUUUGCAGGUCAUUGACAUUACAAAAUCCACCGUCAUCCUCGGAUGGGAGAAACCACUUCACGAUGGCGGCAGCAGACUUAGCGGUUUUGUUAUUGAAGCCUGCAAGACGGGAACUGACAGAUGGAUGAACGUUGCUCACGUGAGGGCAGCAGUUUCCCAGCACACCAUUGCCUCCCUGACUGAGAAUGAGCAAUACCUGUUCAGAAUCAGAGCUGAGAACAGCCGAGGCCUCAGCGAGCCCAGAGACCUGAUGACACCUAUAACUAUUCAAGAACAGAGAGAUAAGCCAAAGAUCGACCUUGCUGGCAUUCCUCAAAAGAUUGUCAACGUUCCUGCUGGUAAGCCAAUUGUGCUCAACAUUCCCAUUAAAGGAAGGCCCGCACCAGUUUGCUCAUGGUUCUUCGGUGGCGUUAAGAUGAAGGACACGCUCGACCGCAUCAAGAUCGAGACGACUGCUAAAUUCACUAAACUGACAGUUCGUGAAACAACAAUAGAUGACACUGGCAACUACACACUUGAAGUGAAGAACGUCACGGGACAGGCUAGAGAAAUCAUUAAAGUCAUCAUUCUCGACAAACCUGGCAUCCCUGUUGGGCCAAUGAAUAUCGAUGAAGUCGACGGCACAUCGGUUACAUGUAGCUGGGAACCACCAGAGAAGGAUGGUGGCGCCAAUGUCAGCGGUUACGUUGUUGAACAGCGUGAUGCUCACCGUCCUGGAUGGUUGCCUGUUUCCGAGUCGGUCACAAGACCCACGUUCAAAUUUACCAGACUGAGUGAAGGAACAGAAUACGUGUUCCGUGUGGCUGCAACCAAUCGCUUCGGCAUUGGCGGCUUCCUUCAGUCUGAAGUUGUUGAAUGCAAGAGUGAUAAGACUGUUCCAAGUGCACCAAGCACGCCAGAAAUCUUAGACGUGUCUCACGAUGGCAUGACACUGACCUGGAAACCACCAGAGAGCGAUGGUGGCUCUUCAGUGGCCGGCUACAUCAUUGAGCGUAAAGAAGCUGGAUCUGACAGAUGGCUGCGCAUCAAUAAGAAUCCAGUUACCAUGACAAGAUACAGAUCUACAGGACUUAUUGAAGGUCUUGAAUAUGAAUAUAGAGUGACGGCUAUCAACUCCAGAGGCACUGGCAAACCAAGCUUGACCUCCAAACCAAUGAUCGCAAUGGAUCCCAUCGAACCACCUGGCAUACCAUUGAACCCAAGAGUUACAGAUACCACCAGGACAUCUGUGUCUCUGGCAUGGUCUCCACCAGAGGAAGAGGGAGGCGCCAUUGUUACUGGUUACCUGAUUGAAAUGCAGAAGGUUGACCAGGUAGAAUGGACCAAGUGCAACACAACACCAACAAAGAUUUGCGAGUACACACUGACCCACAUGCCACAGGGUGCCGAGUACCGAUUCCGUGUUAUGGCAUGCAAUGCUGGUGGAGCUGGAGAACCAGCUGAGCUUCCAGGAGUGGUCAAAGUCACAGAGAUGCUUGAAUAUCCCGAUUUCGAGCUGGAAAAGAAAUACCAGGAGGGCUACAUCGUCAGACAAGGUGGUGCCGUCAGACUUUCUGUGCCAAUUAAGGGGAAACCAUACCCAACAUGCAAGUGGACAAAGGACGGCCGUGAUAUUUCUCACAGAGCUAUGAUUGCCACCAGUGAGGAGCGCACCGAACUGGUGAUCAAGGAAUCCCAUCGGGAUGACACCGGCACCUACGAUCUGGUGUUGGAGAACAAAUGUGGAAAGAAAGCAGCAUACAUCAAGGUUAAAGUUAUCGGUCGUCCAGAUCCACCUGAAGGUCCACUGGAAUUCGAUGACAUUCAGGCUCGUUCUGUUAGGGUGAGCUGGAGACCACCUUCAGAUGAUGGUGGCUCUGACAUCCUUGGCUACAUUGUGGAGAGGCGUGAGGUACCGAAGGCAGCCUGGUACACCGUGGACUCUCGUGUGGUUGACACAUCCCUGGUGGUCAAGGGACUGAAAGAGAAUGUGGAGUACCACUUUAGAAUUUCAGCAGAGAACCAGUUUGGAAUCAGUAGAUCCCUGAAAUCAGAUGAAUCUGUUAUUCCAAAGACUGCUCUAUGUCCACCAGAGCCUCCCAGCUUCCCACCAGAAAUCAUGGACGUCACAAAGACCACUGUUGGUCUGUCGUGGUCAAGGCCAAAGGAUGAUGGUGGCUCUCGUGUCACUGGAUACUAUGUUGAGAGAAGAGAGAUGUCCACUGAGAAGUGGGUGCGUCACAACAAGACUCAUAUAACUACAACUAUGUAUACCCUCACUGGACUCAUCCCUGAUGCAGAGUACCAAUUCCGAGUGAUUGCCCAGAAUGACAUUGGCCAAAGCGAGGCUGGACCUGUAUCUGAAGCAGUUGUAUGCAAAGAUCCAUUCGAUAAACCAAGUCAGCCAGGCGACAUUGACAUCAUCUCCGUUACCAAGGAUAGCAUCACUAUUCACUGGCUGCGUCCUGAAACCGAUGGCGGCAAAGAAAUCCUGGGAUACUGGAUUGAAUUCAGACAGGCAGGUGAAAGUGCCUGGAAGAAAUGCAACAAGGAACGUUCAAAGGACCGGCAGUUCACAAUGGGCGGUCUCAUGGAGGCGACAGAGUAUGAAUUUAGAGUCUUGGCUGAAAACGAAACCGGACUGAGCAGACCUCGUAGAACUGCCAUGGGCAUCAAAACCAAACUGAGCGUUGGUGAGGCCCCAAGCCUGAAGGAAGAGAUGAAGGAUACCAUCACUAAACUAGGAGAAUCUGGAACCUUGGCAUGCCAGAUUAUUGGAAGGCCUCUUCCAGAAAUCAAGUGGUACAGAUAUGGAAAGGAGCUGACCCAGAGUCGUAAAUACAAGAUGAGCUCUGACGGCCGAAACCAUUCUCUAACAGUGCUAACUGAUGAACAGGAAGACGAAGGUCUGUACAUUUGCAGAGCCAUCAACGAGGCUGGAGAGAUUGAAACUACCGGCAAGCUCCGUUUGCAGGCUGCACCACAGUUCCAUCCUGGAUUCCCACUGAAGGAGAAAUACUAUGCAGGUUGCGGAACAAGUCUGCGUCUCCACGUCGUCUACAUUGGCCGUCCUAUUCCACAAAUCAUGUGGUUCUACGGCAAGAAACCUCUGAAUCCAUCAGAGAAUGUUAUUAUUGAAAACACUGAGAAUUAUACUCAUCUGGUUGUCAGAAAUGUGCAGCGCAAGACAAACGCUGGCAGAUACAAGGUGCAGAUGAGCAACAAAUUUGGCACGGUUGAGACAGUGCUUCGGGUUGAAAUCCAAGACAAACCUCUGAUUCCUGAAGGACCAAUUGUUGUUGAUGCUCUCUUGAAGAACUCUGUGAUCAUUAGCUGGAAACCACCCAAGGAUGAUGGCGGGUCAAUGAUCACAAACUACAUCGUAGAAAAACGUGAGGCAAAGGAGGGCGAGCAGUGGCAUCUCGUGUCAUCGUCGGUCCCAGGAACCAUUUGCCGCAUUCCAAACCUAAUUGAGAGUGCAGGAUACUACUUCCGUGUUUCUGCACAGAAUCAGUAUGGUAUCAGCGAGUCCUUGGAGAUUCCCGCUGUUCUCAUUAUCAAGAGUCCAUACGAAAAACCUGGAAUCCCACAACAGCCAGUUGUCAGUGCUGUCACCAAGGAUUCUUGCGUUGUUUCCUGGAAACCACCAACCAGCGAUGGAGGUGCCAAGAUUAAGAACUACUUCCUGGAUAAGAGAGAAAAGAAACAAAACAAAUGGAUUUCUGUCACAACAGAAGAAAUUCACGAGACUCAUUACACAGUCAAAGGCCUGAUUGAAGGCUUUGAAUAUGAAUUCCGUGUCAAAUGUGAGAACAUCGGUGGGGAGAGCGACUGGAGCGAGAUUUCAGAACCAGUUGUUCCAAAAUCAGAUGUAGCACCUCGUGCUCCAUUCUUCAGAGAGGAGCUGAGAGACAUGUGCGUCAAAUAUAAAGCCAAUGCAACGUUUGUCACAAAGGUUGUUGGCCAUCCCAAACCAGUGGUUAAAUGGUACAAGAGUGGCAAAGAAAUCUUACCAGAUGGAGAGAAAAUCAAGGUCCAGGAAUUCAAGGGCGGAUACUACCAACUUGUUAUCAGUAACGCUGAUGAGAAUGAUGUAGCCGUGUACCAAAUCAGAGCCACCAAUCAACAAGGAUCCAUCUCUUGCACCGUAUCUCUUGAUGUUGAAGUUCCUGCCAAGAUUUACUUGCCCCUACAUCUCCAAGGCAUGGGAGCUGUUCAUGCCGUUCGUGGUGAGGUGGUCACCAUUAAGAUUCCAAUCAGUGGCAAACCUGAUCCCGCAAUCACCUGGCAGAAGGGACAAGAAAUACUGAACAAUACAGUAAGACAUCAAGUGAUCGUCACAAGAUCCUUCACAUCCCUGGUCUUCCAAAAGGGAGUUGAAAGGAAGGAUUCUGGUUACUAUGUCAUCUGUGCCAAGAAUCGUUUCGGCACUGACAAGCAAACAGUAGAACUUGACGUUGCCGAUGUACCUGAACAACCGAAGGAUGUUAAAAUUAGUGACAUCGGAAGAGACACCAUCACACUCACAUGGACUCCUCCAAAUGACGGUGGAAGUGAAAUCAUCAGCUACAUCAUUGAAAAGUGCCCAACCUCUGGCGACAGAUGGAUCCGCGUUGGACAGUCAUCUGAGCCGCAGCAUACUUUGAUGAGUCUGUUUGGAAAGACCAAAUAUCAGUUCCGUGUUACUGCUGAGAACAGAUUUGGUCUCAGUGUCCCAUCUCUACCAACUGAACCUGUUACGCCAAGGGAAGAUAAAUUUGCCAUCAGAAAUUACGAUGAGGAAGUGGAUGAAGCACGAGAGGUUACAAAGGAAGAAGCACCUCAUUCUAAGGUGAAGAAUGUGCCUUCGCUUUACAAAAUCUCAGAAGAACUUGCUCGGUACGGACACUUCGGUGCUGUCCAUCGCUGUGUUGAAAUCAGCUCCAAGAAGACAUUCAUGGCUAAAAUCGUUAAGGUAAAAGGUGCUGAUAGGGAACUGGUUGCAAGAGAAAUCGAAACUCUCAAUAUUGCAAGACAUAAGAACUUGCUGUACUUGCACGAGUCCUUUGAUAGCCUGGAGGAAUACGUGCUGAUCUACGAAUUCAUAUCCGGCAUGGACAUCUUUGAGCGCCUUGGAACGAACUUUGAUCUCACUGAACAGGAAAUUGUCCGGUACAUGAGGCAAGUUUGCCAGGCUCUUAAGUUCCUGCAUGGUCUCAACUAUGCUCAUUUUGACAUAAGACCUGAAAACAUUGUAUACGCCACAAGGAAGAGCAGCACAAUCAAGAUCAUUGAAAUGGGCCAGGCAAGGCUGUUGACUCCUGGAGAAAACCUCAGAAUUCAGUUCACUGCUCCUGAGUACUGUGCGCCAGAGGUCCACAACAGUGAUUUUGUUACCACUGCUACAGACAUGUGGUCAGUUGGUGUUCUUGCAUACGUGCUACUAAGUGGCCUCAAUCCAUUUGCUGCUGAAUCGACUCAGAAGAUGAUUGAACACAUCUCAAAUGCAGAAUACGUAUUUGACAGUGAGGCCUUCAGAGAGAUCAGUAUUGAGGGCAUGGACUUUGUUGACAGGCUGCUAAUCAAAGAACGCAAACAUCGUAUGACAGCAUCUGAAGCUUUGGAGCAUCCUUGGCUUAGAACGAAAAUAGAGAACAUCAGUUCCAAGGUGAUCAAGACCCUGAGACACAGACGCUACUACCAGUCACUGGCCAAGAAGGAAUGGAGUGCUUCCAUUUCAGCAGCUCGCGUUGCCUACGGUGGUGGUUACAGAAACCAGAAAAACGUUUCCUUUGGCAGAGUGAAAGUUGCAACACCAGAAGAGGGUCUGAGAGCAGGUCCAGUUAUGCAUGGCUCUGCUGAAGAAGGUGGCCAUGUUCGAUUUGUAUGCAGCCUUCAACAUUAUGACAAAAACACAGAGGUGACCUGGUACUUCGGCUCUCGUAAACUGACCGCCAGUCAUAAGUAUGAAAUCAACUACGCCAAUGGAGUUGCAAGCAUCUACGUGAAGGACAUUGAGGAAUGCGAUGAUGGACUUUACAGAUGCAAAGUUGUCACCGAAGAGCGUGAGGAUAAUGCCUACGCAGAACUCUUUGUGGAAACUGUAAGGUCUCAUCGUGAGUACUAUCUUGGACGCACACUCAAGAAACCCAAGCGCAGAAUCGACAAGACAAAGAUUCUUCAAAGACCACCAGAGUUUACUCUGCCGCUGUAUAACCGUACAGCAUACAUUGGCGAGGAUGUGCGCUUCGGUGUUACCAUAACUGUCCAUCCUGAGCCUCAAGUGACAUGGCUGAAGGCAGGACACAGAAUCAAACCUGAUCCCGCGAAAUACACAUUUACAAGCGACAAGGGUCUUUACCAGCUAAUGAUUCACAAUGUCGAGCUUGUGGAUGAUGGUGAAUACACUGUUGUAGCAAACAACAAGUUUGGAGAAGACAGCUGCAAGGCACGCCUAACGGUAACACCACACCCUGUUGUUGAAGACACAAUGAGACCAAUGUUCAAACGUCUCUUGGCAAAUAUCGAAUGCGUUGAGGGACAAAGUGUACAGUUUGAUUUGAGAGUGUCCGGCACCCCACCUCCAACUCUGAAAUGGGAAAAGGAUGGCAAACCUCUUGAAUGCAGACCACAAGUUGAAGUUGUUCAACAAGCCGUAGACCAUCACAUUCUCUACAUAAGGGAAACGCUCAUUGAGGAUUCGGGCACUUACAGGGUCACUGCAACAAACUCGGCUGGCUCAGCAAGUUGUCAAGCCACACUCAAGGUUGAACGCAUAACGUACACCAGAAGGGAGUUCAAGAGUGUAGAAGAUAAGCAGAAAUACGUACAAAAUCAAAUCGAAAAGACACUGAAAAUGGCACAACAGUUUUCUAAAGCAGAAGUGAUGGCACUUAAUCCUGUGGCGCAAGAAGCACUAAAGGAAGCUGCUGAACUGUAUAAACCCGCAGUGAGCACCAAGAACGUGCAGGGCGAGUUUGACAUCUCCGAUAAAGAAGAUAAAGAAAUCAAGAAAAUUAAAGAGGAGGGCAGGAAGAUCAGAAUGCCAUACGAAAUCCCAGAGGCACGUGUGCAUGAUCCAACUGUUCUUGAAGAGGACAUGGGUAUUAAACACUUUGUGCCUUUAUCUGACAUGAAGUGGUACAAGAAACUACGAGACCAGUACGAGAUUCCAGAACGCAUGGAGAGAAUUGUGCAAAAACGACAGAAACGCAUCCGUCUUUCCAGAUGGGAGCAGUUCUACGUCAUGCCUCUUCCCAGAAUCACGGAUCAGUACAGGCCAAGGUGGCAUAUUCCAAAGCUUACACUGGAUGAUCUGGAAACUGUCAGACCAGCAAGACGCUCACCAUCUCCUACAUCAGAGGUCUCUUUCAGAAUGAGAAGACGUUCCUUGGGUGAUCUCUCAGAUGAAGAGGAAUACCUGGCAAAGAGAAGAACCGAUGAGGAGAGGGAGGAGUUUGAGGAAGAACUUGAACUUGGCUUCUCUGCCUCCCCACCAAGUGGCAGCCCCGUUCGCUUUGAGUUAUCUGCACUGCGUCGCCCAUCUCCUAGGGUUGUCCACAAAGCUGAAGUUAAGCCAAAAGAAGAAGCAAGACGUGCACCAGUGACAGAAAAGCCCCGUGGUUCUCCACCUCCCAUUUCCCAUUUCAUGAGAAGAAGAAGAUCUCUGUCCCCCACAUACAUUGAACUGAUGCGCCCUGUCUCUGAAUUGGUCAGACCAUCUCGUCCAUAUAAGGAAGUUGAAGCUGAGACAGUUGAGAUAGUUGAGAGAAGGUCUCCGACACCUGAAAGGACACGUCCACGCUCUCCUAGUCCCGUGUCCCCUGAGAGAAGGUCCUCAAGGUCUUCCUCCAGAUUUGAAAGAUCUGCAAGAUUUGACAUCAUGUCUCGGUAUGAGGCGAGAAAAGCUGCUAUCAAAUCUGAGCGCACGUAUCAGGUCGUGACACAGCAGCCCUUCAGCCUUGACCACGCCCCACGCAUCACAGUUAGAAUGCGUUCACACCGUGUACCAAGUGGACAGGACACAAAGUUUACCCUGAAUGUCCAGUCGAAGCCAGAAGCUGAAAUCCAGUGGUUCCAUAAUGGACAAUCUAUUCAGGAAAGCAGCAAGUAUCGCUUUACAAAUAUGAGUGGAGUUCUGACUCUUCAUAUUACAGAUUGCCAAGCUGAUGACACCGGCACGUAUCGCGUGGUUUGCACAAACUCAAAGGGAGAAACAUCAGAUUAUGGAACUCUGGAUGUGUCAGGAGGAGCAUUUACUACAUAUUCUUCAAGACGCAAAGACGACGAAGUUACGGCAGCAUUUGUGCCUGACAUAACAAAGACCGAUUAUUACCACACAACAACUGUCAGAGCCUCUUCUGCCUCAAGGACACACUUGGAGAUUGCAGAGACAAAGACCAAGAUUACAGAGAAGCGUGAAGUCUCUGCAUUUGAAAGAUACGAGUCUGAAAGGAUUGCAUCGUCACCCAUCAGGCACGCAUCUACUGAAUACCUCUCAUCAGCUUCAUAUUCAUCCUCAGAACGUUAUGCCUCCGAAACUAAAACUAAAACAAAAACCGUCGAGGCCACAGCUACAGCAGAGGUAGCUACUAAGAAGACGAAGGCUACUCUUGCAGCCAAAAUACUCACCAAACCACAAUCCCAAACAGUGUCCCUAGGGGAGUCUGUGAGAUUUACUUGCGACAUUGAUGGCGAGCCGGCACCAACCGUCUCCUGGAUGUUUGCCGGGCGUACCAUUGUCACUUCUCAACGUGUGCGCGUAACAACAACACAGUACAAAUCUACACUGGAAAUCUCUUCCGUAGAGUAUUCUGAUGAAGGUAACUACUCUGUAGUUGUGGAAAAUUCAGAGGGAAGGCAAGAGGCCAAGUUUACCUUGACUAUUUCCAAACCAGCUCCAAAAGCGGAGGUUGUUAAAUCACCAGAACCAGCAGUGAAAUCACCAGAACCUUCAGUGAAAUCACCGGAGCCUUCAGUGAAAUCACCAGAGCCUUCAGUGAAAUCACCAGAACCCUCUGUCACAUCUCCAGUGCCUUCAGUUAAGUCCCCAGAGCCAGCAGUCACAUCACCUGUGCCAUCGGUUAAAUCUCCGGAGCCAUCAGUGAAAUCACCAGAACCCGCAGGUGUAAAAUCCCCUGAACCUAGGAUUAAAUCACCUGAGGGUAUUAAAUCCCCAAUUAGAGUAAAGUCUCCAGAGCCAGGAGUUAAGUCCCCAACUCCACUGAAAUCUCCUGAACCUCCUACGUCCCCUUUCAGAGUUAAAUCUCCUACCGGUCUGAAAUCUCCUGAACCAAUAGCAUCUCCUCCAAGAGUGAAAUCUCCACCUCCACUCAAGUCUCCAGAACCACUUACCUCACCUCAGAGAAUUAAAUCUCCAACAGGCAUGAAAUCUCCCGAGCCAGCUGCUUCACCCCUAAGAGUUAAAUCUCCAACAGGACUGAAGUCACCUGAGCCAAGGAUCAAAUCCCCAACAGCAGCCAAGUCUCCUGAGCCAAUAACGUCACCUAAACGGGUCAAAUCCCCACUUACAGUGAAAGCACCCCCAAAGAUCCUUCAGCAACUCAAAGCUGAGGCCUCAGAAGACAAGGUGAAGCUGAUCUGCGUUGCCGAGAGCUCUGUGAAGGAGGUUGUGUGGUACAAAGAAAGCAGGAAACUGAGCCAGAGCAGUCGCUAUCAGAUCCAAACCGCUGCAGAUGGCACUUGCUCUCUCUUCAUCUCUGAUGUUUCUGAAAGCGAUCAAGGAGAAUAUUUCUGUGAAAUGAUUGCUGAGAGUGGAGCAGCCUCAAGAACAUCGUUCUCACUUGUUGGCCAAGUGUUCCAGUCCAUCUACGCAAAAGUAAAUGCUUUUGUGUCCACACACAUGGCUAUCAGAGAAUCAGCAUCUGCUGAGAUGCUUGUACGGGAGAGUGCUUCUAUCAGUAGCAUGCAAGAAAGUUUCUCCUCAAAAUCCAUCCACAUGGAGAGCACCGUCCAAGAGACGUCCUUCAGCAGUUCCAGCAUGGCCGAGAUGAAAUUUGAGACCAUGUCCAUGUCUAGCAUGUCCUCCAUCACUUCUGAAUCUGUUUAUGCUAUGAGCUCAAGUAGUCAAUCUCAUGUUGAGGGAUCCACAAUAAGAGCAGCUUUGCAUAGCGGUCAAGGCCUGGCACCAAGAAUUGAAGCCCUGCCUGAAGAUAUCAGCAUUGAAACCGGAAAGGUUUUGACCGUUGCCUGUGCGUUCUCCGGAGAGCCUUCGCCUCACAUCGAGUGGUCUCGCGGUGGAAAGACGCUUCCAACCGCGGAAGAGAUCGGAAGGUUCCACGUCGAGACUACAGAGGACUUGACCACACUUAUUAUCACUGGAGUAAAAGAGAGUGACGCUGGGGUGUACACCCUCAAGCUUUCCAAUGAGCAUGGAUCCGACACAGCAAAUGUUAUCAUCAGCAUUAGAUCGCUGUAAAAUUAAUAAUAUAUGAAAAAAAAAAAUCUAUCCCCGUUGUGCCUUUUUAUGUAUUGAAUGAGCAAAGAAGAUAAUAUAUACGUGAUAAAUGCCUGGAUAUCUGUUCCUGUAAAUAUGAACUAUUUUUAUACCAAUCUUGACAUUAAUUUAUGCCAAACUAGACUAAAAAGUCUAAAGUUGUUAUAAAAUGUGCUAUAUUGGAUAAUUAUGACUAGGAUCUUUGAUCCAAAUUUUCUGUGACGUGUACAUAAUGUAUAUAGCCGAAUUUAACGGUUAUGGGAAAUGUAUGAAUUGUUAUUUAUGACAAUAUUAACUGAAACUAAUGGAACUAAACGUUUAUCAGGAGAAAGUUUCUAAAGGAACGAAUACCCUGUUAAACCCGAAACUAAACUAUGUGCCUCAACAAAAAGUUGAAGACUUAAGAUUGCCUCAACAGGUAGAGAGGCUCCCUGUUGAAGUUUAACUAGAUCUGAGAGACUACGGUAUACCUGUAUGUACGCACAUGCAGUGAUAUUUUUACCAUACACGUAUGAAUUUAUAACUCGACCAUAAGACCUUGAGUGCUGUUUGCAUCUUACCCUCAUGUAAGCAGCUCGACUAGGCCUUGUGUUCAGACUGACUAUGUCAUACUACCAUUUUAAUGACAUGCUCAUUAUAAAAGUGCGAGCGGCCUGCACUCUAUGAGCUAAAAUGUUAAAUGUGCUCUGUUUCUGGCAAGGGACUGCCCGACUGCGCUUUCAGACAUAACAUCACCUGGCCAAUAUGGGAAGUCUCUCUGGUACUUCCUUGCAGAAGCAGAGCCUUCUCUCGGAGGAUUGCUUUGUUGCAUUGUGUGUUAGUGUGUUAGCUUUAGAACCCAUCUCGACAGUGGUAGGGCAAACAUCAAGCAAGUGUACCACAGCCAAAACAUCAGCUGUGUAAAGUUUCAAAUCAGUACUUUAACUAGACAUGCCCUGCGCUUUGGUUUGAUUUUAUUUAGAAUUGUAGUAUUCUUUAUAAACGCAACCUCCUUGAGUAAUAUAACUGAUUCAAUAAAGCAUGUUUUCAGCACUA